GUCAUAUGACUGUCACACCGAAUGGAGUCGGGUUCGCGGAACUAGCCGGCCGUCGCAGCUCGCGCGCGGGGAGGGGGGAGAUCGCUGGCUGGCUGGCUCGCUGGCUGCUCCGGGCUUGGCCCCGCCGGGGCGAGAGCGGCGCGCUCCCAAAAUGCCGCCCACACCCACCUUGUUGCAGAAGCUCUUCAACAAAAAGAGCGGCUUGGUCUCCCCCUGCAAGGAGCCCCGGGAAGAGUGCGUCUUCAGGUAAGGGGGCAGGCAGGGGGCGGGUGGAGCAGGGGCUGGGGCUGGCCCUGGCUUGGUUCCGGGGUCGGAUCGCGGCGGGGCUGAUCCCCAUCCCCUCUCUGGCUUGGGGGCACUGCUUGGCUUGCUUGCUGCUCUUUACCAUCCGAGCCACGCCGCCGAUUCUUCUCUUCCCCAUCCCUAACUUGACAGAUCAGACUCUCCUUCUCUCCCAGCCUCCCCCCUUUCCCCCCCAGGAGGAGGCGGAGGGGCGGGCGGGGAGUUUUCCUGGCACCGUCUUGCCUUGGCGGCCACACAGCCGAUCUGCCUCCCAGGCGGAAAUCACACGGAUGUGUGUCUUCGCCAUGCGCCAAAACUUCGCGCAACGUUGUUUCUACUUUUUGAGGAGCUCCCUCUCCCUCCUCUUCCUCCUACUCGUGCCUCUUUCGGCCUCGGAGGAUCGUGGCCGUCACGUGCGUGCAAAGCCGAGUACCCUCCCCCCCCAAAAAAAAUCACUUUCUUGAGUUGCAAAAAGAGAAACGACUCCCCUCAAAAAGGGAGCCACUUCCCCCUGCUGCUUCUCAAGCUCUUCAUUUGGGUUCUGUUGGGGAAAGAAAAGAAGAAGACCGGCUCUCUCUUCCUCCUCCUCCUUUCCCGGUGGUCAGUUUCCUCCUCCUUUCUUCAACUUCGAAGCACUAAAUAGACAAUUAAAUUAAAUAUAUAUAAUAUGCCAUCUGCACACGCUCGGCUGUCUUGAAAGUGGAAGCGACGACGCUUGACUGCCUGGCAAGAGCCACCUUAAAUCUUAAGGAGGGACAGAAAACGCGAACUGUCUGGCUGCCAGUGUAGUGUUACCAGAGAAAUCUGCUUGAUCUUGCCAUAACAGAACCCUGCCUGGCUGGGCGAAGGUACCGAAUAAGCAGGCUGCAAGCCAAGGAUGGUUCUGUGAAAGCCCUUUGUGCCUCUCGGAAAGUUCCCUUUGCGUCUCGUUUCCCUUAGUAAUAAUAAUAGAUACAAAACGUACAUAUCAGCUCUGUGACUGUGCAAGAGACUUGCCACUGAACUCUUUGAGCUUAUGAUAUUCUUUCUUAUCCUUGUGCCUGUUGAUGGACCAGUACAAUCCUAGAUAUAUGCUGCUUAUAUUUGGGUCACAGCAAUAGUCAGAAAUUGAAUUACUGUUGGCACCAAUAUUUAAGCUCUGAGAUCAGAAUAUUACUUAGAAGAAGCCUUUCCAUUGUGUACUCGGCCAAAAUUGUUUCUGAAUGUCAUCUGCAUAUUUCUUGGACCUGGGUUCUACUGAGUUCAGCAGGAGUGACUUCCAGGCCUUAGGAUGCAAACCUAUGCACCCUUACGUGGGAAAACCUCACUGAAUUCAGUGGGACUUAUUUGUGAGUAAUGAAAUAGGGAACUGGGCUGCACAUGACUUUCACAGAUGAGGAAUAGUAUGCUGUUGGUGUUGAGUCUUCUAUCAGCCCAAUUCCACUGCUGCUGGAAAAUAAAGUUAGUUACCAACUUUGAAUUUAGUAUUAGAAGGCUGAUGUGAGUGGAAAUCAUUUGCUUAAAUUACAUAACAGACAAUACUACAGUCUUGUAGAGGCUGCUAGAUGUUGCCACUGACUUCAUUUUGACGAAGAUUUCACUAUUCCCACAAAAUUUCUAUUUGAUAUUCGCCACUUGAAUUAUUUUCAUUGUCUAACCAUUUCGUUCAGUUAAACUAUAUUUCAAAACAGAAAAUAGAUUGCCCAAAGGCUUCUUUGUGGAACCACUUACCAGCUUUGUUUAAUUUUAUACACAACCGUGUUACUGUUUGUUGGCACUGGGUGUUGAUAUCACCUGGUAAUACUCUACUGUGCCACCUAGUCUUCAAGAACACCUAAAUUAGCCCAAACAGUCAAUCCUAGCUGCAUCUACUCAAAGGUGUUUUAUAAGCAAACCUAAUACUGUAUCUAUCUGGCUACUUCUAGUGCGCCUUUUUAUUAAAAUAUCAGUAUGCAAAUGGGAAUUCCUUAAUGAUGUGUGAAUAAACAUGCAGAAGUCAAUGAAAAUUGUUUUGGAGGUUGACAUAUUAAAGUCAGUGUUUAAGAAGAUACAUUUUUAAGAACAUAUACUUUGAAAUAAAUAUUUCCACACAUAAGAAGCAAGCGCAGCUUUUAACAUGUUAUGUAUUCCUUUCAUGGCUUGGUCAUGUAUUCUGUGGUUUCUGCUCUCCCAUUUGGUUCUCACCUUUUCUACUAUAUUUAUAAAGUAUUUUCAGGAAAGUACUUUGCAAAGCAUGCAAAGCCGUUUAGCUAUGGUGAAAUACUAGCUAAGCAUCAAAAGAUUUUCAUGUACUUUAUAGGCUAUAUACUUUUCACAGUUGUAGAUAUUUCAGAGGUGGCCCUAUUAAAAGGGCGAGGUGGUCUUUUGGAUGACAAUAUUGUCACUUAUUUAGAGGCAUGUGUCUAUCACCAUCGGAGGAUGUUUGGAUCUUCUGUAUUAGGAAUCGCAUGCAGGUCGUUGGAAAUAUACAUUGGGUUGAAUCCAGACUUCAUCUUCUGCAAAUGGAAAGACUCCUGUCCAUGGAAGGCUCUUGGUCCAGUAGAAGGAUCUUGCAGGUGUAAAGUGGGGGAGGUGACUUUUGCUGAUUUUCUCUUCCCUCAUGCCAUUUCCCAUCCUGUUCUGGAGGGCCCUCAUGUCUCCACAUUUUUUCUGAGCAUGCAAGGAUCUGUAAAGGGAAGGGGGAAUCGACAAAAGCCACCUUCCCCACUUAUGCUGGAAGGAGCAAAGCUUGGAUCCAAGCCAUCGGUUACAUCUGCUGAAGACAUAUCCUGCCAUAAACAUUGUGCACUUUAUUUUAGUCUCCUCAUUAAAUAAGGGGUUGACAUUUUUAUUUGGUUACAACCGAUACCAAAACAUACAUAAGUAAGGAUGGACUUGAGGGCCUACAUAAGACUUUCUAUCUGCAUUAAGUUAUUAAAAGUUUGUUUUCUACCCACAGAUACAGCACAGUUAUAUUAGUUAGGUAGCACGUCAUGGAGAAUAGGUCAGUCGGCAGUUAUUUAGCUGUGGCAGCCAACAUUUCAGAGGCAGCAUAGUCCUUGGUACCAGUUGCUGAAGAAAGGCAACAGACGAUGAAUUUCUUGUCCUCGCCAUUGAAAUCAGAAUAUGGGACUAGUUCCUGUAUUCUUUUCUAGCUAUUUGGUGGUUAUUGGUGUGGUCGCAUAUCCUCAGCAGUGUAUUUAUUUCACCCUAAGAAAGCACUGGACCUGGCACAAUUCUGCGUGGGGAUGUCAUCUGUGGUGGGCCAAAGUAUUCUGUCAGUGCGGGACAUGCUUUUGACAGCAUCUUGCACCCAAAGAAAGUGUUGAGACAGACAUCCAUGUUGUAGAAGAAGACUCCAGGAGGUGUGUGUGUAUCAUUUGGGGUGUCUCAAAUCCAUUUUGGAGGUGCACACCUCCAGUUCCUUUUUUCUUGCUGAAGUCUGUGUUGUGCAUUUUGAGUGUUGAGCCCAUUGGGGGAAAUUAUUGUGAAAGGGACAGUUCUCCAUUCACGGAGAUAUAUGAUACUGUGUAGAUACUUACAAACAUUUUUAAAAAGAUGUUUUGCUUGAAUUGUGAUUUAAAAUGUGAUACAAAUAAACAACUGGGAACUAGGAGUAAUCAACUUCAGCACUGUAAAGCAUUGUAGGGAAAGCAGCAGUGUGGUGUGGGGCUUAGUGCGUUGGAUCUCAGGGGCGGAUCUACAUUCAGAAUCUCGCUUAGCCAUGAAACUCAUCGGAUGACCUUGUGCCACUCACCAUUUUUUAACUUAGUGGGUUUGUUGUGAGGAUAAAAUGGAGGAUGGGUGAAGGAAACUAUGUAUGCUGCUUUAAGCUUCUUGGAGGAAAGGCAGGAUAGAAAUGGAGUGAGUAAAUGUUGUAAGUGGAUGAGCCAACAAGGCAUUUCUUACGUUUUUGCGUUUGGUGCAAUGCUUAGCAUCCUGUAAAUCCCUCAUCAAUAUUAGCUUGUUGUUGUAUAACAUAUUUAAGAUCAAGGAUAUUAAAUCAUUCACAAAGUAGAAGUGAGUAUUCCAGCCAAGUCCUUGCUUGCUUUUCUCAUUCUUCCAGAGGAAGAAGGAACAGCAAGACAUAAAUUGCAGUAAAUAUCCAGAUGUUAAGGUGGCUCCUUUAUUUGGAAAGAUCAUUUUUCUUAAGAAAAAUAGCCAUGCAUUGCAUAAACUCAGGUGGCUUGGAGUGGCUGUUGGCAUUUGGAUUGGGUAGGUUAUUGACAAAAGAGUACAAUCAAAAUUAUUAUUGGAGGCCUUUUCUUUUACCUAAAGGAUACUGGGUAUCCUGUUAUUCUCUCCAGUACAGAUUUUUACUUCCCUUCCCCUGUCAUCAGAACUGUUGCUUAUGAAAUUUAUAGAGCAGUCCUAUGCAAGUUUACUCAGAAGCAAAGCCAACUUUGUGUAGUGGAGGCUACUCCAAAAAAUUAUUGUUAAAGCCUCAAGGAUAUGUUUUAGUUUUGUAGCUAAACUUACAAACCCACGAGCCCAGGUUCAGAGCUAACACUAAACCAAACCAUGACUUAGCCCCAGGUAGGAACAUAAGUAAUUUGCACUUCUUGAAACAAUGGACAAAAACUUCCUUCAAAAUCUGCACUUCUUCAAAUUUUGCAGUGCAAUUCCCCAACCAAAUAAUGUGUUCAAGAAUGCAUAUGCUAGUGUGUGCUUCAGAAUGUAUGUAUUAGUGACAGCAAUGUUUAAACACGUAGUAUUGUAGGGGAAACUUUGCAUUAAAAUGUAUUUUUAGGCAAAAUUGCGGCUGAAAUCUUUGCCCUGAGAAUCUGCAAAUUAGCUGCUUUGUGCUAAGCCACAGUUUGGCCUAGUGUUGCAUGUGGAUUGGGGUCGUUCAUGCAUGGCUAGUAAGCGGGAACUCAGCUGACUUCAUUGACUCGCAUGUGGGUUCAUUACUUGAUUAAGAGUUUUUUGGUCGCUGCAUAGUGUUCCCUUGAAGCAACUACCUGAGAUGUUAUGUUCAAUGCAUUUUUCUGAAAGUGUUUAGAUUGCUUCCUGGGUAUGCUCACGAGCCAGUUUUAUAGUUGUUCUAAGCAUGUCCUUCAUCAAUGCUCCCUUCCCCCAUUUUUCUUUACUUGACAGCGUAAUUUGUUUUAUUAUUUGAAUCCCCUCAGCUGUUUCAAGUCAGGAUUCACCCUUGAGGGCACAAAAACUCAUAGUAUGCUAAGUCCAAAUUUGUGUUAUUGAAGGUAGGCGAAAAAUGUUCUUACACUUCCUUUUAAAAUGGCAGACACUGAAAUACUUUUGUAAACACCAGGUUUAUAAUAGAACAGAAUUUUCAGACGGUCUGGUAGUAUGUUCUGGCUUUUUUAACAAAUGACAAAACUUGCGAUCAGUUGAAGAACAUGUGCCCAAAGUGAUGAAAAUGCUUACUUUGGGCUGGGUUUUCCCUUCUUUAUUUAAACAUCUAGAGUUGCAUCCAGUGCUGCAGUUCUGCUUGUGAAAUAGACUCCAUGCAAACAACAUAACUUCCUUUUCUUCUCCUUCCAGUGCUCUGCCUUCCCUGCUUUCAAGGGCUGGAGAGAGGCACUAGGAGCAGAUUCAGGGAGUGCUUAGGUGGAGGAGAGGAAACUGAAGUCCUGUGAUGUCAACAAACCAUAGUCUACUCUAGACUGGAGGCUGGAGAAGGGCAAAUCUCAAAAUCUUUCUGGAGUGAUUUUGACAGUGAGCCUACCUAUGGGCUCAGAAAGAGAGAGAAGAUGGGGGUGGAUCCUCUGAACAUACGUAUGUUUUCCUCCUUGCUCAAUAGAGCCUUCUCAGAUGCAGCAGAAAUCACCAGUGCCCCAGGCUAUGGAUUCUUGGCUGGAACUCCAAUAGAGGAAAACAAAAGAAAGCAUAAAAUAGGGAUAGGAAAACAGCAAGGAGUCUCUUAAGCUUUUUAUUCCACCAUCACCACCCAGCUUUCAUAUGUUCAACCCCACUGUAAUCCUACUUCCACCCAGAAUAUGGGCAUUAAGGCUUCCGUUCUUUACUUACUUACCUGGGAAUAAGCACCACUGAAGUCAGUAGACCUCUCAUCUGAGUAGACAAGAAAGGGACUGCACUGUAGGCCUGGUAGCCUCUGAAAUGGCUUCUGUUCCUUCUUGCCCCUUUCCUAUACUUUUACCUCAGUUGUGGGUGAGCUGGCUCCAGGAAUAUUGUGGACCUUUGUCCAGGGAUGUACCUAGGGAUUGGCUUGGUUGGCCCCUGCCAAAAGCGCAGGCCCAAGGGCGCGAAAAAAUUGCUUCUCUUCACUCUGGCUCGGAGGGUUUAGGAGCCUGACUGUCUGCACGCUUCCUGGGCCGCUCCACCACUGCACGGCCUGGCAAGGUGUGCAGGCUUCUCUGGGCGCCUUGGUGGAGGAAUCUGGUCUCUGGCAUGGGCUGUUGCAGUAGCCCUGCCAGUAGGGAUGGGGUGGGUGGUCUCAGUUGGCCAACAGCACUAUUAGAAGUGUGAGCAGAGUGCCCAGUAGGGUUCAGAGGGAAGAAAGAAAGACAGUGGGCAAGAGUUACAGGAGGAGGGAAAAGGGAGGAAAGAAGGAAGGAGGCAGAAGGGUAAGCAGCGAGUGGAAGGAGGGAGACAGCAAGGCAGACUGACAGACCAACAGAGGAGGAGGAGAGGCUGAGCAGAGCACAGCAGACCCUGAUGGCCUUGGAGGAAGUCACUGGCAGAGCGUAAAAGCAAACUUUCUGAGUUUCUGGUCCAUGGGCUCUCCUGGCUUCAGAGCUCCUUGCCAAGGAUGCAAGGGCACCUAGGUAGACCUCUGUCCCUGUCCCCAGAGAGUGGUGCAGAAGUCGUUCAUGAGGCAGUAAGGUAACUCAGGAAUACUUUGAUUAACUGCGCUUCAGCGGCAUUAAGCUUUAAAGGCUGAUCCAUUAAUUAAUAAAGCAGCUGAAGCAUCACAAUUAACUAAGGCACACACUUACUUGGGGAAAAGCUUGCUUAUAAAUGGGUUGUGCAACGGCUCACAAACCAGUUUGCCCAGGGGCUCACCUUAUCUCUCAAAGUCGCCAAAGGCUCUUUCUUCCUCUCUAGGGAAUAGGCUGCGCUCCUUUCCCUGACUUCUGCUUCCCCUCCCCCUCCUUUUCACAGACGUACAGGAGGAGAGAAGUGACUCAGUGCAGCCUCCUCAUUAAGAGCUGUACCCGUCUCCCCUUUUGGGGAAUUCAUAGAAGUGCAUUUCCUUCAAGCGUCUCACCGCUUUGAGCAAUAGCAAAAUGCCUGACCUCUAAUAAAUGCUACAGUGAUGGAAGCCAACACAGCAGAACCACUUCCAGCAUUUCGCAAAAGGAAUUAGAAGUUGUGUCCAAAGCAUGGGGUUUAACGUUUUUCUUCUGCCUCAAGGGAGGGGAAAAAGUGAAACUGACUCAUUUCAUACUUCUGACUGUGGCUGGGUUCUCUGACUCUCACUAUCAUCACCAUCCUGCUUUUUCAGUCAGGUCUCAGGGCCUGAGUUCAUCACAGUGGUCAUGAGUUGUUCUUUCGCCGACGUGUGACACUAUGCCAUGUUGUCUGUGUUAUCACUUCCUUGUCUGCCUGUGUGGUUUACUAAGAUUGGACUGUGACAUCUGACACAUUUGGGCUGCUUGCAGUGCAUUCUGCCUGCAUCGCACAGCUCUUUAGUUCAGUCUCCUUCCUCUUUGGGGUAUAAGGCUCUUUCAGAAGAGCCUGAGCCAAAGCAGCAAAUCAUUUGGGUUCCCCUUUUACCCUCCUAGGACAUUGCGAACAGUCAUAGUGGCACUUGUAAGAUAAGGCAUAGAUGCAACCGUUUGCCCAGCACAGACACUAUUUCAGUAUUUGCUUAAUGGAAUAAAUCUACUUCAUGCCUUUGCCUAGAAAUUUGGUUGCUUUUUCUUCUUGCUGUGGCCAGACCUACUACAGUGGUACCUCAGGUUGCAUACACUUCAGGUUACAGACUCCGCUAACCCAGAAAUAGUACCUCGUGUUAAGAACUUCGCUUCAGGAUGGGAACAGAAAUUGUGCUCCGGCGGCGCGGUGGCAGCAGGAGGCCCCAUUAGCUAAAGUGGUGCUUCAGGUUAAGAACAGUUUCAGGUUAAGAACGGACCUCCGAAACCAAUUAAGUACUUAACCCAAGGUAUCACUGUAUUGGGCAGAGUGAGGUGGUUGCAUCUGGUUACAGGUGCUGAAGGUGGGAACUUCAGUAUGUGCCCUACCAGCCUGCCAGAAGCCCCCUAAGGUACCGUAUUUUUCGCCCCAUAGGACGCACCUUUUCCCCUCCAAAAAUGAAGGGGAAAUGUGUGUGCAUCCUAUGGGGCGAAUGCAGGCUUUCGCUGAAGCCUGGAGAGCAAGAGGCAUAGGUGCGCACCGACCCCUCUUGCUCUCCAGGCUUCAGGAAGCUAUCCGCAAGCCUUGCAAGCCCGGCGGGAGUUCCCGCGGGCUCACAAGGCUUGCGGGCAGCAGCCUGCAGCCCCGGCAAGUGUCUGCAAGCCUUGCGCGCCCGGCAGGAGGUCCCGCCGAGCGCGCGAGGCUUGGGGCGGCAGCCUGUCGCCCGAAGCAUGGGGAGCCCUCCGGAGAGUGCCCCGUGCUUCGGGCAGGUGUGCGCAAGGCUUGGGGCGGCAGCCGUGGGGUGGGGUGGGGAAUAAUUUUUUUUUAUUCAUUCCCCCCCCCCAAAAAAACGAGGUGCGUCCUAUGGGCCGGUGCGCCCUAUAGGACGAAAAAUACGGUAGCCUGAUGAUCUCAGGUGUACUGAAGGAAGAUGCUCCCCCAUCAGUGUUGAAGUAACUGCCAGUCCAGUUAAUCUUUGAUGGGGGAGUGGAGAGAUAGAGCAUCAACUUAUUUUCUUGUUUUCUUUGGCAUUUUGUAUUUAGCACUUUGCAGUAGUACAGGUAUAGUACUACUUGUUAGCUUUGACCGGGGGCAGGGGCAGGGGGGGGAGCCAGGUGCUACAUCAGUACAUGGACACCUCCCCACACACACAAAAGGUGCACAAUAGAAAAAUGAACAUGCUAACACAACUCAUAGCAGGGCUAUGUAACAACACUGAGGAACCUGUACAUGCUGGAGUUUAUUUUAUGUUCUUUCUUGACUUUGGGGCAAAUAAUCUCAGUCUGCGGGGAGUUGAAACACUUUUGACUGCAGUCCUUUGUACACUUACUUGGGGGUUCUGAGUGGGUCUUACUUCUGAGUAAACAUGCCACAGGUGAGGCUGUUAAGCUAUCAGCAGUAGCUAUUCACGCACCCCUUUCCAUUGUCCGUCCAAACAAGCAAGAGGCAUUAUCAGAUCUCGAGGACACAUUCCAUCCAUGCAGAAGCACUCGGGUGCAAGGCUGGGCCAGUGAGGGAUCUGGCUUGGGGAGAGUUCCCAGAACUAGAUAAUGCUCUGAGGAAAAUUAUUUCCUUAUGCCUCCUUUGGUUUGGUGUUAUGGGAAUGAUUCGGUUUUUAUUGUCGGAAAUUAUUUAGCUCUUGUAAAGUCACUCUGUUAGUGGGAGCAGCAGCGUGUUCCUUCCUCCUGGAAUAACUUGACCUGCAUGACUUGGAAGCUGAACGUCCAUUUCCUUACCCUUUUGUUUGGGUCCAGGUUUUGAUUUUGUUUUUUUAAUGCUGCUUCCGGGUAAGUUUUUAAGGGGGAGGGCGGCGGGAAAGAACUGGCAGGAUGGUUUCAUAAUUACAUAAGACCGUUCUCCUCUUGCUGCAUUGUAGCUGAACGUGUGUGAGUAACUCAAGGAAGGAGCCACUAAUUUGAUCGGGAUUACACUGGAUUUACAUGUAUGAUCAGUGCAAGUUAGGAAGGGUGUACAGAGUUUUGUCAGUCAAAAACAGGAAGCAACCUCAGCCGUUUUGGGUGUGUUCCCAAGAUCUCUUGAUAUGGAUUUGGUUGCUCUUAACACACACUAUUCUCCCCCCCCCCCUUCAGGGCAACUAAAAGACUGCUGUUGUUGAGAUGUGUAUCUCAAGUGUAUUUCUGAGCAGUGAGCACUCUUUAUCUUCCAGACCAGCCUUUGAAAUUAAUUCACUUACCUUGAUACUGAAUCCAUUUAUGAAUUAAAUAUUCAUUUCUCUGGAAAUGCUAAAAAGAGAUCAGUCCAGCCACAGUUUUGCUGUUUUAUGUCCUGUUACUCUUUUAACUUACACCUCUCCCACUGAGAGCAGUGUGAUUGAUGUUCAGUAGGCACAUUGACUCAUUGUUAUGAGAGCAGUACCAGCACCACUCCUUCCUGCACUGAUGAGGUAGCAUGAGGAGCUCUGGACCACACAUGAGGAGUCCACGUUGACUCCUUCCUUUGGAAACACCAACCUUCAGGAAAUUUGAUUACUUCUAGCCCGAACAGGAGUCCCCUGCUGGACUCUUCCUACAUAGUUUUGGGCUUGUUGCAUUACCCUACAGUGCUGGCAGUGUGAAUAGUGGACCAGUUCUGAAUAUUGACUGGACCAUGUCCUCAAUUUGCAUGGGCAUAUGUAUGAAGCAUAACUAUUCCGUUUCCACUGACACAAAAGAUUGCAUUCAGAAGGGGCUUCCCCUUUGCAAGUAGAUCCCUGGUUUUCAAAAAGCAAGACUAGUUCUUCUGUUUAGUGACUAGUUAUUGCAUGACUUUUAUUUUAUCAGACCCUAUAAAAUACCCUGCAUUUCCAUAGCUUAGCUCUCAGUGGGGAUAGAUGAAUCAGUCCAUUUAAGUUUCAUUCAGUGUGUCAUCUUUACAAUCAUAAAUUCAUUUCACACCACUGCUGCAUGUGCUCACGUUUUGUUUUGUUUUUUUAAAAAAAGGACCCCAGGAAAAUCCAUCCACCAAAAUCACAUUUUGGUGAUCAUUUCUCCUAAUAUACAUAUUGCGUGUGUGCAAUUAUGCCUGGCACAUGUGUUUUUGCUAAGCUACACCAAUUUGUAGGUAUUCUUUGCAAGGAAAACUGCAGUGCAAAGAAGUAUGCAUUUGAAGGAGACCUGAUUUUCAGUUUGUGUAUUGGUUUGGGAAGUGUGGAUUUGUUUGCAUGAAAGUGCAAGCAGAAUGAUUCCCUCCCCCCAUCCCUAGCUUUCAGACUAAGCUCAGAUCUAAAGAGCUGUUAUGUUUCCAUCCAAGAUGAUGGUACACAUCCAGCAUGAUUCUCUCCCCUUCCCAUCCUUUAAGAGUAGGCUUCUAAUCUAACCCCCACAACAUGGCUCUUGGGAAAGCUCUCCUGAGUUUCGCAAAUGGUUUGCUGUUAGUUAUGGAAGGCUGCUUUUCAACAGGCACAAAUCCAAAAGCCAGUUUGAUAUCUGACAGUAGUUCCUGGGCAUUCUUAUCCUGGUCUACAUCUUUGUAUAGUUCUCAGAAGAUAUUCCAUAUAUUUUAAUGGUUAUGUCUUUGGUCCUUGUAGAAAACAAAUUAAAAUGAAAAAUCAUUACUGUACAAAAUUAUUUUAUUAAUUGUGAUUAGUAUACUUUAUAUCAUGAUUAUGAAUUUUGCUUUACUACUUUAACUACCAGUAAUUUCUGUAUUUAUUUAUUUUUAAAUGCUUUUCUAUUGAGUUUGUUGGUGUCCUAUCCCACUUCAAUUUCUAGCCAUUAACAUUCUUGCUGCUGUUGUAGCAUAUAGGAACACCCCCUUUUAUCAUUUGACAUAUCAAUUGUCAUAAUGCCCAGAAGAAAGGCUUCAGAUUUCUUCUCAAAUGUUUGUCUGAACAUUUUUAAAAAUUUGUCAUAGACAGUAUUCCAUUCUUAAAAAUUUUGUCACAACCCCACCACAUGUGGUACAUCAUUCCUUCCCCUUUAUUUAUCCUCCCCUCACCUGCUGCAUGACAGGGUUUUCCCUGACCGUCAUUUAAUGACAGCAACAUGCUGGAGCUAUACAGAACAUAAAUUAUCAAAAAACAUGAAUUAAUAGAGGAAGUAAUAGUAUUGCAUGGAAGGGAUCAUUUUACAUAAGGAUAUAUGUACUUUCAGGGAACAUGGGGGGCGCUGUGGGUUAAACCACAGAGCCUAGGACUUGCCGUUCAGAAGGUCGGCGGUUCGAAUCCCCGCGACAGGGUAAGCUCCCUUUGCUCUGUCCCUGCUCCUGCCAACCUAGCAGUUCGGAAGCACAUCAGAGUGCAGGUAGAUAAAUAGGUACCACUCUGGCAGGAAGGUAAACAGCAUUUCCGUGCACUGCUCUGGUUCACCAGAAGCGGCUUAGUCAUGCUGGCCACAUGACCCGGAAGCUGUACGCCGGCUCCCUCGGCCAAUAAAGCGAAAUGAGCACCGCAACCCCAGAGUCGGCCACGACUGGGCCUAUUGGUCAGGGGUCCCUUUACCUAUAUGUACUUUCAAGCUCCAAAUAAUUUUACCUGCAGGUAGUGAAUAUCUUAAGCCACCCAUCUCAAAUUCAUUGGGUGGAAUACAGCAUAAUACUAAGUGGGGUAUGCAUACACGGAACAAGGUCUGCACAUGAUCAAUGAGAUUUCCCCCCCCCCCCAUCCUCACCCCGUGUGCCUCCUAAACCUGUUCUGGGGUUUUCUUCAGCCCUCCAAAGCAGAUUUAGGGGGCAUGGUGGGGGGGGGGGAAACCCUGUGGUAUGUGCAGACCUUACCAUAAAUUCAAAUGCUGUUGCCUGUGACAUUUUAUUGUUAAAUACUGAUGAUAAUGCAUUUCCUAAGCAUCAUCAGUAAGUAGUCUUGGCUCACAAGAGAUCCAUUUCUCAAAUGAAGCUGUUAUUUCUUGGGCACUGAUUCCUAACAAAGAAAACAGACUAAUUCAGAAUUCAGUAAGUGGGCAUUCCAAGGCAGACAAAUUGUCCAUUGGAAGAAUGCAGUGAGCCCUAGGGGGUUGGCAUCUUUUCAUUUUUAUGCUAUGGUUUCCUUAUCAGUUUUCAUGCAGCUUUCUGUGGUUCUGCUGCAACAUGUCUUGAAUCAGGAUAUGGUGGUGCCUAGUAAGCUGUUUGCAGAGCAGGACUGCCUCCUCCCUUUCCUGAAGCCAAGGAGGCAGCUGGAGAGUUCUUACUUACAGUGAUCAGGGAGGGUGGAGCCCUGACAAUUGAGAGCUAUUGUGUCAAUGCAAUGUGCAGUGCUGAUCUGAUCUGAUCUGCCUCAAGGAGUAGUUGAAACAGCUUAAAAAUGGUAGUUUUCAACUUGGAUAGCUAAGGAGGCCCAUAGCUGCCUCUACCCUCAAAGUUAGUCCACUGCAUCAUUCUGUUUUCAGGCUGUGGGUUCUCCCUCCACUCCGCAAAAAGGUAUUGCAAUCCCAUGGAUGCCAGGCUUCUGUUUAUAUAUAUAGAGAGAGAGAGAAUAUGUAAUCUGCGUUCCUCUUUCUCUAAAUGUUUUAAUAUAAAAUUUCAGCCCUUUAAAAAUCUAGCAAUUGAAAAACUAAGGCCUGGUUCAGAUGUAAUAGGAAACCAUGGUUUCUUGCCAUGAGAGCAGACUGUGGUGGGCUUCUCUUUCUGAUUUUGAACUAACUGCAGUCCCCUGUGACAGCCAAACUUGGGGAACUGAGGUUUGAGUAAGCGGUGAUUGUAGAAUAAGCCAGCAUCUGAAAACAGAAUUUGAUUCUGGCUUGUUCAAACUAACCACAGUUUUCAAAUCACAAAUCCUAAGUUCCAAUGUCACAGGGAACAAUGUGUAGCUUAAAAUGGAAAGCGGAAGCUUCUGGCAUCCUCCUUGUGGAUGUGAAAGAGUAGCAGAGACAGUGAGAGCCUGAGGCUCCUUAUAUGUUAUUUUCUGAUACAGCUGAACUUGACCAAUGUAUCUGAGUUUCUACUUACAGUGGAACCUCUGGUUACAUACUUAAUUCGUUCUGGAGGUCCGUUCUUAACCUGAAACUGUUCUUAACCCGAAGCACCACUUUAGCUAAUGGGGCCUCCUGCUGCUGCUGCGCCACCAGAGCACGUUUUCUGUUCUCAUCCUGAAGCAAAGUUCUUAACCCGAGGUAAUAUUUCCGGGUUAGCGGAGUAUGUAACCUGAAGCGUAUGUAACCCAAGGUACCACUGUACUUACCUUCAGUUUGUAUUCUUUUAGAAGAGAUACUGCCAUUUUUAGUUGUGUAUUUUUAGUUGCAUGAAGGAUACAGUGUUGGUAGUCUAUAGAUGACAACAGACCAUACAAAUAUAGACCAUACAAAUUCAGCUUAACAGCCAUGUAUGGUAGUCCUUCUGGACUGUAUGUAGCCUGCUUCUGCUUUAAGGUCAUUUCUUUUCUGGAAUGGGCCAGCAAGUAAUUGAGCUUCUGUCAGCACUGUAGGCUUUUAAUGAUGCCUCCAUGUAUCUAGAUGACACAUUCAACUAUUAACCUUCCUUUUAAUGCUACCACAAACACCCAUACCUUUCAUUUUGCUCAAUCUGCCAUUGCAUACAUUUGAUAUAUAGCGGACAAGGAAGGGAAGCCAAAUCCCAUUGAGCUGCCACCUGUUUUAGGUGAUUAAUGAACAAACCGAGGAAGUUCCAACAGAAGCUUAACAUUGUGGCACAUUGCCCACUUACGCUGGGGUUCCAUUUGGCUGCCUCCCACCCCACCCCAAUCCCCGCUGUGUCCUGUGAUGAAGUGGACUUUCUUAAAGUCUUCAUUCAAGACAAUGGCCCAACAGUCAUCUUCCGAAGCCUUCAUUUUUAAACCAUUGUGCUGCAAUUCUUAUGCCUCAGGGAGGUUUUUUUUUGUUUGAAAAUGGGCUGCAUGCACCAGGGAAGUGGGACAUAAAAGAUUUAUUGGCCAGUGUGUGUAUUGGCUUACCUGAAUGCUUGUAUUUUCAAACAGAUCUUUUGGUCAUGAAUAGUUGUGAUUGUUGAGGCCGGGAUAUUAGAAAUCUGGAUGAGACGUCACACAGGCUCACAAUGAAUUACAAUAGGCUAGUGUACAUUAUUGAGAGAAAGGUUAAUUUAAAAAGUACCUUGAUCUAAUGAUCAUGAUUUUGUUUUUCAUGUGUAUGAGUAGACUUUUUUAUUGUACAAAGUUGGCAGAGACAGCACUGGUUGAAAAGGGAAGGCUUGUGCACGUGGUGGAAACCCAGAUGUCCUGCAAGCAGCUGUGUGACAUUAGAGUUUUAAGGGAUUUGAAUGGGACUUCAAUAAGAAUGCAUAUAUAGAGUGUAACAUAGCUUUGCACACUUCCCAUUUAAAUCAGAUGGGCUUACUACUGGAACAAGAAUUGAUAGCAGCUGUAGAAUACAUUCUGGUAUCUAUGCAAUCAUUAACCCCAUUCAGAAGCUGUAAUUGUUGAUGUGAUGAGGGAUGGUGGAGACCAGCACUUUAACUCCAUCCCCUCACUGCUGUCCGCAUAGCUUCCAUGAAGUGGUGGGAUAACUUCUAAAGUGAAGAGUCUAUCAUCUUGGGAUGGGCUCCUUGUGCAGUCAAGAACCCCGUGUCUUUGAGGGUUCUAAAUGGUACAGGGCACCCACACAAGGAAUUAAUAUCAGAGAUUCCCCACCACAGGAAUUUAUAUCAGGGUCCAUGUAGGAACAUGCACAAGGUCAUGACUCUUCAAGUACCCUAGUCCUAAGCCCUUUAGGGUAAGGUUACCAGACGUCCCCAUUUCCCAGGGACAGUCCCCGUAUUUACAAAUCAGUCCCCUGACAAAAUCCAUCUAUUUAGUAGGAGGUUGAAAAGUGUCCCUGGAUUCACUGAAAAAAAUCUGGUAACCUUACUUUAGGGCUUUCCUUCUCAUGCAGAUGAUAAAGUCCCAUCACAAGUAUAAGUUUCAUGGGUCUCUUGCUGUCCCUCCCUUUCUGUUAUUCUCUCCACAUCUUCCCAUUUGACUUUUUUGCUCCUUGAAAACAACAUUGCAUGAACUGAAGUAUUCAGAAGACCCGCUUUUUUUGCCCCUGUUUCCUCACGUAGCCCAUGCUUAGGAAACCUGCCUUGGCCUUUUCUCUUCUUUGUGUUGUGUCUGGCUCCCACAUAUUGUGGCUUACUAGCAUCUUCAUUGUGAAAUGCUAUUUAAGUGACACGCUGCUUCUGCCCAAUAAUAAGGGGGCACAGAGUAAUUAUGUCAUCCAAAUCCUUUUGAAAGAAGGAAAAGAAAACAUCCAGAGUUUCGCGAGAGGCGUGACGGUCAUAGGAAGCUGCCCCUAUGCCAAGUCAGAUCCAUCGGCCUGUCAGGCCUCAGUAUUGUUGACACUGACUGGCGAUCACAUUCCAGGAUUUCAGACAGGAGUCACUCUCAGCCUGGAAAUGCAAGGGAUUGAAUCUGGGAUCUUUUACACGCUCUACCACUGACCUUCAAACUGUUCCUGCCUCUGUGCCGUCUUGCCUUGCCCCCAUUAACACUACCAUAUGAACAGUUCCUUGUCGUGGCUUUGUUUUGCUUUCCACAGCAUAGCAGUGCCAGCAGCUUUCUUGGGGUUUCCUGUCUGCCCUCAAAUGGCCAGGAAAACCCUGCUCUGUUGGUGUUUCUAAGCUGUGGUGACAGGAAAGCUAAAUAUCCUGCUGCUUUCCCUAGGAAUACAGUGAGUCGCUUUUUCAUGUGAACCCCAUCACAUUUCCUGAGAACUGAUGCCAGCAGCUCUCAAAAUUGCCUGCCCUGGUGCUCAGGAGAGGGAGGAAGAAAAGACUGCUAGGAGCUGCCAUAGCCAUGAGUGUCUCGUGAAGUCAAUAAUAGCAUGUUGGCCUGAGAUGACAUUGCUUUGAGCAGCCUCCUGCUGUGGUCACAAAAAUGGGUGUGGUGUGGUUACAUUUUACAUAUGGAAACAGUUUUUUAUUCUGCAAAUGGUAAUUGUUACAUAGAGGGAAGUGCAGUUCUUAAAGUGCCUUGGUGAAUGUCACCCAUAAUGAUAAAACUAGGUUGAAACUGGUUAUUUGCUGAAGCAUAUUUUUGUAAACAUUGACAUGCAUGAGAUGUAGUGAAAUUUGAUGAUUUUGAUAUAUAGGUUGCAUCUGCACCAUACAUUUAAACCAUGUGAAACCCCUCAAAGAAUUCUGGGCCCUGAGGUCUGUUAAAGGUGCUGAGAAUUGUUAGGAUUGUUCGGAGACCACUAUUCCCCUCAUAGAGCUACAAUUCUCAGAGUGGUUUAACAGUCAGUCCUUCUUCCCAAGGAACUCGGGGGGGGGGGGGGAUAGCAUAUUUCAGGAUCUCUGUGGGUCCAAACCACACACCAACACAGGCUUGGUGCUUUUGAAUUUUCUAACUCGGGGCUUUCAAGAGGCUUGAUCUUCAAGUGGAUAACUAAACAGCCUUUGCUACCAGUGUGACCUUGUUUUUUUAAGGGUUCGUUAAACCAGAACUCAGGAAAUGACAAAAAUGCCACUAAGCGUAUGUCCUACUUCUCAAGUCAACAUCGUGAUGGAUAAUCAUAGCGUUAUAGGAAAAAAUAUAUAAAUGGUCUGCUGGUUCUAGAUUGUUGGGAUUUUGUAGGAUUGAAUGUUUUGACUUUGUUCUUGGCUAUGUGCUCCUCCGUAUGAUGUCACUUGUUCUUGGCUUGUUCUGAUGUCCUUAAGGUUGCAUAACACUAAACUAAGUACUUUCUUUCUGUGUCUGUGCUAUAUUAAUCUUACCCAAAAUAGUUUCAGGUCACUUACGAUAUCUUAAUUUGGAAAAGAGUCAAAGUUUCCUCUUCUGGGGAAGCUGAGUGGUUAAUAGUGGAAGUUUAAGCUAUUCAGUAGUUGAGUUGAAAGUGUAUAUAGCAAUGCUACCUUAAUGUGGCAUAUGGCAUUAAGUUACUGGACUCCAGGGAAGUUAGUUAUUUAAAUUUAUUUUCCCACCUGCACAUCUACCAGAUAAGGGUAAGUCUAGACGAUAACUUGUGUUUUGUUUGUUGCUUGCAAGAUCAGUUACUGACAUUUACACCAGUAGGGUCUCCGCAUCACCCUGUCUGUACUACAUGUCCCAUGGGAGUUUUUGUUUUGUUUUGUUUUUUGUUUGCAACAAAAACAAAAACAUUUUGCUCGUUUGUACAUUUGGUAAGUGCAGAAGUCUUGUGGCCUUCUGCUUCCUGCCUGUAUGGUCGUGCUUGAUGGCGAUUUGUUCUAUUAUAUUUUUUAUAUAGACCAGCAGUGGACAACCAGAGCGCUGAAUUUCCCCCAGCCAAGCUAACGUGGGAGCUGGGCUCCCUGGCAAUGAUGCCGUUAUAGCUCAGCUCAGGAAUGUCCAGUUCAGCCUCUCUCAGCCUUGGGUCCCCAGAUGUUCUACAACUCCCACCAUCCCUGACCACUGGCCAUGCUGGCUAGGAAUGAUGGGAGUUGUAGUUCAACAACAUAUAGGGACCCAAGGUUGAGAAUAGCUGGAGAGACUAGUUCCAUGACCUGAAAAGUCUGUCAACCUGCUUCUUGGCUGCCAUUGGCCGCUAGGGACAUCAUGUAGCCCCCUUUUUCUCUUUUUGCAUCAUGGGUGCAAAGAGGUACAUGCCGCGAUACUGUCACAGCACCCAUUUUUGUUAGCAUUUGUUACAGGGGAAGGGAUUAGAUGGCCGUUCUGUUUUUUUACUAACAUCUAGGUUUGCUCUGACAGGACUACUACCGGAGGAACUGUUGUGUGUCUAAACUUCUGUGCUAAAAUAUUCCUAAGUCCUGCAUCCAGAGCUUCCUAAUCGCGCAAUCAGAAUAACUACACAUGACCCAGUCAGAAUGUUCAAAUGCUGGGCAAAUACUCCAGCCAAAUGGAAAUGCUUCUCUUAAGUCCUGAGAAGUUUAGUGGGAGGAGAGGCCAGCACAUUCCUUAACUGCAGCGGGUCCUCUUCUUUUAUCUUUCACACAUCCUUUGCAAUUUGUUUUGCUCCAUAACUGGGAGCAGAAGGCUGCUUGGAGUUCCAAGAAAACUGAGGGACAUUUUUUGUGUUGAGGUCAAGGAGGCUUGUGCAGUUACCUCUUAUUUUCCCUAUAAUUAGCAAAACCGGUAGUCAAAUAGUAUAAAACAUUUUGAGCCUUUAGGGAAGUGAAGGGCAUAGUAAAGAAAUAGUUUUAGCAGAGAAGUAAGUCUCCCGGUGUUCAGUGGGGCAUACUCCCAGGAAAGUGUAUGUAGGACUGCAGCCAAAGAGCCUGAAGCCCGACUUUACAGUUCAAGCAAAUCAAUUAAUAAAUGGUGAAUCAAGAAUAAAAGGAGAAGGAGUUUUUCCAGGCAAGAGAAUAGGGCUGUUUCAGGGAUUUGUUUGAAACAACAACUAAAGUUGCAAUCCAUUCACCGAAUUUCCCUCUUCUGUAUUCCCUAAUACAAUAAACUGGCAGAACAGGCAUUGCCAUUCCUUUGAGGUUAGACCUUGCAUCCUUGUUUGCUCAAGUCUCAUUUGUGUCUCAUGACUGAAUGAAUCAACACCUAAUGAGGCAGUCACAUGAGGGACAGAGUCAACCAGGACUCAUAGGCUGCAUGUUGUAAACCUUGGAAGCACCCUGCUUGCAACUUGCUUCAUCCUUGUGCCUGAAAGCUUGGGUGGCAACCAAAUGCUGUCUUUUUAAUUCCUCCCUCUCUUCAGUCACCACCUCUGCCCCAAAUCCACUGAUUAACUUUAUCAGUGCAGAGAAAAACUAAGGUCAAUCUAGCAAUGCCAGAAAAGUCCACAUAAUUGAGCAUCCUUGUAUAUAGUUUCAGGGACCCAGGAACCUUUCCCACUGUACUAUUUUGCUGCCCUGUCUAGUACCAAUGAGAAUUGAUUCCAGAAAAGUAAACAUGAUUCACCAGUUCCAGCAGAACUAGGGUCAUUUCAAAAACCAUGCUGCUUUAUAAAAAAUUUUUGUAAACCACCUCCAAGAGGACCUACAAAGAAUAAACAUGGAAAGGCAAACGAUACAAGUGAUAAAAAUUCAAAACAAAGUCUUAGCAUUUCAUAAGUAUUAAAACUAAAUACAUUUGUGUUGCUGCCCAAAAGGCAAAGAACAUUCCUCACAAAAAUGUUGAGAGAGCAAGAGCAAAUACUAAAGUAGCAGAUCCUCCUCCCAGGCAGGGUUGGGGCAAAGCAGGUGGAGAAGCUUGCCCUUGAUUACUUAUUUCUCCCCUUAGCCAAAUGAGUUGCCCCCAAGCAUCUCCUGCUGCAAACAAGAGCCUUCAAGUUCUUGAAGCAAAUCCUCAUUGGUUCAUAGGAGGUUGCACCAGGACAGUGUCUUGAAGUACGGGCUCUUAAAGUAAGAUAAACACAUGCAUGCACAGGUCAGACACAUGACAAUGCAACUAUUUUCAUGCUCACUCCAGCUCUGGUGUGCCUAUGAAUGCAUAAUGGUUGGGUCCAGUUACAUAUUGUAUGCAAUAUGCCUACAGCCACUAGCUCAAUGAACCAGUGGUCAUCAUGCCCCAUAUUUCCCUCGGUGUCCUAUAUAAUCUCUUUCCUUGGCUGUUGUUCUGCGAGUGCCAUCAGCUGGGAAAGAAAUACUGUGGAGGUAAUGUAUAUUGAAGACCUAUGUAGCAGAGAAUUGGUGGUGGGUUUUGCAUUCCAUUCAGAAUUCCAUUUGCCUGCCUUUCUCCGCAAUGUGCAAUACUGCGAGAGAUUUGAAGUCGCUUCAAAUAUUACUAUGUGACAUCUGUAACCACAUGAGUGGAGAUGGGUGGUUGGCUCCAGCCUCUAACCAUAUAAUUAAACCCAGGGUUGCUGUACUUUUGCAGCUGUUUCACAAUCUGAUGAGAUGGGCAGGCUGGGUUUAGCCAUGUGGUCCAAGGAGUCAGGCAUCUCCUCCAGAUGGUUACAGGUACCACACUUAAGUUUUUAUGUGCCUUCUGGCAGUAACCAUGGCAAUGAAAGCAGAAACAAACAACAGAGUUUCUCCUUGCAUUGGAUCUCUUAAGUGUGGGCUUGUGGGAACUUAUGCCGUGUCUCCAGUGUGGUUUAAAAGAGUCUGGAAGUCUCUAGCUUAACAGCAGAGCACAAAAGUUGCAUGCCAAAGGUUCCAGCUUCAAUUCAUGACAACUGCAGCUAGGGUUGGAAAAGACUUAUCUGAAACUCUAGAGCAGAAGUGAGGAAACUGUAACCCUCCAAAUGCUUCUGGACUCUAGCUUCCACCAUCCCUGAUUAUUGCCAUCUUGUCUGGGCCUGAUGAGAAUUGGGAGUCCAACAACAUCUGGUUCCCCAUCCCUGCCCUAGAGAGCCACUGAUCUAAUGGAGCAGUGGGCUGACUUGAUAUAAUGCAUGUUUUAUGCAUUUCUGACAGUUGUGGUACACAGGGGCUGGAUUGCUGCUUUGUUUUUGCUUUCCACCCAGCCCUGAAGACUGGGACUUGCAAAACUUAAUUUGCGACUGUUAGUGUUCAAAUAGUCUACAGUGGUAGCUUGGGUUAUGAACCAUCCUACUUAUGAACACUUCAGGUUACGAACUCCGCAAACCCGGAAGCAGGUGCUCUGGGUUGCGAACUUUGCAAUGUACAUAUCCGCUUCUGGGGCCGUGGAAAGCCUAUGUAGGGAACGGGCACCUCGGGUUAAAAACGCUUUGGGUUAAGAACAGACUUCUGAAAUGAAUUAAGUUCGUAACCUGAGGUACCACUGUAGAAGAAAAACACCAGCUUUCUCAGUGGAGGCUUUCAAUAACUUUUAUCUCAGUCCUCAGUCAGUGAAUUGUGGCCUGGUUUUCACCAUGUAUUUUCUUUGACCACACACAAAGAUAAACAAUUUGGGAGGCAACUGUUAAAAAAACAACCAUGACCACAGCAUCUGGAAAAAGAACUGGCCGUUUAAUCAUGGGAACAACUGCAACUAUAUAGGAGAGCACUUGGUUCAUACACUUGGGUGCUCAGAUCCUGGCUUACUAGGCCGUAGUUUAGCAACCAUUUCAAGCAAUGGGACCACACACUGCCUCUUCACCCCUCCCUUUCACUUGCCUUCUCCCUCCAAUGGUGCUUACAUCCUGAUUGAAUUAAACAUCUGGUUUCAUUGCACCUGAGAAAGGGAAUUUUAGGUGGAUGCCAGUUUUAGCAACCAAGAUCUUAAACUAAGUUCAAGCUGUAGUUUAAGAUCUUGGUUAGUAAAUAGACAUUAAACCACAGUUCUCCAUCUCAGAUGUAACAGCAAACAGCAGGAGGAAGGAGCCAAGAUGAGGGGCAAGGAAGGGUCCAGCCCCAUUGGUUGUUUGCAAUUGUUAAAAUGUGGUUUGAUGGACCAAGAGUGGAGUAUUCAAAUCAGCUUGUUAUGUUUAUUUGCAUAAAUGUAUGCCUAAGGAAAGUGAGAGCUGUACAUGUGUAGAAGGAAAAGUUGUGAACUGAUGAGGGAAAAUAUGAUACUACAUCAUCAUAUAUGUACCUUAAAACCAAAAGGACAUUUUAACGAAACACAUCCCAUUAACAUGGCUCAAGAUUGACAUACCCACCUUAGUCCUUGACUUGUGUCUGCUUCUGGUUAUGAAGAGAAUGUGGGGUGUGUUUACUUAAAUGUAAGUCUGAUUAACCUUAGUAGGAUACCAAUACACUUUUAUUAGUUGGAGACUUUCAAUAAACUACAGGGGUCAUCAAACUUUUUCAGCAGGGGGGCCGGUCCACUGUGCCUCAGACCUUGUGGGGGGCCGGACUAUAUUUUGAAAAAAUAUAUAUGAAUGAAUUCCUAUGCCCCACAUAUAACCCAGAGAUGCAUUUUAAAUAAAAGGAUACAUUCCACUCAUGUAAAAACACUAUGAUUCCCGGACCGUCCGCGGGCCGGAUUUAGAAGGCGAUUGGGCCAGAUCCGGCCCCCGGGCCUUGGAUUGCCUACCCAUGAAGUAUGUAUAUGGGUAUGGUAUAUACCCAUGUAUAUAUCUUCAGCAUAUACUCAAAUCCCACCUUCCAUUAAUUGUUGCUUUUAAAUUUGAAGAGCACAGCAUAGACUUGAUUGCAUGUUUAUAAUCUGUCUUGUGCCAAACUUGAUGAGAAAAGACUUUAAGAUGGUGUUUCUUUCCAAUUUGUAUUGAACAAUACUUUGAACUUAAGGGAGAAACCACAACUUUAACAAUAAAGCUGAAGUUGAUGAUGCUUUUUGAGAGACGAAUGGCCUGGCCAUAAAGCUAAGCUAUGGAGAUAGUUUGUUUAGCUAACCAUAAGUUGGCCCACAGACGAUCAGACAAACCAUGACUUGCAUCUCCAAAGCAUGGCUUGUUUUCCAGCUGCUCUUUCCUCACGCCUUUGCAGCUUGGUAAGCAUGUGGGGUGGUGUUGUUAUUUAGACUUAUGACACUUCUUACCUAAAAUGUCUCCAGGCAACUUACAUCCAAGCGACUUAACAGAGUAGGCAACUGAUGUCCAUAGUCAUUUUUAAAAUGGCAAGUUUUAGUUGAGAAUUGUUGUUAAUAGUAGUAGUAGCAGUAGCAGUAAUAACAUCAAUAUUGCUUCUUGUUUGGUGGUGCUGGUUGAAAUGGAAGAGCUAGUAUCAUAUUCUGUGCUUCUAAUAGUGUCAACUUACCAACACUCUGUAACCGUCUCUUUCCAAAUCUGACUGACAAAUACUUGUCUGGAGGUUGAUUUGCUUCUCAAUUAUCACCUAGUCACAAGUGCAGUCCCUUUAAUCAAUUAUAUGGGUAGAGAUUACAGCCAAGGAGAGCUCACAGGCUUCCAUUAAGCCAGAUCACUUUCGGAGGAAAGGCAAUUUUCUCUAUAAGAUUUGAUUAGUGAUCAAAUCUUGUGCUGCAGGGUGUGUAAAAUUAUCCCUCUGCAAACAGGUUGGUUUUCCAGCUCUGACCACCUCUGCUGCAUGGUUUGGGCUCCAUGGGUCUACGUCUUUUGUGAUGCUUUUACACUGAAGCAAAACUGUUAAUGCACAGUGCUUUAAGGGAGAGUUCACACUCUGAGGAUGAAGGAGAAAGUCCUCUGUGUGACCACAGAGUGGCACCCACAGGGAACUAUCAGCUAUUUGACUUUCCCAGUCCUACCUGCAGUGGUGGGGUGGUAAAUUUUGUAGGGCAGGAGCUUACAGAUGUGCCCCCAAGAAGAGUCCAAAAAUGUAGUCAGCAAUAUUGAUUCCUCUGCAUACACAUACACUCUGCAACCCAUUGUAAUACACAGUACCCAACUUAUUAGGAUCAGCAUGACAGCCAUCCUAAGCAUAGUUUCCUGUAAGACUCCCGCCCUGUUGAAAUCAGUGAUGUUUACUUCUAACUGCAUAGAUUCAAGCUGUGAAACGCACAGAAGUGACUUACCUGGGGGGAGCUGCUGCAGCAAUAACCACCUUCUAGGGGUAUCACUACUGAUUAGCAGGGAGAGGUGCAAGUCAGCAGUGAGGUUGGGGCCACGCAGGUACAAUAGAGGGCACACCACAUUGGCUGUGCCGCUACACCAGCUUAAUCUUUCACCCACAGCCUCUGCCCUCUUCCUUUUGGCAAGUGGCAGCGUCAAUGCUGCCUGGAGGCUAUUGCUGCCACUCCAAAAACACACCUGACUUUAGCCUUUAGCUAUGAAUUAGAUAUAUUGCAAAUAAGUGUUACUAUUUAAGCUGCUAGCCUAAAAUAGGAACACCUUCAAAUAAAAGGGAAGAAGAAUCUAGCCUCUGAUUAUUUCCCACAUAUUCUGACUUCCCCCCAUGCUAAUCUAUCACAGAAAAAUGUGAAAGCCUUGUUAUUACUUAAAGGCAUUCAGGACUGUCAAGUUACCCUGGUUUUCCAGUGGAUGGCUUUGUUGUUCCUGCUCUGUAAAAAAAAAGGUCCCAAAGUUGCAUUCACCAACAUUUCCCUCUCCACUAUACCACUACCUAAAAAUGAAGAAGUGUGUUUUUAAGCUGCUUCAUAAAAGUAAUCACUGUGACAUGUUGGCAGAUUUCCAGAACUGGGGCACCACCACCAAGAAGGUCCUGUUUCUCCAGUAUUGCAUGUUUCUCAUGCAUUUCUUCAGGCACAAACAUGGGCACAUUUUCACACUCGCGUAUCCGUUUCAUGUCCAUUCCAUAUGCACCCUCAAUUCCCAGGGAAAUGCACAAGCGCAGAUGCUUGUCCACAAAGAAGCACAUCCUUACAAUGAUCUCAGCAGGCCGAGUUAAUAAAACAAGAGGGAAGCCUCUGGAUUCCCCCUCUCUGCCUCAGGUCAUCAAAUCAGUCUUGGAAAGAAAGUACAAGUACUCUCCUCUUUCCUUGUCAUAGGGUCAAUACAGUCAUACCUCGAGUUGCGUUUGCUUCACAUUGCGUUUUUUCAGGUUAUGAACGCGGCAAACCCAGAAGUGUUUACUGCUGGGUUCGCCGCUUCGCGCAUGCGCAGGAGCUAUCUUCACGCAUGCGCAGGAGCGAUCUAUCUCUCUCUCAUACAGAGAAUCAGAACUCUACUUACAGACUUUUCAGGGCACAAGUGGUACCCCGGAACAGAUCACGUCUGUAAGUAGAGGUACCACUGUAGAUGAAAUCUUUUUCCUUGGAGCAGGAUGGAUUGAAAGCCACUAUCAGAUGUUUGCCCAAUUCAGUUCUGCUGCUGAAAACAGAUUCUUAGGUUCACAGUAUACUCAAAGGCAUACUCAUGGUUUGUUUUUGUUUUUUAAAAAAUCUAGUUGUACUGUAUAUCUUUUGCACCUGGCUGGAGUUGAUAGAUUUUGGGAUUCUAGUAAUAAAAGACAUGUCCACUCAGUGCCAACCCUGGGUUAAAUAAACCUCUGUUCUGAUCAAGAGGUGGCAUCGUUGUUGGCCUGCCCACUAACUCAUUUAUGGAAAUUGUUGCUUAUGAAAACAAGAAUAGUAGUUUGUGCAAAUGAGGGCCAGGUGAGCCAUAUCAGUGGCCUUUACUAUAAGGACCUAUGCCUGCAUCUUCAUUUGGUCCACUUUUGCCCUUGUUUCUCAACAAAAUAUUUAUUUUAUUUUUACCGGCAGCGUGACUGUUGUCUGGUAAAACGGGUUAGGAAAUGAAAACAGAAGGGCAAGCAAUGAGUUAAAACAGAGUCACCUGAAUUGUACACAAAACCAACUUGCAAAGAAAAAUGAGCGCACUCUUUUUAAAAUGUAACAAGAAAGAUCAGGAUCUGAUCUUGAGAUAGGCAAGGUGUCCCUCUUCCCCGUCAUUGUGAGAUGCACAGAUAGCAACCUCAGCAAGAAUGACCCAAGAGGAAUUUUGCACUAGUAUUUUUCCUUCCCAAAAAUCUUUCCGUUAAAGACACACAACACUGUACUAUUCACACUUUCAUUUUAAUAGCUCUGGGGAAAGAUUAUUCAGCUCCCUGAAUAGCUGGGGGGUGCACAAUAAAAUAACUGUUCGACUGGGGGGAAAAUGCUCUGUUGUCUUGCAGUACCAGUUGGUAUUAUGUAGGCUUGUUUGGUGUCUAUUUAUAAUAGAUUGCAAUUGGGAACUGGAUACAAAACAAACACUGGCGCUCCAGUGUGGCUUAACUUUAUAUCAGAUUCUUUCUUGGCUAGUUUAUUUUUAGAUUAUCUAUCUUUGACUUACAGAUGCAGCAUUAAGCGACACACCUUUAAAGAAAGCUGUAUCUUCUCUAGCAUCCACCAAUGAUAACUUGUGAGAUAGGAAAAUAACUCAGUUCCAACCUUUCCCAGUACUGCUUUUUGAACUUUUGGGGAUUGCAGAAUAGGGCAAGGCCAUUGAACUGUCAAGUUCAGGUAGAACACAUAGCUCAUUUUAGGUAUUUGGGAGACUCUUUGGGACAAUUGUAUGUCCUUUGCAUCUUUUCUGCUGUUAGUUACUCUGUUUACAUUUUUUUGAGGUUGGUCUUCAUUCCCUAAGGCUUUAGCAGAAAUCCAUUCACAUAGUUUCCUGGUCACUUACUAGACAGCAGUUGUGUUUUGGAUUUUUAAAAAAAGCUCUUUUAUGUCUAUGCGUGUCAAAGUGAGGUAAUAUGGAAACUUACUCCUGUAAAUAAAUAUUUACAUAAUGCACUGGGCUCAGUAACGUCUCACCAUUACAUUGCUCCCUGGAGAAAAGGUCACUUUUGACAUCAUUAAUCUUUUGAGGGCAAGAUACAUGCUCACAGAUAACAUGGGUUUCGUUUUAGCAAUUAGGGUGUCGCUGAAUAUAGGCUGUGCUUGUUUUCCUUCCUAACAGAAUGCAGCCAAAGUUAAACACUUCUGUGUGCCACUGAUUUCAUUGGGAAUUAAACAUUUCUAACCUUUGGCAGCAUUGUGCCUGUUAAGAAUGAGCUUUGCUGAGUCAGGCCAGAGAACUCUGGGAGCUGUAGUUCUGUGAGGGGAACUGGGGCUCCUAACAGCUCUGAGCAUCCUUUACAAACUAAAGCUCUCAGAAGUCGUUUGGAGGAGCCAUAACUGUUCAAAGUGGUAUCAUUGAUAGCACAGUCCAUAGACCACUACACUCUUAAUUUCAGGGUUGUGAGCUCAAGCCCCAUGUCGGGCAAAAGAUUCCUGCAUUGCAGAGGGACGGGUUAGAUGACCCUCACGGUCCCUUUCUAUUCUACAAUUCAUAGUGCUUUAAAUGUAUGGUGGGAAUGUGGCCUAGAUUUACACGACAGGCGAAAUUGUAUUUGUCCAGGUGUCUUUUUUAAAAACCUGAUUAUGUUGAUGCUGUCUGGAGCUUAGGCUUAGUGUUGCUUUUAAAAUAAUAAUAAUAAUAAUAAUAAUAAUAAUAAUAAUAAUAAUAGAUGCACAAUUUUAUUCUGUUUCAUUCUAUAUUGCUGUUUGUGGGUGCAUUCAGCUGUGGAAAUUAUUGUGUUCGUUUUCCAGGUUAUAGUGCUAGCACAUCUAUCCCAGAUUCUGUAGUUUCUUUUGCAUUGUAUUAUGGGACACGUGUGGCGCUGUGGGUUAAACCACAGAGCCUAGGACUUGCCAAUCAGAAGGUCGGCAGUUCAAAUCCCCGCGACGGGGUGAACUCCCGUUGCUCGGUCCCUGCUCCUGCCAACCUAGCAGUUCGAAAGCACGUCAAAGUGCAAGUAGAUAAAUAGGUACCGCUCCAGUGGGAAGGUAAACGGCGUUUCCGUGCGCUGCUCUGGUUCUCCAGAAGCGGCUUAGUCAUGCUGGCCACAUGAGCCAGAAGCUGUACGCCGGCUCCCUCAGCCAAUAAAGCGAGAUGAGCGCCGCAACCCCAAAGUCGGUCAUGACUGGACCUAAUGGUCAGGGUUCCCUUUACCUUCUUACCUGUUGUGUUGUGGCUUUGUGGUCAAUAUACUGCCAUAUUUUGCUAAAUUUUAAAUGGCAGGAAAGGACUGUAUGCUGGAAUACCACCCCAAUUUUUGUCAUGUGAAAUUACACAGCAAAUCCCCUCCAUUUUCCUGGUUAACAGGGUUGAAGAAAGAGAGAGAGGAAGCAAAUAACAUGGAAAUGAGCACUAAACUUCCACUAGUUUUCCAGAAGUGGUUUUUACGUUGUGUGAAAGAUCACAUAACACUUGGAAAUUAUCAAGGAAGGAAAAAUUGGUGAAACCAAAGAAGGUUGAUGGAACGCAACCUAUAUUGUAUGUUGUGUUGUAAUCUGCCCUGUGCUCAUAGGCGCCAUCGGGGGGUGGGGGAAACAGGGAGCCAAGGGCUUCCCCAAAAAUUUUAAAGAGUGGGCCGGGUUUCCCCAAACUUCUGUGGCAGCUGUGUGCACACACUGCGGGACAUGCUUAUGUCACGUGCACAAGAUGCGGAGUGUGCGCACAACAUGUUAGCACGCCCUGUAGCAUGUGUGCUUGAUGUCGGCCAGCCCCACGGUGUGUGCGCACAGUGUGCUUACGUCACGCAACCCUGACCCCCUCAAUCGUGGGAGCAAGGCGGCGUGCUUGCCUGUGCUCCAGUCUGGAGGAAGGGUAGAGUAUAAAAACUCUGAAGCAAACAAAUAGCGCUUUGGCAUAUGGCAUGGUGGGGAGAGCUAUUUGAUAUGCCCAAACCCCAGUUCUGUGUGAGAAACUAAUCCCAUGGUUCUUUGGAGCCUGGGCCAUGUGGCUUCUCUGCAGGCACUUGCUGUUCUUCAGUGGAAUUCACGAAAGGAGUUAGGAAAUCCCUUGAAGUGGAAUCUUAAGGCUUCAGGACUCCAUCAGUGGCAUAAUGCAAAUACACACAGAGUUCUCAGAUGGAAAACUACUGGUGAAGUGAAUUAAAAAUGUGUUAGACUCCUGGGAAAUUCCGUCCCAUAAUGUGUAAAAAGUUAAGGAGGGCUUCUCUCAGAAAAUAUUGACAUUUUACAGAAUACCUUUUUGAGGUGGAAAUGGCCAUUUAACAUUUUUUUAAAAAAUUUUCUCUGAUUUAUUGUAUUUUAACCCUAUUGGAUAAAUAUAGUUCCGAAAAUGGAUGUCAGAUUAAUUAUGUCUUUAAUUACCCCCAUUAGAUGUUUACAAAUAUUUUUGGGGUGUUUUAAGGAGGCAAUUUAUAUUAAAGCAUAUGGUUGAUUUUUCUUCUGACAAUGUAAUUAUAUUUUUCUUUGAAAGAUAAAGAUUUGUUGACAAUCUCUCGUUUCAAGCUUUAAAAAACCAGCAAUCCUGAAUUACUACUUUUACUCACGUUAUCCUUUUCAUGUUGUCUCUUGAAAUUAUACAUAGUUAAAGAAAUGUGAAGGGUUGGGAAAGAUAGGCUAUACCACCUUUGGGGCCGCAAUCCCAUAUGCACCUACUUAAUUGGGAGUGAACCCCGUUGAACUCAAUAGGACUUACUUCUUUGUAGACAGGCGUGUGUUGGAUUGUACUGCCAGGCACACAGGACCCCAUGGCUUGCGCUUGUCCUUCCAUCCAAGAUUUUAAGUCAAAGCCUAAAAGAUUUGCUUUUCAUUCCUAGAACAGCCCUCCCUCUAUCUUUGUGUUUUGCCCCAAGAGGAGUUAUGAAACCUUGUUUACAGCAAGGAAGCUGGGCACAAUUUCUAAAUGGGUCUAUAGCUGUACAUUGCUAUCCAAUUGUGUGUGUGUGUGUGUGUGUGUGUGUGGCAGUUUCUGGGGUUUCACUUGUAAUAUUAAUGAGCCGUUAGAGAGCAAACAGUGCCUCCUUUGUUCCUAUAGAAGAUCCAGUCUGGGGAGGGCCGGAGGGUGAAGAUUUCAUGGGAGAGAAAAAUAAUAAAUCUUUAAAUUGAAAUUUUCUGGCAUGCUGCACUGGUCUGUGCCAGAGCUUUGAAGAAGAAGGCAUAAUCAGAAGCAGAGUUUCCCCACUCGUGCUAAAUAAUAAAUCAGACACCCAAACAAGAGCCCCACAUGGGUUAAUGGCCUUAUUUUCAUGGUGAAAUCUGCAUGCAUGUAUCUAAGGCAGAGCCGGGAUUGGCUGGCAAGCUCAUUGCAGAUCCAGGUGGCAUAUACUGACAGCUCCAGGUCACAUGAUGGCUAUUAGGGCUUGCUUUUCCACUCAUCUGGCUGAGCUUGUCAGCGAGGGUUGAACACAGGCAUCCUGCAGCUCCAAGGAAUGUAGAAAAUGAGAGGAGGGGAAAGGAGGGAGGUCGUGAGAGAGGAGGCUGCUUUGUUGUCUUUCUCCCUUCGAUCAGUCUGAAUUUCUGACAAGCGUGGACCACGGAGGUGCGGAAUUGCAGCCGCAGCUGCCAAGAGACCCUGGUCAUGAGGCUCAACCCAUAUCGGUUUCGCCAAAGGAGGAGGAUAGAUUAAACUGGCAUGUACAGUCUGUAUUGGCUGCCAAGGGGGCACUUAGCUCGCUGAUGAAUUAGAUUGAUCUUCUGUCCUCUGCAGUAAUACCCCCGAGGAAACAAAGGAGCUGGAAAAAACAGGCAGUGUUUGCUGUAGUAAAAUUCUGGACUGAUCAACAGAAUGGAAAGGCGGGGUCCCGGUUAUGAAACUAUAAGGCAGCGUUCAUAUGUGGAUCCUUGGGCAAACGCACGGAUUCUGCUUCGGGGACCUGUUUCUUUUCUUCAAGGGUUUUUCCCUUUUCCUCUCUUCUUGUAAUCCUGCCUUUUAAGAUUAAGGCUGCCCUCCUCGUCCUCGUGUCCCGUCCCCCCCCCCCCCCGCCGCCUCUCCUUUUCGUGCUACAGCAUGGAACAUCUUUUGUUUCAGUUAAAUUCAGUCCUCUCGGUCUGUCACCUGACAGUCUUGUGGUUCUGGAUGAAUGUGGUUCAUUUCUAUUAUUAACCUGGGUUGGCAGCUGGUCCUCCUAACAGGAGUUUAUAGAGAUUCCGAAAAGUGGAGCUUGCUUAAGGGAGAAAGAUGCUUCCCAGGUAUGAAAUAAAUACUAUGAUCUGGGCAUUCUUUUCAGUGGCAGACUUGCUAAAUAAAUAUGUGCAUAUAUUUGAAGUUGUCCUAUUUUAUACUGUAGAAAUAAUUAUGUUCUUUGGGGGGGGGAUAGCUCUGUACUACACCACUAUUUUAAAAUGAAUGUAUAUAAUCAUCUGUCGUUUUUCCUAAGGCAUUUUGUGUUGUAGAGAAAGAUUAUGAAACGGUGCCUGGAACACUAGUGGUUGUAACCCUGGUGGAUUAAUCUUGUUUAGGUGGGACUUCCUCCGUAAUAAGGAUUAUUUCCUAAAAUAAUCAACUGGUGAAAGUUUAUCUGCGUAAAGCUCAUAGAAAUUGGGACGGGUGCUUUUUUGCUGGUAUCUUUUUAAAAAAACAGCUCCGCAACACACACACACCUCACCAUCUGAAUUUCUAAGACCUGUUCUACUCCAAGUUAAACCUGUUUAAAUCCUAUUAAUUUGACUAUGAGGCAUUGAAGCACAUGGUUCACUUUCCCAUUUGAAAUUAAUGAAACUUAAAAAGUACUUAACUUUGGCUGGAUAAUGCCCCCCCGGCAAGUUUUUACAUUUAAUAUUAAAGCAGUAGAAUCGUCAGAGCAUCAAUAUAUGAUUUAAUUAUACCUAUCAAGAGCUGUUAUAUUGCUUUCAAAAACAGGGAAGAGGAAGACCUGACUAUUGAAAAUUUAACCUCAGAGUGGGGGGGGGGGGGAGAGAGAGAGACUUGGAUAGGUUCCUUAGUAGGGAUGCAAAAAACCUGAACAGAGAUCUGACUUUGAACCAAAUUAUCAAAAAUAAAAUAGGGACUAACAGGUGGGAGAUACAUAUGAAAAUAAACUGAAGUUAGUUUCAUUUGCAGUCAGCCAUGUAGAGAACAGCCAGAAGUUAAGGUAGAGGAGUGUCUAGAGGCAGCAAAUAAGAUCUGGGUUUUAUUGCUGUUCUUAUUGCAGAAUGCAUUAUUUCUUUCCAUGUGGCAGUGAAAUAGUAUAUGCAUAGUCCAGGCUUCUUUGACCAUAACUUGUGCAUCUGUCUUUACAAAUUGUUGCUAAGCUAAUGGGCAAGUCCAACAGAUCAGAUUUUACACUUGCAUCCUAAAAGGCACAAGUGUAAUAAGCUUGUGUAAUAUUAAACAUUAGCUGGAAAAGAUGGUACCACAUUCGUAACUUUAGAUUUAUACAUGUGGAAUGCAAGAGUGGCCUGUCUCUGGGCAGAGACAGGAAUUAUGUCCUUCCCCAUCAUCACCUCUGCCCUACAUAAAAUAAUCAAGCAUUUUACAAGCCAAUAUGAACUUUGGAAUAAAACAAAUUCAUUUCUAGCCUUUAGAAAAGUCUUCAAGAAGUGAAGCAGGAUUCCUAGCAACCAGGUUAUAGUUUUGCCACUGAUUUUCAUUUUCUUCCCCUAACUCAGUAUUUCCCCCACAAUUAACCAGACCUUUCUAUGGGCGCUAAAGUUAGCCACUGGCUUUGCAACUUUGAUCCAGGCCUAGUUCCACCUCAGGAGAAAGGGGACACAUGCCCCCUGCGACAGCUAUCUCAGGUUUGGAGUCUUUGUGGUGCUGGAGAGAGUCACAUCCUCCUCCCUUGGAGGCGAGAGAAGACUGUUGAAAAGCAGUCAGGUCUCGCUAAAUUUGGGAGGCUUCCCAGACAUCGUGAGACUCCAUAUAGAAAUUAUUGUGCUGGCUAAUGUUUCCUUCCUAGGUGAUUGUUACAGAGUAAUGACAAUAAAGUGGGAGAGGUCUUAACCAGCAGGCACUGUGACUGUAAGAGUUUCAGAUGAGGAUCAAAUGUCACCAGCUGACUUUGUUCCAAGUCUGCUUUGGAUUCUAACACUGUAUAACAGUCGCCACAACUUUGUGUUAUCUUGGCAAACAUGGAACAUAAAGCCACAUUUGACAAGAUAAUAGCAAUGCAGAAGUAGAUUGGAACUUGCAGGGGAAGAUUAGUUAGAGGGACAACCGAAGGCUUAACCUUUCUUUGUCCACCGAUUCUCCCAGGCAAACAGGAACUAUUUUUCCCAGUUCAGAGCCCACAAUAUGGGCACACAGUAGCAAACCAUAUAGGGGCAGGGUACUUAACCUUGGUGAGCAGAUUGUGGCCUGCAGGUCCUGAUUCUUGCUGCCUCAGCAUUUCAACGCAACCAACUACAUAGGUCUUAUUUAUAUCUCACCUUUCUAUAAACCACAUUUAUAUUCCGCUGUUCCUCAAAUGCUAUCAAGGUGGCUAGCAUGCACUUCCCAAUUUUAUCCCCAGAAAAACCCUGUGAGGUGGGUUAGGCUGAGAGGCAGUGAGUGGCCUAAUGUCACCCAGUGAUGUACAUGGUGAGUGAGGAUUUGAGCCCUGACCUCCAAGGUCCUAGUCUGACAGCUCUAACCAUUGCAUCACACGCUGUGGUGGCGUUGUCAGUGCUGGGAGCUACAAAUCCAUUAGCAAUGCUACAAUCCUGUACACAAUUUAACUCCUUUUGAGAGAAGUUGGAUUUAAACAACAUAAACAUUUGUUAGUAACUACUGGCUUACUGUUAUUGAUGGUGAGUUUUGUCACUGUUUAUUCCUCUCCCCUCCUUCAUAGGAGGAAGUGUUCAAUCCACAGGUCUCAUAAUCUACUGUUGGGUUCUAACCGAUUAUUUAGCAAUCCCUGUGAUAUUCAACUCUUCCAUGUGCUAUAGUGUUGUAUUAUUCCAGGCACAGGCAUACUUAGCCCUCCAGAUGUUUUGGGACUAUAACUCCCACCAUCCCUGACCACUGGUCUCCUGUUAGCUAGGGAUGAUGGGAGUUGUAGUCCCAAAACAUCUGGAGGGCCGAGUUUGCCUAUGCCUGUAUUAUUCCCACCUCAGUUUGCCAUACUUUCAGUCACAAAUUCUACAAAUGACCAUUAACAAAUGUGUAAUUUCUAAUCCUAACCCCCCUCCACAUUAUAUUAACUUUAUAUUACAUUAUAUUAACUUGUAAAAAUCUACAAUGUUCCUAAUUCCAACCCAAAGAUCAUCCUAACAGUAGCCCAAUGCUGGCUGGUUUCCUAUGCAGUGUAAAUCAUUGCACCUACAUCAAUAUAAUCCAAAUGAUAAGUACUAUAAGCUGAAGUGUAAUUUGAUCAUUAGUUAGCAAGUGGAUGGAUGUUUCCCUUGUUAAACAGUACUAGGUGCUUAGAUGCAUUAUGUCACUUAUACUUUCCAUUGAGGCGAACAGCUUUGGUGACUCUUGGAAAGAGUCAGAGGGGCAAGGGUACCAAACGAAAUGGAGCAGGAACCUAUUCCAGUGUGCUUUUGCCUAUCAACAUUCCAGAAAGGUGCUAACACGAAAGGCAUGCAGAACAGAUAAGAUGGCAUAAACUAUAAAUAUCAUUUGCGUAGAUGUCCUUUAAAAAUAGUUUAAAGUGAUUCAUCACCUGGCAGUUUUCAUAACUUUAGUUAAGAUAUGCUGUUGGGAACAGUGGUUUGAUAGCUUUAAUUUUUUAUUAUUUUUAUUUUUUGGAACAGCCUUCCCCAACCUCCAGAUGUCAUAGACUUCAGUUAGAAUCAUAGAGUCAUAGAAUUGUGGAGUUAGAAGGGACCCUGAGGGUCAUCUAGUCCAACCCCCUGCAAUGCAGGAAUCUCAACCAAAGUAUCCAUGACAGAUGGCAAUCUAGCCUCUGCUUAAAAAACCUCCAAGGAAGGAGAGUACAUAAUCUCCCAAGGGAGUCUGGUCCAGCUUGGAACAGCUCUUACUGUCAGAAGGUUCUUCCUGAAGUUUAGUCAGAAUCUCAUUUCUUGUAACUCAGAUCCACUGGUUCGGGUCCUACCCUUCAGAGCAGGAGAAAACAAGCUUGCACCAUCUUCCAUGGGGCAGCCCUUUAGAUAUUUGAAGACAGCUAUCAUAUCUCUUCUCGGUCUCCUUUUAUCCAGGCUAAACAUAGCCAACUUCCUCAACUGUUCCUCAUAAGGUUUGGUUUCCAGACCCUUGAUCAUCUUAGUUACCCUUCUCUGCGCACGUUCCAGCUUAUCAACAUCCUUCUUAAAUUGUGCUUAAUGUGAAAGUGAUAUUUAUCUUGAAAUAAGACUAUUGUAAAAGAUCAUUAACAGUGUGAUCUAAUGCAUGCCUGUUCAGAAGCAUGGUUGUAUCCAAAGGACACGUCUCUAAAAUGUGUAAUGGGACACUUACUAAGCCUAGACAGAUUUAGUCAUUUAUUUUUAUUGAAUAAAUUUCUAUCCCACUCCUCCUCCUAAAGGAGUCCGUGGCAGCAAACAAGUGAUAAAAAAAAGAAAAUCUAAAACAUCUUUUAAACAAUUCCAUUAUAGAUACAGACUCAGAAAGAGCUCAACUUAAAAGGCUUGUCGAAAGAGAAAGUAUUUGGUAGGUGCAGAAAAGACAACAGAGACGUCUGCCUAAUAUUCAAGGGAUGUUAAAGUCAAUGUCACAAAGCUAAAGGCUUGAUUCAUAAAUUGGGCAGGAUGGAACUCCUGAUAAGAGACCCUCACCUUCAGAGUGCAGUGAUUGGAUAUGUCAGCUCCCUAUUAGAGAGGGGCUGCUUUGCGGGCGGGAACUGGGUCUCCAUAGCGACCCUGGAGUGGGUGGAGGUAAGCUGCCCACAUCAGCAGGGUCCCCGGCCCAGGAGGCCCUGUUUCGUGAUGAUGGUGUUCACCUUUCUGACAUGGGCAAUGAUUAUGGCUGGCCGAUAUCAAGGAGGGCAUUAAGUGUUGGUUGCAGGUGUGAGGGUGUUGGCGGCGAGCCUUUGGCUCGAUUGGCGGUUAGGCAUUGAGUAAGCCUUUUAUGGGAGGGGAGGUUGUUGCCUCCGCCUGCCCCUCAAUGGUAAGGGUAUCCCAUUAAAGGGAUCUGGGGUGUGUGGUUCCUGUCCGAAGCCUGGGCAUGGGCUAGGGCAAAGACACAUCCCUAACGGUGACCAGGGAGGGGGGCUCAUUUGAUGUACAUCAGAGGGCUCCCCCUUUCCGGUGGUUAACCCUUCAACGAGACUUCCUGCGGGCGUGCAGGAGUCAGGUUAUAGUCUUACUUCGCCCAAUUGCCUAAGCCAAUACCGCUCACUUCUGUAACCAAUAAAGUUGUGGCCUUAUUUAUCCCAUUAACUCAAUAUCCUUGUUUUCAUGUGUUUUAUUCCGGGGAAGCUUGGGGUCCAGGUCCUUGCCACGCAAAUAAGGGGUGAGAUGAUCUUUCAGCUAUCCUGGCCUCAAGCUGCAUAGGGCUUUAUUUACCAAAACCAGCACCCUAAACUUAGCUCAGCAGCUAAUUGGCAGCCAUUCCUGAUUUCUUUAUGGAGCCUGUACGACCAAUCAACCACAUCAUUUGUAAUACUGAAUAGUCAAAGAUCAAGGUCACAUCUGGUCCUCAGCUGAUUGUGGAAGAUGCUUAGGCAUGAACAGGAUGUUUCCCCACAGCUAUUUAAAAUGCAUGGUGUACAGUGUCCUGAACACAACUUAAGUCAUUCCAAAAUGCCUUACUGCCUGCAACCAAGGGAGAGAAAAUCUAGGGCCUUUUGUUUUUAUUUACUUCUUCUAAUGUAAUCCUUUAUACUCAUUUUCUGGUUAUUAUCUUUCACCUAAUUACAUACAUUCAGCCCCUCCUCUGUUUAUUGUACCUCCCGAUCACUGUUACGAUCUCAGCCUAUGGGCAACAACAGUGUGUUGAGGUAGGGCUGGCAAAACACCAACCUAUUUGUUAAGCAAUUUAAAACCUAGAUAUUACACAUUUGCAAAGUAGACUAAGUACUUCCUACACUAAGUAUUUCCUACAAAGCAAACCAUCCUUAAGGUACCCAGAAGCAUCAGAUUCUGGGCAGCCGUAGAGUGUUUUGCCGUAUCUCAUAUCUUGGGUGUUCAAAGUAAUAAUAAAGUAUACCUGCCUCCAGAUGUAUAAAUAAUGUGACAAUUUGUAUAGGUACUGGAUACAGUGAUAUAUUUUCUUGGGUGGAUCCAUUGUUUUUAGAUAAACAGUAUAAACAGCUUAUUAGGAGUCAAAAUUCAUUGAAGUUCACUCAGAAUGUACAAUUCAUUUUGAUUCCCCCCCCCCCUGAAAAAACAACAACACUGGUCUAGUCCAAUGGCCCAUUCAAGCCCUUUUCUUCAUCUUACCCAUAAAAGAAAUACAAGCCACAGUAGUAGUAGUUAGCCAUCAUGCACAAAAUGGUGCCUGAUUCUCUAAAAGAGCCUUCCCCAACCUGCUGCCCUGCAGGUUUCUUGCACUAGAAGUCCUAUGAACAACUUUGACAGUGGAACAGACUCCCAUGAGAAGUUGUGGAUUCUCCUUUCUUAGUUUUUAAGCAGAGGUUGGAUGGCCAUCUGUCAUGUGUGAUCUAGUUGAAAUUCCUGCAUUGCAGAGGGUUGGACUAUAUAGUUCAAAGUUUCCCAACUUGGGUCUCCAGCUGUUUUUGGACUACAGUUCCCAUCAUCCCUGACCACUGGUCCUGCUAGCUAGGGAUGAUGGGAGUUGUAGUCCAAAAACAGCUGAAGACCCACGUUUGGGGAACUCUGGACUAGAUGACCCUUGUGAUUGCUUCCAACUCCACAAUUCUAUGAUUCAUGCAAAAUCUUUUUCACACAUCUUAUAUCUGCAAAAAUAUAUGGUUGGCUCUUGGAAGGAUAAAUGUGUGGAUUCAAUGUGCCUGUGUCUUACUGAUUGUUGCUCUGAACCUGUUCCCUGAGCUCGUCUUCUCCACUUUCUCUCAAUCCCAGUUGCCAAGGAAUAUUUUUUGGAAGACAUGUUAUGUAACACUGAUAAUAGUUAGCCGGGUCAAUCAUGAAAUGUAAUUUAUGAGACACACCAAAGCCUUUCAAGGAUAGUUAAAAUAGCAUGUGCUCAGAUGGAGGAGUAAACAGGUUCAUUUUACCUUGAUCAAAUGUUGAUGAAUGCGGCAGGGUUUUUAAUAUAUAUAUAUUUAGCUCACUCUCCUCUUAGCACGUAAUCUGCUCUUGGAGCUUUUUAUAAGCAGACUUCCCUAAAGAUCUGGAACACUUUCUGCUCUUCCUUGCCAGGCAGCUGUCAAGAGUCAGAUGUCAAAAUACUACUAAAUGGAAACCAUGUCUUAAAGAAAGGGAUGGUGGGCUUAUUGCAAAUUAGGUAAAUGAAAGGAUUUGUUUGGGGAGGGUUGGUGUAGAGUUGUUGGUUUAAUAACAAUUGCAAGAUGAAAACAAUAUGGGUUUAAAUGCAGAAAUGCCACAUCUAUGCAGGUGACUUAAGCACUGCAUGAAAUACCAAGCUAACUUCAAGUACGGAUAUAUAAGAGAGUUUGGGCCACUUUGUAUAUAUCAGGGAUUAUAGUUCAGGCGAGAAUCUAAACAUACGUUUUAUUUGUUAAAAAAGUUUUCCAAGAUUAUCUCAGCUUUGCUUUCAUUUGUUCUCUCUGGCAAUUUCAGUAUUUGAGGCCAAUGUUGAGGAGUUGCAGAGUUUGCACCCCCAUUGUGUAGGCGGCAUUGGGGCUGCACCUGUGGCCGACCCCUCUCUACCUCCCCUAUAGAGGAAAACCUGGCUCAGCCAAAAGGGUGUCCACAAACACUACUGAUCAACUGAUGGGCAGUGCCUGCCAAGCCCCUUUCAAAGCACCGCACAAAGAAGGGGUUUCUGAAGACCCCUUCGGGCAAAAAAGGUCACUUGGUAUCAUUGUGACGUCAGGUAGUUGAAACUCAGCAACCUUGGCCUGUAAGGGGUACAGGAGAGAACCACCUGCUCCAGUGCACUAAAAGGGCUCCCCACCCCUAGUUUUGUGUUUGAUCUGGACCAGGGGCCGGCAAAGCUUUUGUGGCUUGGGGCCAGUUCAUGGUCCCGCAGACUCCGCGGUGGGCCGCAGUGCUCACGCACACACACAUGCACAAACACUAUUUCCGGCGCUCCUUCUGGUGCGGAGGAGGCAUGUGCAUCUUCCUAUUGGCUGCAGGAGCUUCCUGCAGCCAAUGGGAAGCUGGCCAGCGUCACGGAAGGCGGUCCCCGCUCUGCUCUGCACCGGUUUAGCACGGCGCACGGGAGCCGACCGAAGUUUUGGUUUUUUUAAGCAUCUAAUAUUCCAGUCCCAGGAAGAGUAUUUUCCCCCCUCCUUUUUAUAGGUGCAGGAGAUGAUUUCAGUGGCCUUUGUGCUCUUAUAAAUGUGGUGAUAAAAUGAUAUCUCAGAUGUCUAUGAAACAGGAACUGAUUAGCCAUGGCAAUCCCAUGAUCAUGAUGAAUUCUUUGUGGGAUGGUAUAAACUAUAAAAAUCCAGAGACAAGCCAAAGCCUCCUGUAGCUUUCUUCCCCAUAAACAUUGCAUUGUUCUGAUCUGGUAUCUCCCUUUCCACUAAUAAUAGUGGCGUUAUACUAGGUGCUUUUUAAUGCAAACAUUGUAAUCAUACUCUGCAUUGUGUAUUGACUAGGAUUAGAAGUACCUUUGAUUUUUUAAAAAAUAAAACGUUGUAGCAAAGAUUAAUGUUCCCAGUCGAGUUACACCCAUUUAUUUAUACCACUGUGCAAGUUGGAUGAAGAGGUUUCUCUGUUGAUAUAUAUUUACACAAAUUAAAUUUGCAUUUUAUGUAUAUUGUUGUUACCUGUUGUUACCCCUUAAUAAAGUCAGUGAAACUUCUUUUAAUAAACUCUAUUGUAAAAGCCACAGAGAUAAGAAACUCUCUCUCACUUUUCCUCCCUAUUAAAGCUGGCCUUUGCCGGAGUUUGAUCCAAGUCAGAUCCGACUAAUUGUGUACCAGGACUGUGAAAGAAGAGGGCGAAAUGUUUUAUUUGACUCCAGUGCUAAGAGGAGAACUGAAGAUUCAUCCGUCUCGGUAAGCAAUAUUCACACUAGUAUGAAUGCCCUUUCCCCUCACCCCCCCUGAAAUGCAAUGCAAAGUUAAUUCAUGCAGGCUUCAAUAAUAAAUUAUUUGCAUCAGUAGCCAUGCUUUGAAGAGAGAUAUUCAAAAUGCUACAUUUAAAAAGACGUUGUGUUUGCAGUGCGUUAGUGCUUCAGCUGUUCCUCCUAAUUGCUUUACUGUUACAGCAGUCCCCUCUUUUUAACCUAGCCCUUUGUUAUAUCAUAUUUCCUCUCAUAGGAUCUCUCCUUUGCCUGUAGCUUUAGGAAUAGCCUAGAUGGUGAAAAUGCCUACUCUAUUUAUUCCCUUACUCGUCUUCUGGCAAGCUAGAAUUUAAUAAACUUUGAAAAUAAUUCCAGUGAGGGUGAAUCUGGUGUACUGUAGAACAACAGAGAAAAACCUGAGAUCUUUCAGGUGCUGUUGGACUAUGGCUCCCAUGAUCCAUGACCAUUGGCUGGGUGGGGCUGAUGGGAGUCCUAUAACAUCUGGCAGGGCACAGGUACCCCAGCACUGCUGUAUAGACGAUUAUUAGGACACUUGCAUGCUUGAGGGUUAUGCAUCGACCCAGUUUUCCCAUAAUGCUUAGCAAAAGUUGCAGCUUAGCACUGGGCCGGGGGAACUUCCAGACUGUGGGCCCAAUUUUCCUCACAAUGCUGUUUUUCCCAAACCACACUUGCCUGCCUUACCCCUGACAUCAUAUGUGACAUCAGGCAGGAGGCAGGGAAAGGUGUGACCUGCACACUUGGUUCAUGGAGCUUGUAGAGAUAAAGAUCUGGUCCACCAGGCUAAGAAAGGUUUUGCGCACCUGAGCCUUAACAUGAACAAGCAAAUAUGCAGCCUCCUAAAGAGAAGAUUGUGGCUGGCUUGGUCCUGCCACCGCCACACUGCUGCGAGCUAAGCCAUGGUUUGGCUUAGCAUGGCAUCUGACCUUGACCCAUUGUUUAUCUUGCCCCCAGUUAAAUCACAAGCUGUAGCUAAGGUUUGUUUUGUGGCCAGCACUCCUUGUUUUCCUGAGGAAGAUGAACCAUGAGCCUGGGUUUGGACAUAAUGCUAAGCCAAACUAGCUUAGCUCACACCAACUCAGCAGCAGCAGGACUGGAGGAAGAGUGGAGCAGGUAUGGUCACAUGGGAACUCAUACAUGUGUUCAAGCUCAGCCAUGGUUUGGCUUAGUGUUAAGUGUGAACCAGAUUCUGUCUCUCCUCCAAUCUUCUCCCUUAUACCGGCAUUUCUCCCCACCCGUUAUUUGAUCACCCCACCUCCCCUGUCUCAUCAGCUUGGGAAACAUUGAAUCUAUUACUUGGAUGUAUAGAUCGAUCUUUUAAAGAAAGAAAAAACUUUUAAGGGAGGUACUGAAGAAGUGUGGAAAUGUACUGUACUAUCUCACAAGCAUACCUGGAGGAGUGUCUCCACCCCCAUCGUUCUGCCCGGACACUGAGGUCCAGUGCCGAGGGCCUUCUGGCAGUUCCCUCGCUGUGAGAAGCCAAGUUACUGGGAACCAGGCAGAUGGCCUUCUCGGUAGUGGCGCCCGCCCUGUGGAACACCCUCCCACCAGAUGUCAAAGAGAAAAAUAACUACCAAACUUUUAGAAGACAUCUGAAGGCAGCCCUGUUUAGGGAAGCUUUUAAUGUUUAAUAGGUUAUUGUAUUUUAGUGUUUUGUUGGAAGCCGCCCAGAGUGGCUGGGGAAACCCAGCCAGAUGGGCGGGGUAUAAAUAAUAAAUUAUUACUACUACUACUACUACUACUACUACUACUACUGGGAAUUCCAAUGAUGGCAUCUCUUCACAUGCAAGGCCCCGGGCCUUAAAAUAAGUGUUAGCCACAUACUGAGCCCUUUUACCUGUAAGUAACUGCAGAGUACAUUUCCGAAGCAGAGACAUUAUCUCUUUAUAGACAGUGAAGUUGUUAUAUUUCAUCUCUUAGCAAAGUGGCAAAUGACUCCUUCACUUGACGGCAUACACAAAGUGCUAGCUGCAUCCCACGGCACUUUUGCCCUUUUGCAAGAAAACACUGUGUGGGACAGACGUUUUCUCACUGUGAAAAGAGCAUCUGUUAGCUGGGUUUUAGAAUUCAAUGCCUUCUGCCUGUUGACCCCCACAUGUCUCAGCAUGAUUUAUAGCUCCUGGCCUUCUCCAGUAGAGUGUCGGCUUUGUUGGCUUAGGAACAUGGAAGGUUUGGACUUGAACAAAGCUGUCCACCAUAACGGGUGGAGAAUCAACUGAUUUUCAGAGCAUGUAUUUGUGUAGGGUUUGCCCGCCCACAGACACACACGAGAGGGCCAUGUCCUCUUCCCCACUCCUGCUGGAGUGAAAUUUCUUGCUUAGAGGGACACAUGGCCUCAGGAGAAGGCCAGGCAAAAGAAAGUUAGACCCGCAAUAUAUUGCCUGUCAACACUUCUUGAUAACAAACAGUUCUGCUGAAAAGAACACUAGUGUGGCAGUCAAAGCAUGCGCUGUACCUUUUAAAUGUUGGCAUGUUUCAAAAGGCAGUUCCAUGUGCGCAGAAUGAAAAUAUCUCUUAAGAUCACAAACAUUUACAUAGACGUAUGAUCAAGAACGGCUUCUAAUUUCAUCUGGAGUUGCUACUCCUGACUUUCUGGGGCCUGCGCUGUGAAUUGCUUUGACACAGAGUUACAGUAUCUCUGCCAUCCUGGUCAGCCUCCUCCCAAACUGGUGCCCUCAAGAUUUUGCUGGACUACAACUCCAAGCAUCCCUGAACAUUGGCCAGUCUCCAGGUGACUACCUGCUGGUUCAUAGAAUCAUAUAAUUGUAGAGUUGGAAGGGACCCUGAAUAUCAUCUAGUCCAACCCCCUGCAAUGCAGGAAUAUGCAACUGUCCCUUACAAGGAUCAAACCUGCAGCCUUGGCAAUAUCAGCACCAUACUCUAACCAUCUGAGCUAUCCAGUCUGGUUGCUGGAAUUAUUGUCAAGAAUGCUGGCAACGUGAACCUUAGUCCAUAGCUGUCAACCUUCCCUUUUUUUGCGGGAAAUUCCUUUAUUCCAGCACCAUUUCCCGCUGCUAUCCCAGAUUGUUAGAUAUCCCGUAGACUGUCCCCAGGAUAGGUGAGGCUGCUGAUCCCUUAUUUUCAAAUCUGAAAGUUGACAGCUAUGCCUUAGUCUGAUCCAUCUAGCAAGGCUCUUACAAUCUUAAGCAUGAAUGUUGUUGUCAGUAGUAGCAGCAGCAAGAGCAUCAUUCAUUUAUUCAGUGACGUUAGUGAACAGAGUACAAUAAUCCCUGCCCCCCAAGUGCUUACAAACUAAUUUUCAACACAUGAGAGCAGCAGAAGAGAAGGAAAAGUGGAAUCAGGCUUAAAUAAGGAAGGAAUGUGUGAUACUUUCAUAUACAUGUACAAAGCUUUCACGGAAAAGGUUGGUUUUGGGAAGGAAUUUGAAGGAAGAGAGGUGGCACCAUUAAGGUGUUUGGGAGGCUAGACAGGAUAGCUAAACACUCAUCAGUUGUGCUUUAUUAUCAAGAGACCCUGAACAGGUAUUUUUGUUUUUUACAUUUAAGAUACAACAUUAGACCACAGAGAUUCAUGGUUUGGGGGCUUUAACCUUGAAAGAUUGAAGUCAGCCCAUCCAACAUCAAGGCAAUGAUUAUGCAUGUCAGAAACAUUCUUAGGCAACCUAUCAAUCAUUAAUAAACCCUUUAUUUAUAAACUGCUACUGUUAAAAUGAACAUUAUGAAAUUAAAACUCCUGCCUUCUGUUAGAUGCAUGUAUUUUUCAGGUCUGGGUAAAUCUGGUUUGUAUAAAUAUUUGUUUAUCUUUGUCUCAUGAAAGUGUUACUGGCUUUUGUUUUGUUUUGCCUUUUUGGCUGUAAUUCAUAAACAGUUACCAGAAGCAGACUCAAACCCACCUAUGUUAUCAUCCUCCAGGCAAAAGAAAAAAAAUAUGAGUUUAGCAGUCCAGACAUAAGUAAAAAUGAGUUAAAUUGCAUUUAUAUUCCUCCUUUCUGUUUGCAAACUCUCAAGGCAGCUUACAAACACAACAGCAAAACAAAAAGCAGUUUUAUGUUACUGAACAUUUUGAUUUCUUGUGUGUGUUUUAUGCUUAAUCACGAAUCAGUGAAAGGUGGGGGGUAAAUUGAAUAAAUGAAUAAAAUAUGUCAUUAAUGACUGGCCCAAGUCCAUAUUCAGGGCACAAGUCAGAGGUCAUGCCAUGGUCUAGGGCAGGGGAGGUCCAGAGGGCAGCUAUUUUAUGUGGCCCUCCAGCCCCCAUCUUCCUCUCUACCUCUUCAGUAGGUUGGAGGAGAGUUUCCCUUCACCCUGGCACUGUGAUGCAGAGGAAAAUUGCUGUCUCUGCUGUUCAAGGAUUGGUUGCCAAAGCCCAGGUGUGGCUUUUGUCCUCCAUAUUGUCCUCUCUAUAGCAAGCCUAACACUGUGAUGGAGAUGAAUGUGGUACAUGUCUGGUGUGUGUGAGAGUGAGUGAGUGAGUGAGUGAGUGAGAAAGAACCGUGUGGCUGUAUUUGUGUGUAGUCCGCAUUUGUGACAAGGGUGUGUGCUUCAUGUGUGACAGAGGGAGGUUAUAUGUGUUAUGUGUUUGACAAUUGCGGUGUUUGUGUGCGAGAAGGAGUUAUUUGCAGCAACUUGGGCCAUGACUGUUGCUGGUAUGCAGAGGGUUAAUCAGCCUUCCGUGUGGCCCCUGUGCCAAGAACCUUAAGCUGGAGAUGUUAAUGGAAGAAAGAUGGGCCUACAGCAAGGUGAUAGGUUACAGCAAGCUUGUAGUAGAAAGUGCCAAUGGGCUGACAUUUGUUAUUGGAUAGCAACAGUGGGAAUGCUUAGUGGAUGCUUAGAGAUAUUCUAGAAGGGGGACUUGAUCCAGAUAGUAAGGUUAGGCAUGGGAAGGAAGAAAAGGGAGGAUCUAAAACAGAGGGGAAAACUACUGAGAUGUAGUAGAGAAGGGCUGACUUCAAACUGUCUGUGACAGUACCCUUUGGAUGAGGCAACACUUAACAGAGUUUGAACAUAUUGAACACUCUGUCAACCUAAGCACUGAGUCGCAGGCCAUAAUUUUAAGCAGAUUAAUCGGAUGCUUUGCAGUUAUGGUUGUGAACACUGUACACCAAACACUAAAUUACUAAUAGGAUCAGAAAUGGGAUAUGCUGGCUGAGUCCUUUACCUUUAGGCGACCUGCCUGAAACCAAGACUGCUCCCUUGUAAGGUUUCGGUUUCUGGAGAACAAAGAAUAGCCACUGCCAUUGACCUCUUUGGCUGCCAAAAGUGCACAAGGACAGGGUCUCGCCAUCAAAAAGCAUUGUCUCAGAGGAGAGCCUUGAGGUCAAACAGCGGAGCUAACCAGAGUUAGAGUUCCCAGCUGUGUAGCAAUGGAAUCGCCAGCAAGCCUCCUUGUGCUGCUGCUUCAAUGGGCACGGCAGAUGGUGCUAGCAGGACGGUGCCUGCGGGGUUUAUUUAUGGCACAUGCGUGCUCUUCUUGGGGACAGGGAUUCCAACGUUCUUUUAUGCGCUGCACUUAUUCUGUAAUCUCUUUUACAAUGUUGGAAGCACGACUUGAGCUAUGCCGGGAACACAAGUCGACCAGUUCCCUUUGUUGCAUAAUAUCUGGUGGCUUGUUACAUCUUGUAUUUCAUUGACAUUCAAAUCCAGAGGAAAAAAACCUCACACAGGAGAAGGGACACCUCAGAUAUUUGAUCUAGGUGUCCAGCAGGUUACUCUUCAGCAUAUGCUGGGUUCUAAAAUUGCACGUCUUAAAAUUUGUCUGCGUUCUGCAUUUUGCAAAUGAUUUGCUUGCUGGCAGACUGCUGACAGUUGGCAUCCAAAAGAUUGUGACCAUUUGACCUCUUUUUACCACGGGAUCCUUAAGUUCAUUGCAUUCUACUGUAAAGGCCAAAGGUAUAAUCUUCCAUAGUGUUUGAAUCAGGAAAUGAUCACUCUUAAGACAUUGUGUUCAGCUGUGGCUUUGAAGAAAGCUGUGUAGGAAGCUUAUAAGAGGUUCGUGCAUAGACUCGAUUAGCUAGCUUGAGGAAAAUGUUUUGCCAUCAUAGGAAUUCUCUCUCUCUCUCAUAUAUAUAUAUAUAUAUAUAUAUAUAUAUAUAUAUAUAUGCUUUGCUACCAAGUGUUAUUAAGAAAACUUUCAACAUCAGCUGAAAGCUGCAGUGUGACUUGCCUGAGAAAGAUGUUGUAACCCUGUGGACUCGGUGUGGUUUUAUCACAUGAUGCUGUGCCUAGCCCAAGACGCUGUUGUUUAUCAGAGAUAAAAUGCAAUUCUAGUUCACGGGUUUCUAGUGAAGUCAUAUGAUUGCCAUUCACAUGUUUUCAGCCAUUGUCUGCCAAAAAAUUUCAAGGCAGUAGCAAUUCUAACUCUGCACGAGUUCAGCAUUGUCUCUUUAAUGAUCAGCUUCUCAUAAUGGGAAGUUGUUCUUAUGAGAAGAAAUGAAUUCUUGUGCUGCAGCCAUAAGAAAAGAAAAGAAAAGGGAGUUCUAGCUGGCUUUGCAUAGGCUAGGCUGGCUGCCAUAAGAUCAGUACUGGGAAACCCUGUGGCUCUCCAGAGGUUUUGGACUACAACUCCCAUCAGCCUCAGCUAGCAUGACGAGCAGUCUGGGAUGAUGGGAAUUGUAGUCCAGCAACAACUGGAAGCGCAGAACUGCCACCACAUUUGCUUUAGAUAUUAACUUCUUUACCUUCCAGUAGUUGUCACAAUAGGAGAACUGUAGUAAAAACUGCUGGGUGGGGGCAGAUGUAAGCUACUGAGUGAGGGGCCCCUUUUUCCUUAAAAUAUUUAUUUGCAAUUGCAGUCCCCAUUCUCAUAAAAAUGUUCUGUUCUGGUGUUUGCAAAAUCUAUAUCACAGGGAGAAUUUUAGGUGCUGUUAUGAUGAAUAGCUGCACAUGUGGUUCUCUGAAAGCAGUCUGAUUUCAUGGGAUUUUUUUUUUUUUUACCCCAAACUUAAAUAUGGAAGAAAAACGAAACCUUCCCAGGUUUUGCAUAUUUGUCCCUAUUGAAAUUCAUUUUGUUAAUUUGGACCCAGUUCUCCAAUCCUUUAAGGUCAUUUUGAAUCCUGAUUCUGCCUUGUGCGGUGCUAACUACCCUUCCCAGUUUGGUGUCCUCUGCAGAUUUGAUGAGCGUCCCCUCAAGUCGUUUAUAAAGAGGCUGAACAACAAUAGGCCCAGGACAGAACUCUGGGGCACUCCACUUGUCCCUUUUUCCCAGGAUGUCGAGAAACCUUUAGUGAGCACUCUUUGGGUUCGUUCAAUCAACCAGCUACAGAUCCACCUAGCAGUAACAUUGUCUCUGAAUCCUCUGAGCCUAAUUCCCCAUCCCUUAUAGAACUCAGGUUGAAGAAAACCAAGUGAGAAUCCACAGCCACAUGCAGGCUUCUCCUUAGAAUUUAGAGCUCACUUUUAUCUUCCACAUUUGAACACCAUUCUUCCUUUGGCACAACUUCACUCCUAUGUUUAAAUAUAUAAACACUGAUACCUGCAUUGCGGGAGAUUGAACUAGAUGGCCCUGGGGGUCCUUUUCACCGCUACAGUUCUGUGAUAUGAUUUAUGAAGUGUUGAACAUUGGAUUUGUGUAUUACACAUCUAUCUCCAAAGCAAAAAGAUAAGACUUAUUGAAAUUAUUCCUAUUUUGCAAAACGGUUGGCUUAACUUCCAAUCUCCAUUCUUUCACUAAUGCUAAAAUGCUUGUGUUCAUCUCGCUAGUUUUCUUUUUCUAUGCCCCGGAUGCAGGUGAUCUGUACUCUCAGAACACUGCUUUGAGGAUUACUAAACACAAUGUAACAAAUACAAUUUUUACUCCACCAGAAACUCUGCAGCGAUGCUCAGGUGAAAGUCAUUGGGAAAUGUUGCCAGCUCAAACCUGGAGGGGACAGCUCUUCCUCUUUGGAUAGUUCAAUUAAUUCGUCUUCUUCCUCUUCUGAAGCAAAAGAACAAUGUCCAAAAUUUCAGGUGAGAGGUCCCUCUUUUAACUGUAUCAUGCUGGCAUUGUGACUUGUAUUGCAUGUUUGAAAACAUUGCCUUAUUAGGAAAUGGCUUGGGCUCCUGGUGGAGUGAGUGAGCCCGGAAGCUGUUCUUUGGUGGUUGUCCAACAAAACAGAUGGCUGUUGUCAUGUAGGACUGCAAAAGGAAACUAUCAGAAUAUCAGCAGGAUGAAUGUUCCUACAAGUGGCUUAUUUGAAAAUCAUUCAUGAAGAACAAUAGCCAAUGAGCCACUAAGAAACCUGGGGCAAGGAUGUACCAAACAAACGUGAUAGUAUAGAUCAGUCCCUUCCUCUCCUUGUCCACCAACAAAGAUGAAACAAUUUAACCAGGAAACAGCUGAAAAUGCAGUUCCCCAUUCUAACAAAGGCCCAGGGGAUGGAUUUACAUAUGUGGCCAGCCACCCCACAAUAAGUUGUCCCAUUUCUAAUUUUUCUUCCAGAAAUGUGCUGCAGGGAUUAAGUUUUCAUACAGGCUAGUGACAAAAAUCCUCCACUUACUUUCAGAUGUUUGUGAUUAAUGCUGAAGUUUUAGCUUUCUCAUGAAUUGUGAAAAUAUUGUUCACUCAAGAUGUCCAUCCAAAAAAAUUUAAUAAUACAGGUUUUCUUGGAGUCAGAAUCAGAAUGGGACCAGGAAUCCCUCUCAACUUAGUUUUUGUCGGUCUGCUUCAAAUCCCUGCGACAGGGUGAGCUCCUGUUGCUCUGUCCCAGCUUCUGCCAACCUAGCAGUUCAAAAGCAGGCCAGUGCAAGUAGAUAAUUAGGUACCACUGCAGUGGAAAGGUAUAUGGUGUUUCUGUGCGCUCUGGUUUCCAUCAUGUUGUGCCAGAAGCGGUUCCGUCAUGCUGGCCACAAGACCUGGAAAGCUGUCUGUGGACAAACACCAGCUCCCUCGGCCUGAAGCAAGAUGAGUGCCGCAACCCCAUAGUCGCCUUUGACUGGACGUAACUGUCCAGGGGUCCUUUACCUUUACCAUCCUAAAGUGCUUCCUUUAACUAUUUUGUAAAGCCUUAUUCUGUAGGGCUUUUUUUGCUUUUUUAAUGUCUUGAAAAGCAAUUUUAAAACAUUCAACUGCAAAUUUUUGCUUGCUGGCAAUUUAAAAUGCUUAUGGCAGUGGCACUCAUUGAACUUGAGUUACACUUUAUAUAAGAGGGGAGGUUUUGGCCACCAGUGUAGCCAGAGUCAUCUGACUGGGUAUAUUUCUGUCAUCUCACCUUGCACUGAUCACAAGUGUUUUCUGUUAAGCCUUCCUAAAAUAGAGCUGAGCCUUUACCCUUUGUACUGAAGUAAUUCUCUGUUUUAGAGUGGCUGAUCCCAACAUAACAUAUUCUCGGGGACGUCUUUAAUGUAAUGUAAUACUAGGCUGCCAAGCUUUAGUAAGCAUACAUUAGUUGCUGCAUUUCAUUGCACAGACUCACAGAUGCUCACCCACCCACCCACAAGGUCAUGCAACUGAUUUUUAUAUUGUGUUAUUGCGCCUGAGAACGAAGUUUAUAUUUAUCUCUCUCCUCAUCAUGGAAGAGUAUUUUGCUGUGGUUUGGACAGGAAGAGACAUGGGUUUCUUUGAACAACAUUGCUCUUGCACAACGAGAACUGUGUACUGAUCCCCAGAGUUGAGGAUGCUAGCUUGUUUAUGUUCCAUCCUGGAAGGUUUCCUCACACAAUCUAGCACAGGUAGCAUUAUCUGACAUCAUACUGUGCAUGCAGUUUUGAACAGGCAGGUCACAUGUCAUUAGCAUUUUAAUGCUUUGUGAGAGAGGGAGGAAUUAGAAUCUGCUUGAAGGUAACUUGAAUGAAGAAAUAAGGGGUGCCUGGUGCAAAGUUGAUGAUGCUUCCCAAACUGGAUGCUCACUAGCUGGUAUGAGCUGCUUCCCAGAAAUCAUAUUUCCCUCCUAAUCAAUAGGAUAAUCAGUUUUGUUAAGAUUUUAAAGUUUGGUAUUUGCUUUAGGUUGUGAGGCGACCUGGAACAGAAGUGGUGCCCUCUUCCCUCACCCCUGGUGAGGAACAGAGAUUCGGCAAGGCAGUGAUGAGACCAGGGAAUGCUCCCCCAAAUUCAUCAUCACUUUGCCUCACCCCAUCCCAGCAAGCACUGCCACAGUGCCCCCCACCCCCCACGCACACUGCUCAUGCCUGGAGAAUAAAAACUACAUUGUGAAGAAUUUCAGCAUUGUAGAAAUGUCACGUGAAUGUUACAUGCCAAUAUCCUAUUAUAAACAACAGACAUUUUUAAAUAAGAUAAUACAUUUGACUCAAGGAAUUAUUUUGUUCUCAAAUUGUCAUUGCCUAGAGUUGGAUCUCUUUGCUGUAUAGUAAUCAUUUGAGUUUUUACAUUGUGGCUAUUUCUCUUGUACCUGGUUGUGUACAAGAUUUUGGUCAUCUUUAACUGCUGUUUUUUUGGGGGGGGAGGGAAUUCUAGCCAUAGCAGCUGACAAGCGGGGGGGGCGGGGUUGAACGAAACCCCGUCUUCCACAUACCUUACACCAGGGGUCAGCAAACUUUUUCAGCAGGGGGCUGGUCAACUGUCCCUCAGACCUUGUGGGGGGCAGGACUAUAUUUUUUUUGGGGGGGUGAACGAAUUCCUAUGCCCCACAAAUAACCCAGAGAUGCAUUUAAAAUAAAAGGACACGUUCUACUCAUGUAAAAACAUGCUGAUUCCUGGACUGUCCAUGGGCCGGAUUGAGAAGGCGAUUGGGCUCCUGGGCCUUAGUUUGCCUACCCGUGCCUUACACUAAUAGUAUAGGGACUAAUUUUCCUCAAUCCGCAAUGCAGUCUGCUGACAAGCUUCUGAAAUACACUACUGAGUCAGAUCAGCAUCCUUGCUUCUGAGGCGUGAUGCAGAAGCAUGUGAUGUGCUUCUACGCAAACCUCUGCUGCUCUGAUGAUAUAGAUGGAUGGGUGAAGUACUAGGUUCCUUCCAUUAAAUUUGCUGCAUGGGCUCAUGUAGUUCUUCCAUAAUUACUUCAUUGGACUAGCAUGGGAUGUGAUCACAGAAAAAAUGUUCACUUGCUAUGGCUGUAGUCUAUAAAUUAAGCUUAAGAUAACCAAUUUCGGUUUUGGGUCUUGCAGAGGAAAACAGCUGAAGUCAGUUACAGAUGACAUAAGAACUUAGAUACUUGCGUCCAUGGUUUUGAAAUUUAAUAAUCGCCAAGACCAGGCUUGUAAAUGUCUAAAGCUUCAUUUAAGGCUACAUGCUAUGUAAAUUUCACUUUUAACCUGAAUCACAACAUCCUGCAUGUCAAAAACUCUGCUGUUGGUACUUGUCAGCUUAACAGGUCUUCCCUUGCAAGUAGUCCCUGCAUGAUAAAUUUUUCCGUCCUCUUUAUUUUUGUUAUACAUGAACAUCUGUUUAGGUAGUUUUCUUUACUAAACUUAUUAAAUCAUUGUUUAGUAUGGGAUUUUUUUCCCCUGCCAGAAAAGACAUUCCAACCUCAGCCUUUCCCACUCAAGGUUUUUUUAAACUAACAGCUGCUGUGAGAUGCUAUGGCUAUAGUCUUAAACAUUAAUAUUAUUGGAGACCUCACACUGAUCUACAUGCAAGACUGUGUUUUGACUGAGGUCUUUGUCAGGGUCAUAUUACUAAUUAAGCACAGCUCCAAAACGUGAAUAGCAUGCUUUGAAUUGUGGUUGAUAUUAGUUGCCAUUUCUUCUCCCAUUUUUGUUUCAUUGAAUACCACAUUUUUAAAAUUUAGAAUAUAUUUCAGAUAUGGUGUGAAAACAACCCAGGUGCAGUAUAAGCCUUUUCUCAAACCUACUGUCCUCAGGAAGGCAACUCCCCCAUCCCACCAGACCCAUUGCUCACUGAAAACAUUUACAGUAAACUCCCUGUUUGUGUGUGGGUUGCCUUCUGGGUCGUCGCAUGUGUCGGCAGAGCACAAGCCCAUUCUGCCCCAUUCCGGGGCCAAAAAUGGUGCAUGCGCCAGCAGUUUCAUCAAGAAAGUAUACAUUACCCUGUGGAAUGACACCUUUAACUGGUGCCAAAUAAUUGUACUUGCUUUUCAAUCAGGUGUUAAAUGUGUGUGAAACUCCAAGCCCUAAUAUUUUAAUGCAGAAGCUGCCAAUUAAAGAUUAAGAGCAGAUUGAAUGCAGUGAAUUAAGGUGUUCAACUCAUUUGUCCUAUCUUAUUGCACUAUUCUGCAUAAAUCCUUCACGGGUUUUAAAAUGUACAUGUGGCUGGAGAAAAGUAUGUUAUAGUAGUAAUGAGGUCAUUUAGUGAAGGGCCAGUUCCAAUAGGCUCCACCCCAAUCCAGUUGCCUUCUCUGGCACUAAAACAGAGGAUGGGGGACAUGUUUCAACCCCCCCUCCCCACUUGCUUAUAUGCUAGUUCAGGAUGAGUAGUAGGUGAGUACACAAACUGAGAUCAUACCCCGGUGCCAAAAACGUAAGAUCAGCAAUGGUGGGUGGGUGAAAGAUGCAGAUACAGAAGAAUUGAAUCAUAUCUAUACAAAGAUUAUUAUAGGUGUCAUGUGCAUUUACCACAGAGUGACAAAUGCCUAACCACUCUUUAGAUCUGAAGUGCAAACUGCACAAGAUAUUGAUCACAUCAUUUCCCCCAGGUGCAAGAUUUUCCUUGCAGAAAUAGUGAGCACAGUCAAUCCAAACUCAAACAGGAUCCUGGCUUGGGGCUUCUUCCUUUUUGGGCAGGGGUUGUUGUACCCUGCUGUGCUUCCAAUCUGAAUUGGCUUGCAAACCUCAUGGAGAAAAUUCCCAUUCACUACAAUGAGAAUGACGUACCAUGUACUUUGGCACUGAAAUGUAAAAGUAUUUUGGUCGGCAACCUGCCAAAAAUGUUGCAUUUCAUUUUCCCCCUUUAUCAUAUUUAAUAAUAAUAAUAAUAAUAAUAAUUUUUUAUUUAUACCCCGCCCUCCCCAGCCAAGGCCGGGCUCAGAGCGGCUUACAAGCAAUAAUAAAAACAAGAAGAAUGAUUAUAACUUAAAAACAAAAAUAAAAUACAACAUUAAAAUAUUAAAAUGUAGCCUCAUUGCAGGAGGAGAAGGAAAAGAAAAAAGAAAGAGAGGGAGGGAGGGAAUCAAAUUGGCUCCAAGCCAAAGGCCAGGCGGAACAACUCUGUCUUACAGGCCCUGCAGAAAGAAAUCAGAUCCCGCAGGGCCCUGGUCUCAUGAGGCAGAGCGUUCCACCAGGCCGGAGCCAGAGUUGAAAAGGCCCUGGCUCUGGUUGAAGCCAAUCUAACUUCCUUAGGGCCUGGGACCACUAGGGUGUUGUUAUUUAUGGACCUUGAGGCUCUCUGUGGGGCAUACCAGGAGAGGCGGUCCCGUAGGUACGAGGGUCAAAAUAAUAUUUGAUUAUUAAAUGAAAAUGAUGUUUUCCUUCAUUUCUACAAUGCUUCAGUUUGGUGCUCAAAGUGAUCAAGCAUGCAAGAUAAUAAUUAUAGGCUUAUUCUUUUUCAGGGUUCCCGGUGUUCCUCAGAUGCAAAUAUGCUUGGGGAGAUGAUGUUUGGCUCUGUGGCUAUGAGCUACAAAGGCUCAACCUUAAAAAUCCAUCAAAUCCGGUAAGGUUUUCCUUUCUUCAGUUCGAAGUUUAGAGCACUAUGCUAAACAGAAUUGUCUCUAGUCCUGUGCACACAAUCAAACAAUAUAGAAAGCAUGUUGAGGAAGCAGAUGAGAACAAGUUUGCAGGCCUCGCCCCUGUUCUUUAUGAAUUGUCCUUUGUACAUAGAUGUUGAAGCACGAAAUUGAAGUACCUUGAUUUUUACAAGGUACAGGCUGCACAUUCAACACCUGUACACUUUGGGGUGCACACCUGCAGGCAUCUGAAUGCAUCUUCUGAUCAAGAUGUGGAAGAUCUUCUUGCAUUGCAAAGUGAAAACAACGAAAAUUCAUAUAGCCUUUUUUAUUUUCACAACUUAAACAAAGGAGAAGAUCCCCAAGUGUAUGAGAAUUAACAUAUGAGAUCACAGGAACCCCAAAAACAAUGAACAUGGAUAUAUAAAAACGAACAUGGAUGUAUAAAAGCAAACAUGAAUGAUAGCCACUGUUGUAACUGUUGUGUGACAGUUACAAUUUAUCUAAACCUCUCAAAUGUUAGGUGAAUUCUACUGGAUUGCAUCCUGUGUCAUACUUCAUCAGAAACAAAAAUGGCGAAUUUUUCACAGUUGGCAGCUGGGGUGUGUGUGUUGAAUUGAUCUGAUUUGGCUGAAAACUGACAAAACUGUUUUUGACAAAUUUACGUUCUGAGCUUUAAUUGGGUCUCUGUAGUAUUGUAAUCCUCCUGUAGUGCGUUAUUUUUAAACCGUUUUUCACUUCAAAAACACACUCCAGUGUUGUGUUAUGCAGAGAGAUGUUUUGGUAUAUUCCAUGAAAACACCUGGUUGCUCACUCUGUCUAACUUUGCUUCACAGCUCUCCUCCGCAGCUCAUGCUAAGCAAAGUUUUUACAGCUCGAACUGGAAGCAGCAUCUAUGGAAGUUUAAACACGUGAGUACAAUCCGUGUGUGAUCUGUGUGGAUUUUAGGUAUGAGGAAGGGAGGGAGUGGGGUAUGGCUCCAACUCUUUUUAGUGCUGCUGAAGGAAAGAUUGUCACCUAGGUCCUGUUUUCUCAGAGACUCAUGGCUCGCUGUCAUAGGACAUAAGAGUGGGGGGGGGACAGGGAAAUGUGUGCAGGGCACAAGCAGAGAUAAUAAUAAAAUGAAAAAGUACCGUAACAAAAUACAAAUAACCGUUUCUGUUUGUCCCCUCCCUUUGCAGGCUUCAAGACAGUCUUGAGUUCAUUAAUCAGGACAGCAAUACUCUAAAGCCAGACCAUAGCACAAUUAUGAAUGGACUGCUUGGAAACAUAGGUAAUUAAAAGCGUUGUUACUUCCUUGGAAUAUUUGCACCGUAAGGCCUUUGCAGACUGAUAAACACAUUAAUCUACACGUGUAUAAUAGAAUAUCAUUGUUUUAAAGAAAUGGUGUGGUCUGAGAGUGGGACAACUUUUGGCCUGAACUCAGAUGUAGCUCAUUUCUAGGAAAUCUGAAAACUGGAAUAUUCUGUGACUAUUUGGCUUGAAGUUUAUCAGUUCAAAUCUAUAUAUGGUGAAGAAAGGCAUAGUAGCUGAUACACAAUUUAAGCUAAUAUGAAUUUGAUGGAAAUGGACACGGUAGGCUCUAUUUUAGAGAACUAAGCACAGAACAGCACAGAUAUUAUUUCCCCUUAGGGCCUCAUUUAUACUCAGAAUUUUCUGCCUGUAGUCAUAAAAAUCAGGAGCAGCUGGCACAGUGAGGCUAUUUUACAGAGCCACCGUCCAAACAUCAGCAUCACUGCUGCUUGCUGGUGCAAGGCAGUGGUGAGAUUUGUGCUGUGUUAGUGCACCAGGGGAACACCAGCCCUGACCUCACUGAUUCCCUGCCCAACCCCAGCAACACCUCACCCUGUUCCUGAUAAAAACAACGUAAUAUGUGCUUGCAACAAAUAUACAUUUUACAAUGGGUGUGUCAUACAGGAAUGCAUAUCAGGAAACCAGUGGUGGUAAUUAUGAUGGUUGAUGCCACACAAUUUGUGAAAUGGCCUUCAGUCUUUGGGACUGAAAAGCACAGAAGCAGGAAGGGCUAGCAGGAAGAGAAAGUUGUUGUAUUUUUCAUAAAAAUAGCUGCAGGAUGCUAGAGGGUUGACUUAGUGUACAAUUUGCUUUUGUGAUUUCCUUCUUACCAUCUUGAAGACGGUUAUGGAAGUAAGAUGGUUUCAAGGAGAUGGAACCUUGGGCUUAAAGCAGAUGGACAGUGUGGUCUAGCUUCUUUAAAUUCAGUGCAAAUCAGGCAUACGCAAACUUGGCCCUCCAGAUGUUUUGAGACUACAGUUUCCAUCAUCCCUGACCACUGGUCCUGUUAGCAAGGGAUGAUGGGAAUUGUAAUCCCAAAACAGCUGGAGGGAUGAGUUUGCCUAUGCCUGGUGUAAAUGCACCUUUGUAUUAAAUAAAUACAAAGGAUUGGACGAAACAUGCUCAAGUCUUGAGAGUUGUUUUAAGAUUUGCUUUUGCAAAGCCAUUACCCUUCAAAUCAUAUACAAAAAAUGAUGUUAAGGAACCCUUAUGGUUAAACAUGCCAGGAAACUGCACUUCGCUGAUGCAGAAUUUUAAGAUCUAUUUUAAAAGAAAGGGUACCUUAUCCAAACAGUACCUUGACCUGAAAAGUGUUUGUUUUUUAUUUACCUGAUAUAUUCACCCAUCCCAUUAAUUAGAAAUCAACCAACAAAAGAGCUACUGACACAUAACCCCACCUGUACACCAUAUACAAGAAUAUAAGUUUCACCACCCCACCCCUCAUCUCCCACCUCUCUUCUUCCCCAACCUUAUACUGAAUACAACACUAAUGUCUCAUAUCAAAUGAUCUGUAGAAAUUGAUCUGUAGAAAAGAAUUUACAACUUAGAAAAAAAAAGACAAUGUUUGUACUUUUGUAAACCAAGAAAAUCUUUAAUAUUUUUUUAAGAGGCACUGGUUCUAAAUAUACAUGAACUGUAUUGAAAAUUCUGUCUGUCUUACUCAGUUUUGCAUCUCCUAAAUUUCUCUAUUGGAAUUGCAAUGUGAAUUUUCUAAACUGAAUGUGUGGCCUCUGAGGCUACAACUGAAAACUGGACUAACCAGAACUGUCUAUGGACUCUAUAAGUAAAUUUUGUUCAUGAUGUAAAUCUGAAUGAAAAUCUAAAUGAGUUACUCAGCUAAUAAGCACCUACUUUCACAUUUGGGGAAAAAUUUGAAUAUUUGUAUGCUGUAUCACAGGAGGAUUUUUGCACGGCAUACUAUUUGAAUGUUAUGUACGUCUUUUCCAUUGCCACUUUAGAAGGACAGCAAUGAAAUGACCAAUUAAAUGAACUUUGGUGUAGGGUAGUUACUGAGAGGUUGAGUUUCAAAUCAGUAAGUGGCUGGUUUGAAUCUUGACUGUCGUUAAUUUACUUGGUGACUGUAGGCAAGCCACCUCUUAGCCUCAGUAUCCACUUCUGCAAUAUAGAGGGUAAUAAUGCUGAAGUUAAAUAAUGCACAUGAAGCAUUGUGAAGCACAUUUGGAAGGACUAUAAAAAUGUUAAUUUUAUUAUUACCACUACUAUAUUGAACAAUAUUACUUCUAAAUUGUUAAUGAAUGCCUGUUUAAUUGCAUUCAUAUAAGACUGGCCUGCCUGGUUCUUCUUAGUACUGUCUUUAUGACUUUUGUUGCCAAUUAUUUUUAAGCAUUGCUUAAUCAAUGUGAAGAAUGAGCUUUAUUAAUCACGAUUAUUUUCGCUGUUGUGUUAGCUGCAAUUAGGUGCCCUUAUCCACGCAGGUGUUCCCCAGCAGCCUAAUUAAUCUUCCAUAAUUGCACUGUGCCAACAAACAGAACAAUAUGAUGAUCUUGUCAAAAUUCUCUUCUUUCCCAUAAGCUAUAUCAUUUACAUUUUCCUGUUUCGGUGCCAUCUGUGUGAACAGAAUUAUUUCAACACCCCCAGUUUAUCAGAUUAGUUGCUGGCUGUUUAGAAUUGUGCUUUGGGCUUUCUAAUGGCCCAGUCAACCUGGCCAGCUAAAAGGUCAAUCUACCGUGUACCCAUAUAGCACCAGUGGGAUUACUCUGUAUAGUUAAACCAUGUGCUCAAAUACCCUUUAAAGCAAUUUCUUUAAUCGAUAUCACUCAGCUUUUAGGAAUAGAUUAGCUUUUUAAUAGGUGAUUAGAAAUCAAGAGGAUAAAGCUAAAGUGAUUUCUUUACACUGUGUCACACCUUUAUGUGCAUCUCAAAUUACCUAAAUCAGAAGUACGGUUAUCGUGAUAAUGUAGCUUUGGUGUGAAUUCUUCAUCUUGCUAUAGAUAUAGAUAUAUUGUGGAAUACUCUCCCCAGGGAGGUGCGACUGGCAUCUUCAUUAUACAGUGGUACCUUGGGUUACAUACGCUUCAGGUUACAUACACUUCAGGUUACAAACUCCGCUAACCCAGAAAUAGUACCUCGGUUUAAGAACUUUUCUUCAGGAUGAGAACAGAAAUCGUGCUCCGGCGGCGCGGCAGCAGCAGGAGACCCCAUUAGUUAAAGUGGUGCUUCAGGUUAAGAACAGUUUCAGGUUAAGAACGGACCUCCAGAACAAAUUAAGUACUUAGCCCGAGGUACCACUAUCCACCUUUAGGCGCCAGGCAAAAACCUUUUCUUCAACCAGGCCUUUGGCUGAUUAACAUCCUAUACCUUUUAAAAGUGUUUGUGGGAGAGGGGAUUAUUGGUUUGUGGGGUGUUUUUGUUUUAGUUGUUGUUUUUAUUAUGUAUCUUGUGUUUUUAGCUUGUAUUCUUAUGUUGUGAACUGCCCUGACAUCUGCAGAACAAAUUUAAUAAAUAAUAAGCAACUAAAUGAAAUAAUACUCAUGCAGUGGUUUCACAUGUUCGCCAUUUUGUCAUAUGCUGGUGUUUUAGAGGUGAUCUCAAAGAAAACUUUCAGUAACUUCACAAGUGUUGUUCCUGAUUCGGUCAACCUCUGAUUUAGAGUGGGACUGGGAAGACUGUCACCCUGCAUAUUGUACAGCAGGAAUGGACCCUGUGGGUAUCACAGAGGUCCUCAGUGGGUACCACAUUGGGAACCAUUACUGUUAGGACAGUAUCAAUACCUAGGGAAUGAGUAUUAUAGUCUUUGAUUUAUAGGGAAUAUAUAUGCAAGCCACCUUCCCUGGACUCACUAUAACUGGAGUAUAACUAUCAGUGGGGCUUGCUAUGGCCAGUAACAACAAUUUCAGAAGAGAGACAAUAACAUCUGUAGUGAGGGUAUGCCAAAAUAGGGUCCACUCAGCUGUACUUGCUUACGGCUCACAUUUUAAAGCAGAGCAAUCAAAAGAGUCAGGCAUAGCAAAAAGGAGUUAAUCUGUAACCAGAACAUUUCUAGAAACCAAAUUAAAUAAAAAAGAAUACUUGUGACCCAUCAGUCUUUGCCAGUUCUUCAUUUGUAAAGGUUACUGUGUGCUUUAGUAGGUUGUUGUGUACAUGCCAACUUUUCCCAGCACACCUGGUUUUUGGUGGAACGGUUAGUCCUUGCAAUCAAGCUUCCUUUUAAGACAACUGAUUAGCAAAAAUGGAAAGAAAAGAAGGUGGAUUUUGUGGUAAUGCAGCCGUUUGAACCUUAAAAGAAAAGUGUUUGUGUGCUCGGUGUUAGAACUGCAGACACAACAUAGAGCACAAGCCUCCCAUGUGCUCCAGUGAAAAUAUUACAAGUUUUCUGGUUAGUAUUAAGUGAAAACCUUCAAGGAGUUGCAAAGACUGAAGGAAGUGGAAGCAAAGGAUACUUAUUCUUCAGUUUCCCUGCAGUGAAUUGAUUAUUUGAGAAGCUGAAUUGCGUUAAUAAAAUGCUGUGUCUGUGACCUCUCCUUCAGAACAAGGAAUGCUUCAGUGAGAGAUUGGACUCCUACUUCUUUAGAAAAGAAGGAAAGGCUAGAUCUCCUCAUAGCUCUGAAGUGACCACUGGGGAAAGGGCAAGCCAUAGGUGUGCCAGAGUCUCAGUGCAGUUAUUCUGCUGGCUCGACCCCAAUUAUUUGGAUGUCAAGAUAGAACUCAGCCCUUAGGGGUAGUGUACCAAAUGGGGCUGAGAGAAGAUGUGCCAAAGUAGUUUGCGGCCUCUGAUCCCAUUAUUUCUCAUAUACACACAGAGUUUUUAUUCCCAAGAUCACUUUAGAUAAUGAAUUAUGGGUUGUGAAAUUGAAAUAAUCAGGGUGACAGAAAGUGCUACUGAAUUGUCUUCAAAGAUAGUUUGAAACUCUCCCACCCACCCCUGAAUUGAUUUAUUGUGUAGUAAAUUAGGACAAUUUUGAUAUAUAUAAAAACAAUAUAUAUCAAAUAUAUAUAUCAAUAUAUAUAUAUAUUUAUAUAUAACUGAGGACAUGGGCAAACUCAUUUAUCAAAGUAGAUCAUAGAAUUGUAGAGUUGGAAGGGACCUCAAGGAUCAUCUAGUCCAACCCCCUGCAAUGCAGGACUCUUUUGCCCAGCGUAGGGCUUGAACCCACAACCCUGAGAUUAAGAGCCUCAUGCUCUACCAAGGGAGCUAUCCUAGGUGUGUUCUUUGCUGUCUGUGGGUCUGCAUUUGUGUCGGCUUGAAUCCUUUCCCCCCCUCCCACAGAAUCUGUUCUGCUUUACUAACCUCAUUCUUUCAUAUAUAUUUUACGUUUUGCCAUGUAGGUUUUUCACAGCUUUGCAGCCCUAGGCGGGCAUUCUCUGAACAAGGUCCGCUCCGCCUCAUCCGGAGCGCCUCUUUCUUUGCAGGUUUGCUAUGUGCUGUGUGGAUAGUCUAGUUGGUGUGACAAAACUGAGUGGAUUUCGUAGUUUGGCCUUGGAAAUAAAAUACCGUUUCUAAAAAUCUCUCAGGCAUAGUUUACGCAGUGGAUAUGGAUCACUGCAAAGGUUAUCAUAACAUGUUAAAAUUUCAAAGAAUGUAACCCUUAAUCUCUAUUUCUACUCAGGUAAUGAUUUGGAUGGAGCUUAUGAAUUUUUCAGUAAAGUUUGAAGAAGAAAAAAGCAGGGGGAGCUUGUAAAUUCCAGACAAAAGGAAUUUGCCAUUAACUGUUUAGAGCUUGAUUCAAUAGGAGCUCCAUUUGCAAAAACAUAAUUAUUUCACUGUUUGUAUAACACUGAAAUAAAGAGUAUUUCCCCCCGCUUCUAUUAGCCGUGUUUUAUUUCCAUGCCUGGUUUAGAUUUUCCCUUCUACAAAUCUGGCAAAUUUAUGAUUUCAAAAAUGAGUAUGAUCAAGAGGCUUUUGAUCUGGUGGAUGAAAUCCUAGCUUUGUUGGAGGCAAUUUGGCUAGGAUUUCAUCUCUCUGUUUAGUAAGGACUGGCUGCAAAUGCAGAUAGCUUCAUGCUUAGUUGAAGAAGCGAUAGAAGUCUAAAUCCAAAUCCCAUCUGUCCUAGAGCACCCACUUUACAGCUGUUUGCUAUAAAUUUCUUCUUUAGCAUCUGCUUAGAGCUUGCACUGAGUGCUUUUGCUUCGUAGCUAACUUGCCUUUUGUUAUGUUAUUCCACUUGCCUUGAAAUAAAGAGAUGGGCUUUGGCAAACACUUGUCUGAACACUGGUCCAAUCAAGUGCAUUGGCUUUAUCAGCUUUGCAGCCUUUCUUGGUGAUGGGUGUGUGUGCUUUGCUGUUACUUUCCGUGUCCUAAGUGAAUGCAGCCAAUGAGCAUGAUUUAUUUUGAUAAUUAAACCGAGCACUGCAAAGCCAAAGAGAAGCGUCAUGUUCUCGUGCUAACUGGUGACUUUAUCUGCAUAGUUCACAGCAAUCCUAUGGACAUGCCUGGGAGAGAGCUGAAUGAAGACAGAGACAGCGGAAUUGCAAGAUCUGGUAAUGUUUCUAUCAGGAAUAUAAGGCCAUUACACAAACUUUCCCUACUGCAUAUUGAUUUGGCCUGUAAUUAAAGUGUUAUUUGUUUCUGCUUCUUGACCUCUCCCUAAGAUGUGUUUCCCUUCAAAAAAAAAAAAAAGUUAACAAGUGAUUUAUGCUUUACAUUGACCCAGUUCCUAUAUAAAUCCUGAGCCAAGCCAUAUACAAUAUUUCCCAAAUAUUGGGUAAUACUUCUAAAAUAUGUGUGGAUUUUUAAAAUAAUAUUUAACAUUAAGAGGAUAUUCAGCACUUGGAUAUACAAAGUGAAAUCAGUUCACCAAUACUGGAAAUUUUAAAUAACGUAGGGCUAAGGUUGAAAGGUGGUGGAGGUGGCCCCAAGCCUGUGAGUUGUUAAUGGGCAUACUUAAAGUACCCUUAAUGUAAACCAGGGAUUUUCAUUGCCUCCUUGCCAAAUCAUCAAUUCACGUUUAAACCCCUAGCUCAUGUUCUGUCAAAGCUGACAAAUGCACAGAAGCAAGUUCCCAUAGGCUGAAUGCACUUGCUCUUUCAACUGUGCCCCAGAAAUGGGUGCUGUAAAGGGGCCGCCAUGUCUACACCCAAGGCACUACAUGCUCCCCUCCAAACACCUCCUUGGUGUGGUUUUACACAAUACUGGAGAUGCACUCAUACAAAUCUUGUUUGGUGAGGCUUCUGGGAUGAAGCAGAAAUGGGAAGCGUCUUGCGUGGACCUGCUUCUCACAGAUCUCUCUGCGAGUCUCCAAGGGCUAAUGCUUUUUAUCUACUGGGCCAUACUGUUCACAUUAUUACAUGAUCACCCAAGUAGCAUUUUUCUUCUAGCAAAGAGUUUUUUAAAUAUAACAAGUAAUUUCCUUCUCUUUUGUUGCAGCAUCUCUUAGCAGCCUGCUCAUCACCCCAUUUCCCUCCCCGGGCUCUUCGCUAAACAGAAGCUGUGCUAGUAGCUACCAACGGCGCUGGCGCCGCAGCCAGACGACAAGCUUGGAGAACGGGGUCUUCCCUAGGUGGUGAGUUAGGCAUUACUGCUGGUAGUAAAUGGUUUUCCUUCUUUCAAAUUUUCACAUGAAAUAUGUGCAUUUGCUUAGUCUGGAGAGAAAUUCAAAUUCCUCCGGCGGGAAUCUCCUCCUCAUCUCAAUUAAAUCUGCAACCAGAAGGAGCUCUUCUUGCCCACAAAAACAGUAUUCUGCGUACAACCCAGUAAUGGGAUCAGUCAUAUGCUAAUCGCAUGAUAUUGGGUUAUUUAUUCAGAUCACAUGGUGAAACGCAAGUACAAGUAAUCAGGAAAUGAAUAUAGUUAUCAAGGAAUGGCCGUAGGAAUAAACCUCACCUUAUACUCAGAUUUAAACAAAGCCGUGAUGGUUCCUUCUCCUUUCUUGCUCCCCAGGAAUUGUGGUCUUGAACAAAGUAGUAGCAGGGCAAGAGGGUAGUUAAACUAUUUCUCAUGGAGUGCUUCUCCGCUCAAAGCUACCUCCCAAGCUGUCUCCCCCGCUUCGUGGUUGCGAACAUGAGUUGGGAAGUGGAAAGCACUCCUCCUAAAGCAGCUUCUCCUGGGGACGGGGAGAAGCAAAUGCAUUUAGGUUCUAAAUGUGUUGGUUCCUUCAUAAAGCCACAAAACGAAUCUGUCUAAUGUUGGAAGUUUUGCAGAACAGGAACAUUUGCAUGACAUACGUUUAAGCUGCUUUUUUCUCCUUUUCAUGUUAUGAAACCAAAAUUGUGAGCAAAGCUAGACUGCCACACGCUGUAGACUGCAGGACUCGGAGAAGAAGCCUGCACAUAAGAGUUAAUUCAUGUAGGGUGGGAGACAGAUGCUCACUGUUCUAUAAAAAUGGUGGUAUACAGUUCGUUGUUCAUCCUUGUAAUACAUCCACACAGCAAAAGAGAGCAAGCCCUGAUUUUUAAAACACAGCCCAUUACUGGCAAAUGCCCAGAACAACCUGCAAAUGCCAGCAUGCCACUUUCCUGCCAUAGCUCAGUAGUAGAGAAUCUGUUUUACUUGCAGACUGGGAAUACCCCCUGUCUGAAAUCCUGGUGAGCUGCUACCAGUCCGUGCAGACAGUACUGAGCUAGAUGGACCAAUGGGUUUGACUUAAUAUAAGGCAGCUUUCUAUGCUCACAAUGUUCUGAGAUCAGCUACAGCGGAUGUGGUUUUAAAAAUGAAACAACUGUUUUGGGGAAAGGGGGCUUACUUCAGUAUGUUUAAAGAAAAUAGUUUUGAGAUAUUUUCUGAAGUCAUUAACUCUGCAACCUUUGUAAACCCCCUAAAGGUCAGUGGAAGAGAGUUUUAACUUGUCAGAUGACAGCUCCAGCCCGAGCCCAGGAAUUGUCAGGAAAAAGAAAAUAGCGAUUGGGGUGAUUUUCACGCUCUCAAAGGAUGAAGAAGAAAACAGCAAAUUUAAUGAGUUCUUUUUCUCACACUUCCCUCUUUUUGAGAGCCAUAUGAACAAGCUGAAGAGCGCAAUAGAACAGGUAAAUACCACCACCACCAACUGCGUUUUGCACCUGUUCUAAUCAGAAUCUCCAUUUUAAUAUGCCUAAGCUUCAGGUGGCGCUGUGGGUUAAACCACAGAGCCUAGGACUUGCCGAUCAGAAGGUGAGCUCCCGUUGCUCGGUCCCUGCUCCUGCCAACCUAGCAGUUCGAAAGCACGUCAAAGUGCAAGUAGAUCAAUAGGUACUGCUCCAGCAGGAAGGUAAACGGCAUUUCCGUGCGCUGCUCUUGUUCGCCAGAAGCGGCUUAGUCAUGCUGGCCACAUGACCCGGAAGCUGUAUGCGAGAUGAGCGCCAUAACCCCAGAGUCGGUCAUGACUGGACCUAAUGGUCAGGGGCCCCUUUACCUUUACCUUUAAGCUUCUGUCAUUUGGUUUUUCCGGAUUGUUUUGUGGCUCACACUAGUUUUAAAUUAGGGGUGCUGGACCAAACUGUGAACGAGGCAUGGGCCAAAGCACACACACAUAGACUCAGUAACACUGUUUCUGGGGAAGAGGCAUAACUCAGUGGUAGAGAACAUCCUUUUGGCCAUAGCAUGUGGCAGAGCUGCCCUUUCGACACGUGCUUCUGUGUGGCUUUGCUGGAUUGGGCUGGGGCAGGGUGGCGACAGCAAGGUCAGGGUGGGUGCUUGAGUGGGCCCUAUCUGACAACCCCAGCCUUGCCACUCACUUCCAGGAGACAAGAAGAAGACAGGUGGGAUUACCUGCUUUGCCUAAGAAGCUUCAACUUGAGUUUUGCCCCUAUCUCUUAGAACAAAUCCUAUCACCAAAAUGAGUGGUGUUUACUGCUGGGUGCAGGCCGAUUAAUCCAGGGGACUGUUUAAACACUGCUCCUGAAGUGAAGGAGUCUCUGUGCGAAACCUUGGACCUCUUUAUAGCCUUCUGCAAGCAAAAGCGUGGAAAAAGAAAGACAGUGCAAACACAUAUGCCUCAUAUAUCUCUACCUUGAUAUGAAACUUGGAAAGCAGCCAACGUUUAUCAUGGUACAAAAACAAAACAAAAAAACCAACCCACUGUUUGCCUGUCCAGGAACACCUUAGAUAGAACAGAGCACAUGACUUUGUUUUUCAUUUUCUGUUGCCCUGCCUAAUGUUAGUUAUAUGUUUUACUAUUGUUUUCAAGGCUAUGAAAAUGAGCCGUCGAUCAGCUGAUGCCAGCCAGAGGAGUUUGGCAUAUAAUAGGAUUAUGGAUGCCUUAAAUGAAUUCAGGUGAGUUUGUUUCAAACCUUUGUGUGUCGUUGCCAAGUAUUUGAGUGCUUCUCUUGGAAACAAUUUCAGGGUUUCUAAAUCUGUAAAAACUUUCCAUUUAAGCCCUUCAUCUCACGGCUGAGAUCUGUAGAUCUAGUUCACUGCAGAGCAGCAAGGGAACCAGGUGGAAUCUAUCUGUGAAAAUGCUUUUUUAAAAAAACGUUUUGAAGAAGGCAUUGAAUUUUGCAUAGCUCACUGUUGCCAUCUAGUGUCACAUUUGUAUAUUGCACAUAACAACACAUUUAAAACGUUUUACUUGCAGAUGUGUAGCUGAAUCCCCAGUGCCAGGUGGAGGCUAAAGCAUCACGCAUUGCUGUGGAAACCCACAGUUCAAAUCCUUGCUGAGCUUGAAGCUCUCCUGCCACCUCAUGUUUGCUUGAGCCACGUUUCUGUGGGCCAUCAUCCUAGCAGAGAUUGUCUUCUUACAAGACCAGUACAGAAGCGCCCUUGAGAAAUUUUCCCUGCCUUCCUCCUUCAUGGCCAACAUCCUUGCUGAACAAAUUGCUGUUUGGCAUGAACAAAUUGUUCAAAAGUGGCCGCAUAGUUUAAGAUCUGAGUUUUGCCCCUGAAAUAUUGAUGGUCAUGAGCUUGCUGCAAUGGUUGCUGUGCCUCUGGAAAUCCAGGACAGAUCUCUUGCUGUGCCUGGGAGCUAUCAGUGUGAUACUUUUUUUUCAACCUUGUGCUUAGUUGGUUCUUUUAUGACUAGAGAGGUUAAAGGGGCUUGCUGUUCUAUUUGUUUGUGCAACUUAAAAACACUUCAAGGAAGUUAGUACACAGAUAUAGUCAAGUAUAGUCAGGAUUAGGACAGAGAUUUGAAGGACAGGGGAUGCAUACUUGUAGUGCAUUGCAUUUAUUAAGACAGUCGUACCUUGGAAGUCCAACGGAAUCUGUUCCGGAAGUCCAUUCGACUUCCAAAACAUUCGAAAACCAAAGCACGGCUUCUGAUUGGCCGCAGGAAGCUCCUGCAGCCAGUUGGAAGCCGCAGAAGCUGCAUCGGACGUUUCUCUUCCAAAAAUAGUUCACAAACUGGGAACAGUCACUUCUGGGUUUUCAGUGUUCAGGAGCCAAAACGUUCGGGAACUAAGCUGUUCGACUUCCAAGGUACAACUGCAUUAUCAAUUCUGCUGCCACCCUGGUUUGUGCAAGGAAUUCAAACAGCUUGUGUGGAAUUAAUACAGUGGUACCUCAGGUUACAUACGCUUCAGGUUACAUACGCUUCAGGUUACAGGCUCCGCUAACCCAGAAAUAUUACCUCAGGUUAAGAACUUUGCUUUGGGAUGAGAACAGAAAUCGUGCUCCGGCGGCGCAGCAGCAGCAGGAGGCCCCAUUAGCUAAAGUGGUGCUUCAGAUUAAGUACAAUUUCAGGUUAAGAACGGACUUCCGGAACGAAUUAAGUACUUAACCUGAGGUACCACUGUAUAUGAAUCCCUGUGGACCCAUGUCUGGGUGGAGGGUGAGAUGGCUGGGUGCCUGGACUCAGAAUUAGCACACAGUGAGCCCCAGUAGCAGAAUAUUAAACUGACAAAUAUAAGCAGCAUUGGGAAUAUAAGUUGUUAAACCUUUUUAUCCCAUUCAUCUGCACACAGCAGCAGCUGCCCUCUUUCUACCCAUCUUGUAAUGAGUAAACCACAUACUGUUAAGUAGGUUUAAAAGGCUUUACUUACAGAAUCAAGGUCUCAGUCAUGCAUUGUUCCAUGCAGCAACAAGGAUAAUACAUUUGGGUAGAAAAUAAAGAAAAUAACUCCAAACACAUGCUGUAAGCUUGCAAACACUCUCCUUUGUUGGUUACAUGGGGGGGGGGGGAGAAAGGAAGGAAAGAAGUAGAAAGGCUUCCUCGCUCUCUGAAGGAGGGGCGGGUAACCUAAUUGAAUGUAACAAUACAACUGUGGUCCUUUACCCCUUCAUGCACUAACUAGCCCUAUGCUUGCUAGUUUUACUGGACUGCAACCUCCCACACAGCUGUCAUUUUGGAUUGGUUUGCAGUAGAGAUUCGGCAUGGGGAGGAUCUUUCCCUCCCUUUUAUGCCUCUGGAAGGAAUAGCAUUCAUUUGAUCCCUGAUUUGUGUCUCCUCCUUGGUUCUGUUUCAUUAAUUAAUUUGAGCAUGGUUCCCUUUGCCCCACAGAGCAAAUCCAAGUAGGGAUCACUUUCCACCAUGAAAGUAGGAAUAUGCUUUAGGAAGAAGAAAAGAAUUCAGCUUUAUACUGUACAACUGAGACUCUUGGCUAAGCCUUUAAACACAUUGUAAAUACGUGGCAAUUCACAUGGCACGUUGGUUGCAUAAUUUGUUGGGAGUGUGUGUGUUUGUGUGCACUUCCAGUUUUAUGCCCCGGUUUCCAUGGUGCAGCUACUAUUGUUCCACAGCAGCAUAACUGAGUGCACAAAAUCCAGGAUAUAUUUAUACAAAUGAAACUACCUUUGGGUGGUUUUACUUUUUAACUAAGCAUGUUAAUGUGUGGAAAGGCUAGUUGCCAAGGUGUUUUCUAUGUUGAGUCCCCCUUUCUUUAGUGCUACGUUGGGUUUUAGUGCUGCAAAUUCCACAGCAAAAAAAGUAUUUAUUUAUGUGAAGCAGGAAAAUCACUGGUUCUCCUUCCAACCUUCUUUGUAACAAAAAUGAAAGAGGCCAAAAAUGCUGAAAUCAAAUGGAGAUUCAAAUAUCAGCUGGUUUGGCAGAAUAAAUUUAAUAACCUAGCAGAAAGAGAGAAAAUAAACCCAUUUCUAUGCUGUGUUAGGGAUAGCAUUUGAAAGGAAGAAGAAUGAAUACUUUUCUUGCUUAUGAUAUUGAUGACAUUUUGGAGUAUCGCCUGUUACUUGCAAUAAGAUAAAGCCAACUCAGGUCUUCAAGCUGGCUUCCCACACGUCAGUGGCCAAUACCAGCUGCAGUUUCAGUGCUCUGUUUAGAGGCCAUCUGACUGCUUAGAAAUGUUAUACACAUGCGUGUUUCACUCACUUCAUUGGGCCAGAAAGUGGAAAGAAAACUAAAUUAUUGUACAACUAUUUUUAACCAUAUAACAAAUGGGCUAUAGCCAUAGGUUUACAGUAAACAUAUUCAUAUUUUAGGUUCUUAUUACAUAUCCCCCUUCUUUAUGUGCUUUAUAUAUGGGCCUGUUUUUUGCAAUAAACAGUGAAUAGGGAUGCAUUCAAACAUCAGCAAACUAGAUUGCUCCUUACUGAAGAAGCAGUGAUUCAAAAGAUUGCCAGUGACCUACCUGCAUUCUUAUGUGAAAGUGCUAUUUUAUUUUAUGUGCUUUUACACACGGGAUAAUCAAUUAUGUUUUCUGUCCCACUGAGUCUAGAAUGCUCUGGCAGCCUAUCAUGCAAAGUCUCUAUUCUAGCAUUUCAGUAUCAUUUAUCGUUUCAUUUAAUUUAUAUUUUUAAUACUUCUGUCCUGCGCUUCAUGGAAAUUCAUUCCAAGGUGGUUUACAACAGAACAAGCAGAACAUUAGCAUGCAACAAACUGCACUACAACAAACAAACAAGCAAUAAAAAGCAGGGUCUUUAAAAAAACACACAACACCCCAAAGAAACUGAAUUUAAAAUUUGCAUGUGAAUUUUGCCUGGCUCCUAGAAAAAAAUCAUGCUUCCCCUUUAUGUUGCCCACUUAUGCAGGUGUGCACUACCUACAAAGAGACGUUCACCUGUGUAAUUCUGUAGGGAAUGUUAUCUUAGCAAAGCUACAGGAUUUUCACUCAUCCUGCUGACUAGAUAUCUUGUAUACUCAUCCCCUUUCUUUCAAGACCACCUUGUACAAGUUACAGAUGUGCUGCUGUCUCAUUUUUAGAACAAGCCUGCACCGUUCAUAAAUGAUCAUUGGAAUGUAGGCAUUUUUGACAGCACAUCCAAAGCUUGCGUAUCUGAUUGCUCUUUUAGCUUUGCAGUGUUCCUUCUUGACAGUAUGUGAUGUCUUGCUGUGCUGAUUAGAUUUUUAAAAGAAGCUGCCUCCGAGGUUUAAAUCUUGUUUAUGCAAAGGGAUGUUGUAGGCCUGUGUGAGACAAUCUUUGCAUUUUUGUAUAGCCUUGUAAGGAAGAUAGUCUUAGAAUUAAGAUACGGGCUAUUUUUAGUAUACAUGAAUGUAUUUAUUUGGGCCAAGGCAAAUUAGUGGGUAGGGAUGGUUUGGGGGGCGUUGGCCACAACUACUGAAAAAUGUGUGCUUGUGCCAAAUAAUAUCACAUACGAAAGAAAAUACCACUCCCUGGGAUACAAACUACUACAAGCCAACUACUGAGCGUAUUUCAGAGCUGCUGUAAAGGGAAUCUGCCCCCUUGAGUUCUCUGCUUACACCUGAAAAUUAAGACCUUUCCCUGCUGUUGUUUCUCACCAAUUCAGAAACAAAGGUAGGCUGUAUUCUGAGCCACAGUUCCAGUCUCAAGGUAUUUCCUGCUAGGAAGUGUUGAUAUUAAUAAAUAUCUCGCUAGUCUUGUGAUACAUUGCAGAUCCACCUUGCAUAUUUAUUAGUUAUUAUAAAUGCACAAAGCAUUUAAAUUCAUUAUAAAACUACUAUUAGUACUCAAGAGGCUACACAGGCUACUUUGACGUUGCAGUUCCUCUGGAAAACAAGCAACUUUGCUUGCACAUGAGUUUGGUUGCUCUGAAGCCCCUGAGGGCCAACUGAGUGCAUUAAUGUUGAUUAUGCUGCUGAAAAACAUCCGCAUGGCAUUCAUUUCGGGGACAAAAAUAUGCACAGAAAGGAGGAAACUCUGAAAAUGGGACUAAAGCAAACACCUCCUGAGCCUUGACACUCCUUGUCCACAGAGCUUUAAAACACAAUGCACCCUGAGAGAGUUUCACUUUAAAAAAAAAAUCCAUUGUGCAGUAUGACUCACUAUCUGAUUUAGCUAGGCACCUCUGCAUUUUCCAGCAACUCCUUCAGAGCAGCAUUGCCAAGAGGAGGGAAAAAGGUCUGUUGUGCAUAUCCUGGCCCCUUGAAUGCCUUUAACUCCCUUCCAAAAUAAGCUAUUUAUUAAAAGGGGGGCAGAAGCCUUAAGAGAUAAGAGCACAGAAAAAAUUGGUUCCUUAACCAAAUGGAUGGAUAAACCCCUUUUUAUUCUCCAGUUUCAGAACAGUUUUUUACCGGCAUUGGUAAAGUUCUCUGAAGUCCAUGGAAACUCUCUUAAGUGCUCUCCUGCAACCGCUAAAAGAAGCGGGCCUGCCCAGGGAACAGGGAUCCCAAUUGAACAAUAGCGGUGAAAAAGAAAAUGCUUAGAAGUCAGUCAGUGUUAAAAUGUUGGCACUGUGGCCCAGUAGGCAGAGUAGGAGUCUUCAUAACCUGCUCAUCCACAAAUACACUGGCCAUAGUCCAGAGGUCUGUGAGCGACAGAAGCAGCUGGGUGGUUUACAUUUGUGACCCAGCCACCCCCCAUAUCCAUGUACUCAGUUGCCACAGUUGAGAGAAACUAGUCCAUGAGAGGAAAGACAGCCACUCUAUAGAACCCCUUGUUUUUGAUUAAAAUUAGCAUUAAAAAGUUCCCCCCAAGGAAGGAUUUGGGCCAAAACACUCUGGGCCCAGAACAGUUAUAUCAAUUUCUGGAGUUUCUCACUCUUUUCCACUCUCCCAAAUGGCUCCACUUAUGGAUCUCAGUCACUGAAAGCACCAAAGUAUGCUACAAAGGGUGUGGUUACCCAUAUCUAGUUCCUAGGGUGCAUACGUGGUAGCAUUUAUUCUUGCACAAACCCUCCACUCACCUUAAUUAGGGGCCCUUUUUCUCUCACCCGCAACAAGUAAAACAGUACAGUGAUCAGCAUUGCACAAGAGAGUGAAUGGGUUAAUUUGCUUUCAACUGUUUGGGACAUGAAUGAGAGACUUCAAUCCAAUUUGCACUUGAGGAGUAGGUUAAAGCAUCACAUCCCCACACCAGUGCCCAAAGUGGGAAAUUCUGAAUUUAUAUUUUGCUGAAAUGGAAUCACUUUGUGAAUGUGAAAGCCUACUUUUAGCUCCAUUCUCCAAAUAACGAUUUUGACCAAUGCAGUAACCAGGGGUGGGAAGAAUCCAGAGUUUUUCUCUGUGGCAUGAAACUAUCCGACAGGAUUUUCCAGCAUUGUGAAUUGAAUCUGCAGUAUGUCACUACAGGGAUUGAUGGGGAAGGUAUGUGGCGCUGCCCUCAAACGUUAAUGGCCCUUAAAAGAAAGAAAAAGCACUAUGUAGUUCCGUAACUGCGAAAAGUGCCGUGUGGUGUUUUCUUUAGUACUCACUUUGUCAGGGACAGACUCUCUUUCUGUACCCCUGGAAGCCCAUGGCUUCCUCAGCAAAUGUUCCCUCAGCAAAUGUUCAGACUCCCAUAAUGAUUUCUAAGUGUAGGCCCGUUUUCGCUUUACUGGAAUAAAGAGCUUCCUAAGUGAGAUUUCCUAGACUCCCAUUAAGAUGCUGAUGCAGAUACAGAAUUAAGGAAGUUGAACAAGGAUUUUGUAUACGGGACUUGGUUCAGACCUUCAAUAAUUUCUGGCUAUAACAACUUCUUCUUCUUCUUCUUCUUCUCACUCGUAGCCGAGUAAGAUUGUCUUCCAUGAACAUGGUCUUAACAGUGAGUCUGCAUGUGACUGUGGAGGCCAAUUCUGGAUCCUCACGUCCUUCCACAGUGGGGACAUAGGUUUCCAAGCAAGGGUUGAUCAUGGUGAGGGAUUGCCAAGCGUGUCUUCCUCUCAGCACAUUUCUCCCUUUCGUCCUGAGUUCAAGCGUCUUCAAAGCCCAUUACACCUUUAGUAAAGGCUGUUCUCCAAUUGGAGCACUCACAGGCCAGUGUUUCCCAGUUGUUGGUGUUUAUACUACAUUUUUAAAGAUUUGCCUUGAGAGAGUCUUUAAACCUCCUUUGUUGACCGCCAGCAUUAGCAGUGCUUAAAGGGGUGAAAAAUAUAUGUGUGCAGUUUGUGUUAUCGGGAGACUGCAGGGAGAAAUGAAAAAACCUUUUCCCAUUUGCCGAGCUGAAAGGCAGUUAAUCCUUACCCUCGUGUUCAGUGCAAUUACUUACAUGUCUGGCAUUGAGGGUUCCCUUUGCUGCAGUCACAUGCCUGCUGGCAGGCAGCCAGCGGAAUCUGAUCUCUCUCUGAGGAAACACUAUCAGUUGCAGAUGCAGCCACGGUUACCAGAAUAGUAAAUAACGAGUCACAAGACUCGAGCUAGCCCUUCAACGAAAACAAAUAGUUUAAUAUCUUGGUAUCGGAACAGAAACUGCUUCCUUCCUCACACACACAUGCACACAGUUCAAAUUGAGUCAGCUUUCAGAGAGCUUUCUGUGGGGGUUGAUGUUGCUAAACAAGACCCCAGAAGGCUCAUUUUGGUUUGAACUUUAGAUUUCACCUCAGGCUUUUAAGGUUGGCCGAACCUUUGUGAAGCAAAAGUUGGGCUCCACAUUUUAAGUUCUCCUAAGGUGCUUUCUCAGCUGCUUUCUCGUUUGUCCUUUGUUUGUUCAGUGGGUUGACCACAGAAGUCCAAGGGGUGAAAGUUAAUCCUAUGGAAAGCUUGCUUUCUUCUGAUUUUAAUGGGUCUGAAGUGUGGGUGCCAGCAAACAGGAAACUGCAAGCUUUUUGUGACACUGAAGGCCGCUUGCAGCACUGCUCUUACUUAUUCAAUCAUUUUGGUAUAGUCUCUCGUUUAUGACACUUUUGCUUAAAAAAAUGUGGGUUUUUUGCCCCUCAGCAAUUACGCUGCUGAAUCCCAUUUAACUUUAUCCUAAAAUAUGCUCUUAGUUAGCACAUCCCUUUUCCCUUACAAUAUGAAGCUGUCUGUGAAAUAUUUAGUAGUCUGUGGAAAUAAGCCUGUACUCAACCUAGGGAUGCUCUCACAAGAAGGUUCACAAGCAAGGGCAUUAAGGCAGUAGCUCUUCUCACUUGUGUGCCCUUCACUUAAACUUCAUAUUCACAGGUAUACUACCAAUAAACAUGGAGACUCCAUUAAGCUGUUGCACCUGAUAGCCAUGGAUAGACUUAUCCUAUGAAUUUGUCAAACGUCUUUCUAAAGCCAUCAAAGCCAGUGUCCAAACCAUAACUUGUGGCAGUAAAUCCAGUAAAUUAAUAUGUAUUAAAGAGGUGAUUUUGUCUUCCAUUGCCACACAGUUCCAUUGAGGAAUGUCUGAUUUACUCUGAGCCACACCUUUGGCCUAUUUAGCUCAGUAUUGUCUACAUGGGCUGGCCCACCAGCAUUUCAGGCAAGGUUAUCCCCCAUCUCCACCUGAAGAUGCCAGUGAUGGAACCUAGGGCCUUCUGUCUGCAAAGCAGAUGCCCUGCUACUGAGCUAUAGGCCUUCCUCGCUAGUAAUAGAUUAAGGGAAAUGCCUUCCCAGUUGUAAGGAUCUUUAAAAACUGUUCUAACCUCUAAUGCACUUAUAUCCAGGACUUCUGCAGUUGUAAUGAGACUUGUGAUGCUAUUUCUAAAAUGAAACUUGAGUCAUCAUUUCUGGCAACUACUGUGGGACCUUACUCCUUUCUCUGUAAGCAGCCUUUGGCUUGCUGUUUGAAGAAUGUCCAUCCUGAUAGCACUGAGCUUAGAGGAAAAUGCCCUUCACUAACCUCUGAAGAUAAGGGGACACGUGCAGUAUGAUUAGAAGAAUAGGAUGUUAGGCAAUUCCCUCUUGCCAAACCUAAACCACAUUAUAGUGAUUCAGGGAUAAAUGACACAGAAACAGGGCGACAUUUUGUAGUUUAAAAGCUGCAAUAAGGAUACUCAUGAAAUUUCCACACUCUAAUUUUUCACACAGAAUUGGGAAUUUCCAUGAAUUUGGGGUUUGUUUCUAAGUGAAUUUGUUUCAGGUGAAUUUGUUGAACUAAAAUAUUGUUUAUGCAGUUCCAUUUAUACACUUUACAAAGAAUGGGCGGAGAGUUCCCUAAACCAAGGGUAUUUCUAUCUAAAAAUAGACACAAAGGGAGAGAACAGCGGCAGGAAAGGGACGUGGAGACUGAGGUAAACUGGGGGAGGAUAUUCAGUUAUUUCAAUGAAGUGUUGUUCAGCUUCAUUAAAGUAGAAUUUUGGACCUUAGGUGUUGUUCUGAAGGCUUUGUGGAGAAGGCGAGUCUUUAGCAGUGAAUUGGAGCUGGAUGAGGAACAGGGUCAGUCAGGGGUGUGUUGAGGUAAGAGCAGAGAUAUGCGGGGCAGGGCCUUUGAGAGUUUUAAAAGUAAGAAUGAGAAGUUUGUGCUGGAUCUAGGAUCAGACAGGAAGGCAGCGUAGGGAUUCAAAAAGGGGGUGUCACAUGAUUGUAGUGAGGGAACAGUUGUGAUAACAGAAUGCUGGAUUGGCUUGAGUGGACCAAGAUAAGCAAAUGGAAGGCCAGAGAGGCAAAGAUUGUAGUAGACAAGGCAAGAAAUGACCAGGACACAAAGCAAGGGUUUUUGCCAGGCAUAGGAAAACUCAGCUCUCCAGAUGUUUUGGGACUGCAACUCCCAUGAUCCCUAGCUAAAAGGACCAAUGGUCAGGGAUGAUGGGGCUUGUAGUCCCAAAACAUCUGGAGGGCUGAGUUUGCCUAUGCCUGGUUUUUGCCAUGGGGACAGAAAGGAAGAGGCAUAGGGAUGGGUAAGAUUAAGCGAGACUGAAUAUGAGGAACAAAGGAGAAAGAGAAGUCAAAUGAAAGACAAGGGUAUGUGCCUGAUCAAAAGGAUGGCUGCCAGUGGAUAAGGACGUGAACAAGGAAAGAAGGGAUUGGGAAGAAAGAAGAGAAGACCAGUCUUAGACACAUUGAGCUUGACCUGACAAUGAAGCAUACAUGCAGAAGUACCAGAGAGACACUUGGAGAUAUUGGAGUGGACAGAAGGGAACAUUUUGUGACAGUAAGACAAAGCAGGGACACCACUAUGUCAUUAAAUUAUAGGUGGUUCUGAAAGCCAUGGAGUGGCUUGGGGGACAUUGUAUACUUUUCAGUUGCUAAUCAAAUAACCUCUUUUCUUGGCACAAAUGGCUCUUGGAGCCAUAUAUUAUAACAGAUGUGUCACUUUGGUGACCUAUUGUUCUCUUCUUUUUACUUUAGAACAACAAUUUGUAACCUCUACACCAUGCCACGGAUUGCGGAACCUGUUUGGCUUACCAUGAUGUCAGGAAUGCCUGAGAAGAACCAGCUCUGCCAUCGCUUUAUGAAGGAAUUUAUUUUCUUAAUGGAACAAGCCUCCAAGAACCAGUAAAGCAUUUCUCGUCUUUCUCCUAUUGGUUUUUUAUUGUUGUAACAUUAAAGGCAAAAUAGUCCUUUAAAAAAUAGACAGUGGCAAGAGGUGAUUUACUUCCCCAUGCUCCCUUGCAGUCCCAAGUAAAGAAUAAAAAAAGUAUUAUGUAUAAUGAAAAGUGAGAACGUGGGUGGUGAAAAAGGCAUGUGGGACUAUGUGGAGACCAUUCCAACCAAAGGGAUAAUAGACACUACUACUAACUGAAUCAAAAUCUCAGUAAAGGCCCCACCUGUAACUAUGUUUUGUUCUUAUAAAAAGCUGCAAAGCUCAUGAAGGAAACAGAAGAUGCCUUAUCUCAAAAUCCAGAGACAUAUUUUCAGUAACAGUAUCUGGUGAAAAUACAUAAGAAAUCCACAAAAAUUAAUUUUUCUUUGACUUCUUUAAUGUAUUGGCAUUUGAAUGCUAUGCAUGUGCAGUCAUAUGUAAGUUCCAUUCAGUUCAAUGGCACCUGCUCCAACUAAAUGUGUAUAGAUUGCAUCCUUCAUUAAUUAGCAUCUAAAAUAUUUGUUAAUUAACUUAGGUGUAGUUUUCAGUAUUUUAAAAAAUGUUUAAUAGGCAAUAUUAAUAGUGCCAUUAAUGAUUGAAAAUAACAAUUGUCUGAUGCUGAGCCCCUAUCCUUGGUAGAGUAAAAGUCUGCUUUAAGUGAAGAAUUACUUUCAUCUCAUCUUAUAAAAAUAUUAUUCAGGAAAAAAUAUUUUAUUCCUUAAAAUCUUUUAACAAUUUUUAGUCAAAAUUAUGCUGUGUUUGCAACUACAAUUGGUUCCUAUGGUAUUCAAAAACAAAAACAGAAGUCUAAAACUUUGGCCUCCUUUUAAGACUUUGAGCCAAUGAGACCUGAUGGCUGACUGACAGAAUGAAGAUGUGCUUGAACAGAAAAGAAAAUUAGAGACAAACUGCCAAACCUUAUAACUUCAAAACAGUACUGAAACCAGAUACUACGAAGUCACUGGCUGCCAGAUGUUGAAAUUGCCUUCUAAACUAUCAAAAAUUAAACCAUGAUAAAAUUAGCACAGUGCAAUACUAUGGCCAUAUUUCAAAAGAACUACUUCAGGGGGCUAAUCCAGGGUUUGGCAUAAUAAGGUUUUCUUGCCAAGGCACCAUGCAAGCUGCGAUCUAGCUUCCGCCUUGCAGAUCCAAAAACACUUGUCAGGUUUAACAUUCUGGAUUGCACGCAGGACAUUUAAAAGAUAGUAAUACUGGAAGCUUUUUAAAAAGGCAACACGGCAGAGCAAAAAUAAGUUUCAGACUGUGUAGCAGUUUUAUUCAAGAGCCCCAGUUUAAGUACUCUAGGGAGCUUGUAAAACUCUAGUACAAGAUGCAACGUAACUCUUCAUUUUAUGUCUGCAUAUUUCCACUGGAAACAUGUCGCUCCUUCCCAAUUGGGAAGCCAGUGUUGUUAUGCAUGGGAGCUGUGGGUGUGCACGAGACUCUCCACCCUCUGACCCAGCAUCCCUGAUUCAAACUUUACCACAACAAGAGGCGUGAUUACUGCAUAAUGGGGUUCCUUUUACAAAAGCGGAUGGAAAAGAACCGUGAGUUGGGAUUUUGGAUUGUGAAUGGUUUUUUUUUCCCCCCUUACAGAUUUUUACCAGCUCUUCUGACUGCAAUUUUGACAAACCAUCUAGCCUGGGUCCCAACCGUCAUGCCAAAUGGCCAGCCGCCCAUCAGAAUCUUUCUAGAAAAGCAUUCCUCACAAAGUGUGGACAUGUUGGCGAAAUCUCAUCCAUACAAUCCAUUGUGGGCACAGUUGGGUAUGUCUGAAAUCACACUCGGAUAUUUAUUCUAAGGACAAAAAUUUUAAAUGGUUGACUAUACUGUAAUAGAAAACCAGUGGAGUAGAAGUGUAGUUAAAGGAAAACAAUGUAACAAAUCACUGUGUCAACAGUUUUCUACUGAAUAAAAUAAAAUAAAUAAGAAAUAAACCUGCCUUUUAAGUAAUUAUAUUCCCCCUUCCCUCCUCAGUGGCUCCACUUGUGCCUUCUUCCUGUUUCUUCCAUGUACCCCUUAUUCAUACUUUGGGAUGAAGCGUUUUCUUUUCCUCAUAAAAGUUACUUUCUGAAAGACAUUCCUUAAGGCCUUUUCAGUAUUAUCCUGUGAGUGCUUACUCAGAAGAAAGGUGUAUUAUCUUCAAGCUGGCUUAUUUCUAGGGAAUUUUGUUUAGAAUUGUAGCCUUUGUUACAUACCAGCUUAGCAAAGACUCAUAUGAACAGGGCUGAAGUUUAUUGCAAUUGAAUGGUUUUACAUCCCACUCUUGGAGUUGGCUCUGAUUUGGUGUUAUUUUUAAAUAGGGCAGGGCUGUAGAAUAUUUUUGCAGAUAAAGUUUGCAUAGCCAUUCCAACAAAAUAAUUUACAAAUCUUAUAAAUCUGCAUAAGCCUAUUGUCCAUUUUUGGAAAUUUUCAAGGAUCUAGUUUUUAGCCAUGACACUGUAUUUUUUCAUGUGUUGUGUAAUUAUCAUACUACUUUUAUAUUCCGUCCUGUAGGAGACUUGUAUGGAGCUAUUGGGUCACCUGUCAGACUAUCAAAAACAGUUGUGGUUGGCAAACGACAAGACCUUGUGCAACGUUUGCUGUACUUCCUCACUUACUUCAUCCGAUGCUCUGAACUGCAAGAGACUCAUCUUCUGGAAAAUGGAGAGGAUGAAGCCAUAGUGAUGCCUGGCACCGUUAUCACCACCACACUAGAGAAAGGGGAAGUAGAGGAAACGGAGUACGUGCUGGUCACAAUGCACAAGAACAGAAGCAAUUUAGCCUUUCAAGAGUCUGAAGAAAUGAGGAGUUCUAACUGCAGCUGUAAAUAUUGCAAAGGCCCUCUUAACCCUACCCAAAAUACAGAGGCUGUUUCAGGACAGGAAAGAGAAGAUACCCAGAAUAUCUCAAAAGUGGAGGCUGAGGCUCUUUCAGAUGAAUGCAGGGCUGCACCUGCUGACUGCCAAGAAAGACCUGCUGAUGUCAAGCAAUGCAAAGAAACAAUGACCUCUUGCCUGGAUAUAAAGUUAGAGAAAGAGGUCUUCUUAGGAUCAGCCUCAGUAGAAACCUGCGUGUUGGCAGAAUCCAGACUGGAACCAACAGGUGGAUCAUGGAGGAGUGAGGAAUCAUUAGAUUCUGCUAAUCAGGCUGUUGAAGUAAUGAGAUCUACAAGUGCAAUGGUAGAGAAGAAGCCUCCUGACAAAAUUUCGUCGGAUGCAAUUCCUUGCAGCACGGCUGAGGCUCAAACAAAGGUGACCUUCCUCAUUGGAGAUUCCAUGUCACCUGAUUCGGAUAUCGAGCUCCGAAGUCAAGCAGCAGUGGAGCAGAUGGCCAGGCACAGCAACCAGGUGGAUGCUGAAGAAAGAGUACCUGCUGAUCAGAACUGUGAAGCAACACAAACCCUUGAGGACCAAAAAAGAGAUCAGAAUACGCCUGAAGCGUUUCCUGAGGUUGCCAGAGAGAUCCAGAAUUGGACCCCUUAUGGUGCAGAAAGUGCAAGCUUGCUUGAUGAAUAUGAGGAGAGUUCAGUAGAAAACAGGACUAUUGAUGAUAUUCCAGUAAAAGGAACAACAAACAUUCUAGAUCCUAGCAGUAGCUUAGAGUUUCCCCCCAAAGUGUGUACAAAGAACAAAAAGCCCCCCAGCGAAUUUUGUAAGUUUAUGGAAGCUGUUCGACAAGAGACUUGCAAAAACUGCUUUGCAGAGCAGGACCAAAGAGACAAAAUCUCUAUGUGUGUCCCCCAUGGGGACAGAGAUAACUUUGAGAAAAAGGCUGACCCUGGUGUGGAUUGGGACAUUCCAAGAAAUGAGAGCUCAGACAGUGCCCUUGGUGACAGUGAAAGCGAAGAUGCUGCUCAUGAUGUGGCCAGAAUAAACAGUAACUAUUACGGAGCAGAGCAAGAAGAGUGGGCAGAAGAAGAGGACAUACCUUUUCCUGGGUAAGUAUUUCUUACCGAGAUUAGGACAAAUGUAUUACAUUCCUACGAAACAAUGGCAUUAGAGUAAAAAGGCAAACAGGGCAUCUUAGAGACAGAAAAUACUGUGUAUAUAUUAUAGAAAUAGAUUGUAAUCUCAUUGGAUGGAUCCAGUCUACUUUGGUCUUGCUUUAGCCCUAUUGAAGUCAAUGGGAAUUAAGUUACCCAUUGACUUAACUUGCACCUAUGCAUUUCAGUAGGAGUAAAGCAUAACUUAGUCUGGAUCCAGCCCUAUGCUUUCAUCAUGCAAGUGAUACAGCAUUGAUUAUUUCAGCUGGACUCUCCCCCAGCCGGGCAUUAAUUUAAGCGAUGCAGCAAUGUAAGAGUUGCUUAUUUCACUGAGGCUGCAACUUAAAAGAGGCUCUAAUUACCUUUCACACUUUGUGGAGUAUACUGCUAAUUUAGGAAAGUCUAUUAAAGGAACAGCACUUGACUAAGGGAACAAAAACUGUUACAAUCAUUAGUUUCAGCGCUGGUUCAUAUAGUUUAGGUGUUUGUACUUUAUCCUGUCCUCAAACUGAAACUUUCUUUCAACCCAUUUUCUAACAUCUUCUACCCUUGGGUCAACAAUGAAGACAAAACGAUUCCCCCCAAAGACUGCCAUCCAGCCUUGUGGUUUACGUGAUUCCUGUCCCACUGAAGCAGAGGGUCUUAAGUGUACAUAAACUGUGCACUAGAUUGCACACUGAAAUAGAGAGAAAACAGUGCUAGUUGUAGUAUACAUGCCCAUGUUAUACCUUUCUUUCAGGUCAAAAUUAAUUGAAGUGAACUCUGUCCAGCCCAGUAUUGCCAAUUUUGGAAGGUCCUUGCUAGGUGGCUACUGUUCAUCUUACGUACCUGACUUUGUUUUGCAAGGAGUAGGAAAUGAUGAGAAACUGAGACACUGUUUGAUGUCAGAUUUGUCGCAUGCGGUACAGGUAAUUUAAACUAUAUCCAACAGAUGAAUUUAUAUUUGACAGUCAACAAAAGGAAAUAUUUCUGGAGCCUGCUGGAAUAGGAAUGAAGUUGUAAUUCUGUUAAGCUUUUCUGAUUUCCACAAUCUCAUUUAACAAAGAUUCCUAACGGUCACAGAGAUGAGAAACUUUUAUGCAGUAUAGAACGACAGUUUUUGAGACUUAUGAGUUGGAGGGUUGCUGCCAAUAUCCUUUGUAGUUUGGAGUCUGUUAUGGAAGUACCAUGAUUAACAUUUUGGGAAGCCUCUUAAAUUAUACAUAAACAAACAAUAAAAUAUUGACAUACUGCUUGCAAAUUUUGCAGCCAGUUGGGUUAAACAAAACCAUUCAAUAUCAGAUUACGAUAAGGCCCCAAUAAAAGGACUUUAAAAAGUAAAUGGUACAAAACUAGAAAAAGCUUGUUGUCCUUAAGUCUUUUGGAUAUAAUGUUCUUAGAAAUUGGCACAAAUCCAUUGGGGAUGCCUUUUUUCCCGUCGGCGGUCAAAUUUCUGAGCCUCUAAGUUCUAUGAUGGUGAAGAUCCUUUAGAAUCAAAAUCACCUUGCCUUGUAAGCCAUCUUGUCAUCUGAUUUAGCCAUGAGCUGAAUGCAGUGUCCAUGUAAAAGUCUGGAAGGCACAAGGGUGGGGAACCUCUGUCCCCUCUAGAUAUUGCCAGACUACAGUUCCCAUCAUGACCUUCCAAUGACUAUGCUAACUGGAAGUUACAGUCCAACAAUACCUGGAGGACCACAGGUUCACCAAUACUGUGAGCGACUGGAGGCAAGCAAAAGGAUGGCUGCUGCCAUCACUUUCUGGCUCCUAAGACCUCCAAGCUAUCUCUUUCCCCACUUGAUCUCAUCCACAAAGGGAUUUUUAAAAUGUUCUUAUCAAAUCACUGGGGGGAAAAUGAUAAAUGGUUAAAAAAUGGUUUAAAAAAAUGUCAUUACCAACAUAUAAAAUUAAUAAUGGACUAUUAAGAAGGCAAUAUAUAUUGAGCAUUACAAUAUAUGUUCAAUAGAAAUAUCUAUUUUAAAUGGCUUUUUAAGAAAAACAGUUGGCUUAAACUCAUCCUUCAACCAUUUUUGGUGUUACAGUAGCCUUUAGAUCAAAAGUACACUGGAUGUAGAAACUAACAUUUUGUUUCUAGAAGUACUGUGUCAUUUUACUUGAUAUGAAUGCUUCCCACCCCCCUUUUAUACCAAAAAAGAGAGAAAACUGUUUUCCCCCUAGACUAUAAUUUAACUUCAAACAUCAGUAAUAGUCAUAGGGAAUAUACAUAGAGAAUAUUGUACCUUAGCUGUGAAAAUUAAAAGUAUCCUUGUUUGCUCACAUUGUUUUUCUAAUAUUGGGAAUUAAAUCAGUUGAGGACCCCAAAUCUGAAUAAUGCAGACAUGCUUAAUCUGUGUUUGUGCAUGUGUUUUUAAAAAGAAUACAAAUGAAAAAUACUUCAAAGCCAUUAUUACAUAAGUGUUUCCUUGCACCCUCUGCUGGUCUUCUUGCAGUAUCAAGUAGAAGCUAACUGAGCCAUAUCUAAACUGAUCCUACUUGCUCAGACCAGAGAAAAAUGCAGAAUUAGCAAGGGGUAAUUUUGCAAAGAGAAAAGGGCAAAACAGUUUUAAGAUGUUUUGAGCUUUUAACUAGUUUGCCUCAUAGGCAAAGUUACAGGAUUUUAAAUUAUAAAUCUUUUCAAUAACCUAUGAGACUUGGAAGUUUCCUUAUACAUCAGAAGCGGACACGUGUGCACACACAGAGAGAAAUUCAAACAAUAUUUUAGGCACGUCUAAGGGUUUGCUUUUCUCCAUGGUUCCAUGCCAUAUCACAAACUGCUUUAGAAGCUUAUAGCAGUUGCAGAAAUGGCUUGCCAUGUGGCAUCUGGGACUGCUGUUCUAGAACCAUAAGCUCCCGUGGGCAUGCUGGCUAGUUUCACAGUUCUUAGGAUCCUGGUUCUUGGCUGCACUAAAUGCAGUGAAAGUUUAAUUGCUCUAUUUUAUAGUGCUAGGAUUUAGCCCAAAGCACAUGUGGCAAAGUGCAUGCACAACUACUAAAAUCUUCCAAGUGUUCGUGCUAAGGUUACUUUUUUUUCAAGGUGUGUUCGCAAAUUCCACUGAUGCUCAGAAAAAAAUGUACUUAUUUAUUCACAAUGUUUAUUGUGGCUUACGCCUCGUAUUUCUCUUUGCCUUCUAGCACCCUGUUCUGGAUGAACCAAUUGCAGAAGCUGUCUGCAUUAUCGCAGACACGGACAAAUGGACAGUACAAGUGGCCAGUAGUCAGAGGCGAAUCACCGAUAAUAAACUUGGGAAGGAUGUGCUAGUUUCUAACCUUGUCUCCAACCUGCUUCAUUCCACUCUUCAGCUUUACAAGCAUAAUUUAUCUCCAAAUUUUGUAAGUACCCAACCUGUGAGGCAAGAUGAAAUCACAAAGCCUAAUCAGAAUGAGGGUAUUUUUUCCUGGCACCACUCUGAUUGAAGAUGGACAGAUAGACAGACAGACAGAUAGAUCCUGCCAUUCAGGAUACAAAUUCUACUAAGAAGGCUGACAAGUAAUAUACAGUGGUACCUCAGGUUAAGUACUUAAUUCUUUCUGGAGGUCCGUUCUUAGCCUGAAACUGUUCUUAACCUGAAGCACCACUUUAGCUAAUGGAGCGUCCAGCUGCCGCCGCGCCGCUGGAGCACAGUUUCUGUUCUCAUCCUGAAGCAAAGUUCUUAACCCGAGGUACUAUUUCUGGGUUAGCGGAGUCUGUAACCUGAAGUGUAUGUAACCCGAGGUACCACUAUACAAUUAUGUAAUUUUAAAAUAAAAUAAAAAUAGUCGCUUGUGAAAUGAGGUAAAUAUUACCUCAUUUCACAAGCUUCCACAAACAGUUGCUGAAAUAGUGUGUAUAAAUUUCACAUAGGCAAAUUUUUCCACAACACUUACAUUCCCCUGUUUCAGCUCAUCCCUGGUUAUAUUCAACAACAUAGCCAUCUGGUUACAGUAGAUGAUAAAGGCCCAAACAGAACGUAACCUGUUAACAUCUAAUCAGUCACUUCGGUACUUUAAAAAAAGAAAGAUGUAAUUUGAUCUAAGUCCUCAAUGGAGGAAAUAAACUCAAAAUGUAUUUAUGUUGAUGUACCUUGAAGGUGGACACGGGUGGCGCUGUGGGUAAAACCUCAGCGCCUAGGACUUGCCGAUCGUCAGGUCGGCGGUUCGAAUCCCCGCGGCGGGGUGCGCUCCCGUCGCUCGGUCCCAGCGCCUGCCAACCUAGCAGUUCGAAAGCACCCCCGGGUGCAAGUAAAUAGGGACCGCUUUACUAGCGGGAAGGUAAACGGCGUUUCCGUGUGCUGCGCUGGCUUGCCAGAUGCAGCUUGUCACGCUGGCCACGUGACCCGGAAGUGUCUGUUGGGAUACUGCCAGGGAGAUAAAGGCCAUCAAGGCCCCCAAGCCGUCUGCCGGACAUCCAUCGACCUCCCGUAGUCACGCAGUAUCAACAAUUAGCGACAUGAGUUUCUCGAAGAUUUCUUGCCACAUUCCAGAGCUCAUGCACACUCUUAUCAGCAGAUAGCACAGCCAAAAGUUGCAAUCAGGAGAGCAUUAUUUACAAGUUUAUUCAGCGUUGAUCAGAACACAGAAAAACAUGACUGACUGCUUUAGUGUCUGCGACAACAGAGAGAAAACGAAAGCAACAGAAAACAUAAACAUCCUGUGAACAGGAAAUACGCAGACUCUGACUCACAAAGCCUGCUCCCUUUUAAGGUGGAACGGAAAUAUCCUAACAUCCUCCCCCUUUCCGUGUAACCUGUAGUACCUGUGGUUCAACCCAAUUGCAACCUUUGUACAUAAACCUUAAGUUGUUCUCUGUUAACAACCUUAGACAACAGAUCAGCAGGAAUUUCAUUUCCUGGCAUGUAGGACACCUGAAUGAGUCCUUUCUGAAUACACUCCCUUGCACGAUGUAGCUUAAUCUGCAAGUACUUGGUCCUUUGCUUGCAACUCUCUGAGUUCAGCAAAGCCAAACACGAUCUAUUGUCUUGAUACACUUGUACAGGACAUUUCACAGAAACUCUGAUGUCCUUAAACAGUUGCAUCAACCAUUCACAAUCCAUGAGUGAAAAUGACAGAGCAUUGAGUUCUGCUUCACAGGAACUUAGGCUCACUGUCGUCUGCUUUUUGCACAACCAGUCAAACAGGCAGUGGUUGUACAUGUAGCAUACUCCAGAAGUGCUUGUACCAUCCGUGGUGUCACUUCCAAAACUUGCAUCUGCAAAGAUUUCAAGACCUCCAGUCUUCUGACUGGUGAACCUCAGCCUGUAGUGCAAAGUCCCUUUCAAAUAGCGGGCUAUGCGCUUCAGAGCUUUCCAAUCCUGAACAGUAGGAUUGUUAGCAUGUCUGCUAAGCAGGUUACAGCUUACAGCUAUGUCAGGUCUUGAGCAUCUAGCAAUGAAAUUCAACUUGCCUAGAAUGCAUCUGUACAGCGUUGUGUCAGAAAACGCUUCAGCAGUACUGUCUACCUGGUAACCUGUCACCAUCGGUGUGUCUGCUGGGUUUGCAUCAACCAAAUUCAACCUGGUUAAUACAUCAGCAAUUUUCUGUGUUUGGUGUACCAGAAAAUUACCUGCUUGGUCCCUCUCCACCUGCAGAGAAAGAUAGUUGGAUACCUCACCAAGAUCCUUCAUGUCAAAGUGCUCCUUCAGCUGAGCUAGGGUGCUUUGGUAGAAAGCCUGAUUCUUCCAAAACAUCAGAAGAUCAUCAACAAAACAUAAACAAUACAGUUUGUUUUGCCCCUCCUCCUUGACAAACACACAUGGAUCAGCUUUGCCCUGGUGAAAACCUAGAGAAAGCAACGUCUCAGUGAGUUUUGUGUUCCAACACCUGGCACUCUGCUUGAGACCAUAUAAGGAUUUCCGCAGUUUACAGACCAUUCCCUUCUGUAUCUGCAUCCCAUCAGGUGGAAACAUAAACAGCUCCUCGUCCAAAAUCCCGUACAAAAAAGCUGUAUUAAUGUCAUGAUGGGAAACAUGCAGUUUCUCCUCUGCAGCUAUCUUGAGCAUCAGCCGAAUGCUCUCAUAUUUGACAGUGGGUGAGUAGGUCUCGUGGUAAUCCUGUCCUGGUACCUGUGAAAAACCUCUGGCAACCAAUCUGGCUUUGUGUCUGACAACCUUGCCAUUCUGGUCUGUCUUGGCCUUGAAGACCCAUUUGCUGCCAACCAGUCUCAUUCCUGGGACUACCGGUACCAGUUCCCAAGUCUGGUUCCUGUUCAAGGAAUCAACUUCAGCCUUCAUGGCAUUAAGCCAAGGCUCAGCAUCUUUAGAGGUUAACUCCUGAACCUCUUUGAAGCUUGAAGGUUCCCAUACCUUCUCUGAGCUACUAAGAACAGCAGUUGCUGUCUUAGCAAACUCAUCAGCAAAUCUCUUUGGAGGUCUGCCCUUCGUGGCCCUCUCAGAUCUGCGUACUAGACGCAAGUCUUCUGGACUCAUCUCCUCCUUCUUAGGAGAAAAGUGACCAAUGGUGAACAGUGGUUCUUCCAGUUCAUUGUCAGACGCAUCAGAUGGUCUGACUGAGGCCUUUGCGCUCUUGUAGUCUGCUGUGUCAUCACUGUCACUGACACCAGCAGCAGCGCCGCCCACUGAACUGGAAUCCGAACUCUGAUCAUCAUCAUCAUCAUCAUCAUCCUCAGCAGCUUCCUCAGCUUUAGCUGCUUUCUUCACAUCACCUUCAUCCUCCUCUGGGUAACUCUGGAAAAUUCCCACAUUUUCCCCCCACUUAGGAUUGUACUCAACACUCCUUGUGAACUUAAUGGACUUAGAGUUGGUCAUCCAUACCCUGUAUGCACCUUUUCGUACCCCAUGAACAAACCAUGUGCCCCACGCUUCCCAAGCUUGUUGCUCUGUGGGGUGUGUACCCACAUGUCAGAACCAAAGAUUCUCAUGUGCUUGAUGUUCGGUUUCUUACCAAACAUCUUCUCAUAGGGAGUACAACCAAUAGGCGAUGACAAUCUGCGAUUAAAAGUGUAAACAAACGAGUUCAAAGACUCCCCCCAAAACUUCUCAGGGAGAUUGGCAUCAUGCAACAAUGUUUUCAGUCCUUGCAGCAACGUUUGCUUUGCUUGCUCACAAAUCUCCCAUGGAGAUCCAGGACUUGAGAGGCUAUGCUGGAUUCCCUUCUCAGUCAGGAAAGCUUCAAACUGCUGAGAAGUGAACUCCCGCCUCGAUCAGUAAACAGACAGCCAAUGCGUUUACCAUGAACAUUGUCCAACCAAGCACAGAAUGCCUUGAACUUAGGAAAUGCUUGCGAUUUCUGCUCGAGCAUAAACACAUGAAUGUACCUGGAAAAAGAAUCAAUUAGAACCAUGAAGUACCUUGCUCCACCCAAAGAGGGCGCAAGUGGACCAACCAGGUCUGCGUGCACUAGCUGGUAGGGUUUGGAAGCCUGCCUGCUAGACUCCUUGCCUUUUGGAGCAACCUUCACCUUGUUCUCUGCACAAGAUACACAUUUCAUGUGAAACUUACAGGGUUUGAUGUUCAAACCCUCAACCAUCUCUGGCAUCUUGGCCAGCGCCUGCCAAGACAUGUGACAAAAAUCUUCUGUGUGCAUCAUGAAUGCAUCCUGCAUGAAGAACUUUGUUAGUUUGUGCAACACAACAAGAAUCAGCAUUAGACACAAUAGCACCAUUGUCAUCAUAAGUUAUACAGAACAAGCCAUCCAUAAACUUUGCAUGCAAAAUGUCCUCUUUGCCUUUUCUGAUGACACAAAUGCUCCUCUUGAAGGAAAUCUCAAAACCACGCCCAGUAAGCUGUGGGACACUGAGCAAAUUGUCUGCAGCACCUGGAACAUAUAGUACAUCUUUGAUGGUAGUGUGCAGACUUGCCAGUUUCACAGUCCCUUCUCCCGCAAUUCGCAACGUCUUUCCAUCAGCCAGGUGGAUUUCACCUUCUUGAGGUUUGAAGGAGAUAAAUAGGUGGCGGUCCUUUGAGAUAUGGCGGGUACAGCCUGAAUCAACAACAAACCUGGCCUUGGCUUUUGGAGCAGCCUUUGCAGCAAGCAAAACCUUGUUUUCCACCGGCGUGGGCUUUUGCAGCUUGCCCCCCUGCUCCUGGCCAUCAGACUUGCCUUUAGCAUUUGUCUUCGGACAGCGCUGGCCCUCGGCCUCUUAAGCGAGAUGGGCGCGCAACCCCAGAGUCGGACACGACUGGCCCAUACGGGCAGGGGUACCUUUACCUUUUUACCUUGAAGGUAGCAUGGUUGGAUGGACUGUCAUUUUGACUGAGAGUAGGGACUGGUUUGUGACAUUGUUUCUCUUUUCUUUUGCCUCCAGUGUGUCAUGCACCUUGAAGAUCGAUUGCAGGAGCUGUACUUCAAGAGCAAAAUGUUGUCUGAAUAUCUCAAAGGCCAGAUGCGAGUGCAUGUGAAGGAGCUGGGAGUGGUACUGGGGUAUGGUCCAUGUAGCUUCCUUGUCCUCAGCUCUUAUGUAACCUUAUCCUGAACACACAGCCUAUACUAGUAGACAAAGCUGUAGGGCUAUUUGUGUCAAGAUUUUGCUCAUUGUUAAAUAGCAAUGCCAUUGAUAAGGCUGUACUAUAAGCAGCAAUCUUCUCAUUUUAAGCAUACUCUACCCAGCUGCAGAAUUCUUCAGAACAUGAAAGGUUUUUAAUGCACAUCCUGCUUAGGAAAUAAGUUAGUUUUCCAGCUGUGCUUGGAAUCAGCAACUAGGGCAGGCAUAGGCAAACUUGGCCCUCCAGAUGUUUUGGGACUACAAUUCCCAUCAUCCCUGCCCACUGGUUACCUAGGGAUGAUGCAGAAAGCAUGCAUAGGAUUGUGCUGUAAACCUCAAAGUACAACCUACCCAUCAAAACCUAGCCUACUGCUGUCCUCCAAGAGCAAUGAGAGGUGGGGCUUGAAGAUUAGCAGCUGUUUGCCUAGUGAGAAGUGCACACCACCUCUUUACAGAAGAAGCAAGUCUUUUUAUGGACUUUAGACAAGGAGGGUCUGUAACAGAUAGCCUGUUGAGAAAUUAAAGGGGAAAGUUCUAGAGGUGUUAAUUCCCAUCUAGUUUUAAGAAUGCAAUCUAAAUUUCAACCCAAGGGUCUAAUCUAAGAUUCAUUGGGUCUGUUGGAAUUUUUUCAUUUGCUUCAGUUAACUUUGGGUCCCGAGACAGCUGGAAACAAUUAAAUCUUUAGUAAUACAGACCUGUCGCCAGAGGGAAUGCUGCUUGUGACAAACAACCUGGUCAUGUGUGUUUAUGAUAUAAAUUAGCAUGCUCUUUAAUUAUAUAAAUGCAUAUGGGCUACUGCAAUAUAUUUGGAGUGUCUUGACAGUUCAAAGGCUUUAUUUCUUUUUAAACAUACAACUGCUGAUGUUUUAAUAGUCUAAGUGCAGGUACCUUGACAUGAGACAAAUAUUACGCCAUGUUAAUAAGCUGCGGAAUAUUGAGAUUGCGAGCUUGGAUUGAAAAUGCCCAUCUGUCUUUCUUUCAGGAUUGAAUCCAGUGACCUCCCUUUACUGGCAGCUGUAGCAAGCACCCACUCUCCUUACGUCGCCCAGAUUCUGCUCUAAAAUACCAAAGGGCAAAGACAAUAACUUUAUUUUUUAUAAAGUGGAAGACAAGGAAGCAAACAUGAACCAUUCUUGUCCGGGCUCUUUCUUGCCCUCAGGCAAAUAGGCUGAACAGCUUGCAGACUUGACUGUGUGCCUCUGCAACUGAAUACAUGAUGUGCAAACAAAUGAAGUUGUUUCCUUCCUUCCAUCCAUCCUUCCUUCCUUCCUUCCUUCCAUCCAAAUAAGUAAAAGACCAGAGACUCAGAUCACUAGAGAAGACACUAGAACUUGGAGGCCUGGCUUGGGCAAUAACUUCUGAAAUGCAUAUAACUGCAAACUGUUAAAAUCACAGGAUUACUGGAGGUUAGAACUGCUCCAUAACCAUAUGCAGUGCUGUUACUGUUUAUACAAGAGAAUAGAACCAGCUGGCUACUUGGUACAAAUUAGGAGAGCAUUUAAAACAAAUAACAACAAAGCUACAGCUAUUUGUAACAGUUUUAACCAUUUCCGUGCUAAAAGUUGAGGCUGCUGAAGAUUUCUUUCUUUCUUUUACUGGGGGAGAAAUUCAAUUUACAUAGAAGUAAGGGACUUGGAUCAUAGCCUGCUAAUAGCACUCACCUCAGAAAUGUAUUUGCAGGCAUUUCCCCGUGGAUAUGAUGUCUGGGAGUUCAAGCCAAGAAACACGUCUCAUUUUACCAUAAUUUGGGUGUGUAAUUGACAUUAUGCUUUUGAUGUUGUUCUGAUGUUGUGUUGCUAUCUAAGUACUCCAGAAAACAGAACAUUUGGCCUAGGAAAUGUUAAAUGAAAUUUGUCUCCCACAUUUUGUUAAUGUUGAUUUAAAACACAAACACACACACAAGACAUUAUUUACUUUGAUCUUGUCCUGUUUGAAGCACAAUAAAUAAAAGUUACCUGCCCUCCAGGCCCUUUAAUAUCUGGGUGAUUCAGGUGCUUAACUUCAUAAAACCUAAAAUUUGCAGAGUUCAGUAUGAAAGAGAGAUAAUGUAUACCAUAAGAGCCAAAACUGGAUACAGAAUAAGAGUACUGAAAAAAUGUUGCCCUUAACUACUUCAGCAAAUUUUGUUUUGAAGCAUCAGAUUUUGUUUUACACCACAGUUUAACAGUUGCAUCAGCAUCAUUUAGUAGAAGCUACUCUGAUGAUGCCACCCUGUUUGUUAAUAAUUGGCUUAAAUAAAAAAGAGUAGCUAUGUAGUCCCUUCCCCCUCAUAGUUUUAUCCUUGAUUAAGCAAUAGCAUCAAAUAUUAAUAACGAGGGAGCCAUAAUUUAUAAGACAUGCAUAUAAGUAGAUGAAUAGAUAAUAUUCUGAGCAGGCUCUACUACCUCACUUUGAAUAUUGGGACAUGCGGGCUCAUUUUUCCUAGCAUCUAGCACCACUAACCAUAUGUUCGUCAUUAAUUAUUUUAAUUAUUAGUGUUCUGAAUUUCAUAUGUCAUCCCACAGGGAAAAUUAAAAGUAUAUAUUUCCUCAUUUACUAAAAUAACACCUGCCAUGCCAGAUCUUUUAACUGUUUGCUCUCUGUGCAGGUGAAAAUUGCAGUCCUGGAAACAAUUGCAUGCCCUGCUGAUUUUGGGUUCCGCUUAAACCCUUCAGAUAGUUUCGUAAUUUCAGUCUCAUGCCACCUUCGGUUGGGACUAUUGCAUUUGCUCAAGUGCUUUUGCUUCUUCAGGCUGAAGUGUUUAGACAUGGGUUGAAGAUUACAAUUGUGUGCCCUGAUCUGACAGCUGCCCCGUACAGAGCAGGGGUUGUCACACAGCUGAUGAAGCAUCCUGUACAAAUGGACCAAGAAUGCCCUGCUAUGCUUUCUUAGGGAUUUCAGGCAGAAGGAGCUAGCCCAUAUCGAAUCAAAACUUUUGGUCCACUUAGCUUAGUAAUCUAUCUUCCGAUUGGAACUGACUCUCCCAAGGUCUCAGAGAGAGGUCUUGCUGCGCCCUGUCUCUAGACCCUUAAGUAGAAAUGGCAGGGAUUGAAUCGGGGACUUUCCAUUCAAAACAUUUGCCCUGCUGCUGAGCAAUACCUCCUCCCUAAUAAAUUGCUUACCCCAGAACCCCAAGAUUUGCACUCUUCCUAGAUUUAAUGGUGGCAUACGAUGUCUCCUGUCCUUCAUCCCACACUUCCUUUCCAUCCAUUUCUGCGUUGUUUUACAACAGUGUGUGCAGCUGCUAGGCUACAUCACUUGAUGGUGGGUUUUGCUGUUUCAGAAACAGCCGUUCAAGUUGCUCCCUAGGUGAGCUCACACUCUGAAGUGUGGUGUUCCAAUGUAUCAAUCCUACACACCGACUUGCAAGUGCAGUUGCAUGUAGGAUCAGUAAGGCGGCCUGAUAAAAUCUUCUAUUCAAGCAGUAAUAAGUGUUGCCAUAGAUGUAGUCUCUCACAUGCCUUCAAAGGCAUUUGAUAACCAAACGCUACCCAUCUCUCCCCAGCAUUGGGUUCAUUUGAGAUGCAAGAAUAAAUAUUUUUUAUGCUUGUCCGAAUGAUAUUUCUGGAAUGGUUACUGUGCAAAAGACAUUGUAGCAUGAUGGCAUGCUUUCCUGUGACUGAUAAUUGUUACAUGCAGAAUCAAGGUACUACAUACACCUGUUUGUUUGGAUUUUUGUUUUUUUAAAAAAGGGAACUAUAACAGCACUGUAGUGUUGACCUCUUAAUGUAUCAUGCUUUUCAGAACAAUGUAUAUGCAAAACUAAUCUCUUUGAUUUUUGCAAUAUUCCCAAUGUCCAUUAAUAUGUCUUAAUUUUAAGGCUGAGAAUAAAUUUUAAGUGUAUUACACAUACAUACUAGCAAAUGUCUUUCUACCACAGCCUGCAAAUGCAAGGCUGCCAAGAAAAGCGGGGAAAUCCAAAGCCGGAUUUUAAAUCUCGCCUUUUAAAACCUGUUAGUUAAGUUAGAUGUUUCAAGAGGGUUUGUUUGUUUUUUUGUUUUCGGUCUCCUCUAAAUUAUGUAGAUGGUGGUAUGUGUAAUAUGCUGGGCAAAAUGUACAUACUUGUUAUCUUUUGUGUUUUUGUAUAUAUAUAUUUCCCAAGAUGUGCACUUGUAUUAUAAUAACCAUUCCCAAUUUUAGGGGAACUUUGUGCAAUAAAUACAAUAUUGUCCAUUG